GACAAAAAAAUUGGAUAAAGAGAUUUCUGGUUGUUCUCCGUGAAGUCAGCCCGACUCUGGGCACCCCAGGCAUCCUUGUGCAAGACAAGGUGCCGACCAACAUGUCCACACAGGCGCCGACGUUCACGCAGCCGCUGCAGAGCGUCGUGGCACUAGAGGGUAGUGCUGCGACGUUCCAGGCUCAAGUUAGUGGUUCUCCAGUUCCCGAGGUGAGCUGGUUUCGUGAUGGCCAGGUUCUCUCUCCCGCCGCCUUGCCCGGCGUGCAGAUCUCGUUCAGCGACGGCCGCGCUGCUCUGACGAUCCCCGCGGUGACCGCCGCACACAGCGGGAGGUUCUCCGUCAGAGCCACCAACGGAGCCGGGCAGGCCACCAGCACCGCAGAGCUGCUGGUCACAGCUGAGACAGCCCCCCCGAGCUUCUCCCAGCGGCUCCAGAGCUCCGCGGUGCGCCAGGGCAGCCAGGUGAAGCUCGACGUGCGCGUGUCGGGCAUCCCGGCGCCAACCGUGAAGUUCUUCCGAGAGGGAGCCGAGAUCCAGAGCUCCGCGGACUUCAGGAUCCUGCAGGACGGAGACACGUACAGCCUGCUGAUCGCAGAGGCUUUCCCAGAGGAUUCUGGGAACUAUUCUGUCACCGCCAGCAACAGCAGCGGCCGGGCCACCUCCACCUGCGAGCUGCUGGUUCAGGGUGAAGAAGCCGUACCAACGAAGAAGACUAAGACCGUAGUUUCCACCUCCCAGAUGACCAGUUCCCAGACCAGAGUGCAGAGGAAGGUGGAGGCCAGUUUCCAGUCCAGCACCAUGAUGGAGAUGCACGUUGAAGGAGGAAUGAUGACUCAGCAUCUGGCUCACAAGACCCCUCCGCGGGUCCCCCCGAAGCCCACCUCCAAGUCCCCCCCGUCCUUUGUUUCCAAGGUGACGGGAGGACGCCAGCAGUCGCCGUCACCGGUCCGCCACGUGAAGGGCCCGUCGCCGGCGCCCGUCAGACCGGUCUCUCCCUCCAGCAGACUCUCAGUCUCCCCCAUCAGACCCGUCAAGUCUCCCGUCAUGACCAAGAAACAGCUCUCUGCGUCUGCCGAGGUCCUGCCGCCCUGGAAGCAGGAAGGCUACGCGUCUGAAGCCAGCUACGCCAGUAUGACCGGCAUGGCCAGUGCCACCAGUAUGACCGGCAUGGCCAGUGCCACCAGUAUGACCGGCAUGGCCAGUGCCACCAGUAUGACCGGCAGUAUGACCGGCAUGGCCAGUGCCACCAGUAUGACCGGCAGUAUGACCGGCAUGGCCAGUGCCACCAGUAUGACCGGCAUGGCCAGUGCCAGCAGCAUGACCAGUAUGACCAGUAUGACCAGUGUGAGCAGUGUGAGCAGCGCCAGCCAGCUUCAUGUGGAGAAACACUGGGAGCAGCAGGUCACCGCCACCAAAGAGGCUGAGGGUGAGGUCAAAGCCGAGGCCGUGGCCACGGUGGUGGCCGCUGUGGACCUUGCGCGUGUCCGCCUGCCCGUGCACGCUAGAGACGGGUCGGCUGUAGAGGAGGAGAUCAGGCAGCCGGUCGCAACAACAACAACUGAACAGAAACAUGUCGUUGUAAUGAAAACGCUUCCAGCUGACGCCCCUGCAGAGCCGCUCACAGUCUCCCUGGAAACCAAGGAAACCAAGGAAACCAAGGAGUCUCAGUUUUCUGACGAUGAACUCUGUUGGUCACUCCAGAUUCAGAGAACAGCAGAGCUGUCCUCCCGCAUGGACACCAGUCUCGCCCCGUCUCCAGUAGUUCCACAUUUCACAGUUUCUAAAGUCUCCGUCCCAAAACACGAACCGAGCCACCACGAGGUUUCCAUCGCCGGCUCUGCCGUCGCCAGUCUGCACAAAGAGCUGUCGUCCUCCUCCGCUCCCAGAAAGAUCAUCAAGCCCGUCAAGUCUCCCAGUCCGUCUCGCCGGGCGGCCGUGCACGGGACGCCGGAGCCCCUCCCCCCGCCGUUUCGAGACGCCAGAUAUCAGCGGGGCGGAGCGAGCGAGGAGGAGUUUGAGGACUGGGAACCUCAGGCGGCCGCCGUUCCCUCCGGAGCUCAGGAGCCUGUCGUUCCUCCCACGCUUAUCGCUGGUCUGAAGAACGUGACGGUGACGGAGGGCGAGACGGUGACCCUGGAGUGCCAGAUCAGCGGCCAGCCGGCUCCCAGCAUCCUCUGGUUCAGAGAGGACUACAAGAUCGAGAGCUCCAUCGACUUCCAGAUCAGCUACGCUGGCGGGUUCGCCCGGCUGGUGAUCCGCGAGGCCUUCGCUGAAGACAGCGGGCGCUUCACCUGCACCGCCACCAGCGAGGCCGGGACGGUCAGCACCUCCUGCUACCUGCUGGUCAAAGUGUCUGAAGAGGUGGAGAGCCGAGAGGAGAUGACCACCGUCUGCGAGACUCCGGGACUCCGACAGGACAAAACCGUUGUCAUGGAGACACGGGAACUGGCGCCGAUGGUGACGGUGAGUGUCGACGAGGCCGCCGCUCCCUUCUUCAUCCACAAACCCACGGUGCAGAAGCUGGUGGAGGGGGUCGUCUUCCAGUGCCAGGUCGGAGGAAGCCCCACACCUCACAUCAUCUGGAAGAAGAGCGGAGUACCACUCACUACCGGAUACAGAUACAAAGUGACCUACAAGAAGGAGAGCGGAGAAUGCAGACUGGAGAUCUCCAUGACCUUUGCUGACGAUGCUGGAGAGUACUCCAUCUUUGUGAAGAAUCCCCACGGAGAAGCCUCGGCCUCGGCCAGCCUGCUGGACGAAGAGGCUUAUGACGCCUAUAUGAAGCAACAUGACGUGACGUAUAAAACAGAAGUGACCACGACGGUGGUGCAGGAGCCCUCUGUGGUCGUGACCCAGUACGAGCAGGACCAGAGGAGGACCACCACCCCCAUGAGCUUUGUCUCAGAAACGGAGUUUCUGAUUUCAGCCUUUGAGGAGCGGAUCAUCCAGGAGAUUGAGCUGCGUAUCUUAAGGAUCAGCUACAGCGAGCUGGUGAUGGAGGACGGUGAGCUGAUGGUGACUGUCGCGGAGGACGAGGCGCUGCAGCCCGCCUUCGACACGCCCGUCAAAAACUACAGAAUCAUGGACGGCAUGGGCGUCACUUUCCACUGCAGGAUGGCUGGACAUCCUCUGCCGAAGAUUGCUUGGUACAAAGACGGCCAGCGCAUCAGGCCCGGCGGCCGCUACCAGAUGGAGGUUCUGCAGGACGGACGGGCCAGCCUCCGCGUGCCCGUGGUUCUGCCGGAGGACGAGGGCGUGUACACAGCCUUCGCCUCCAACAUGAAGGGGAACGCCGUCAGCUCCGGGAAGCUCUACGUAGAGCCGUCCGGCGCCGUGACGCCCCAGAGAUACACACCGCAGCCAGCCAUGCAGAGGAUCAGAUCCACGUCUCCACGCUCUCUGAGCCGCUCCCCUGGCCGUUCUUCCAGCCGUUCGCCCGGACGCUCUCCGUCCCGUCGGCUGGACGACACAGACGAAGCUCAGCUGGAGAGACUCUACAAGCCUGUGUUUGUCCUGAAACCUUCCUCUAUCAAAUGCUCCGAGGGGCAGACUGCCAGAUUCGAUUUAAAGGUUGUGGGCAGACCGAUGCCCGACACAUACUGGUUCCACAACGGACAACAAGUGACCAAUGACUACACACACAAGAUAGUGGUUAAAGAGGACGGUACACAGUCCCUGAUCAUCGUCCCGGCCAUGCCACAAGACUCUGGAGAGUGGACGGUCAUCGCACAGAACAGAGCUGGACGGACUUCUGUCUCUCUAACUCUUACUGUUGAAGCUCGAGAAAGCGUGGCGCGCCCUCAGUUUAUCGAGAAGCUGAGGAACAUCACCGUGAAGCAGGGCACUCUGGUCGAGCUAGCCGUCAAAGCCAUCGGAAAUCCGCUGCCAGACAUCGUCUGGCUCAAGAACAGUGACAUCAUCACCCCACAGAAACACCCACAUAUCAAGAUUGACGGGACAAAAGGAGAGGCCAAAUUCCAGAUUGUAUCUUCUUCCGGAUCGGACAGCGCCUGGUACACGGCCACGGCCAUCAACAAGGCCGGCAGAGACACAACUCGCUGCAGAGUCAACGUAGAGGUGGACUUUGCCGCUCCGCAAGCCGAAAGGAAGCUCAUCAUCACCAAAGGAACGUACAAGACCAAGGACAUCGCAGCACCCGAGCUGGAGCCUCUUCACCAGCGUUACGGCCAAGAGCAGUGGGAGGAGGGCGACCUUUUUGACAAAGAGAAGCAGCAGAAACCGCUCUUCAAGAAGAAGCUGACUUCUAUCCGAAUGAAGCGCUUCGGUCCGGCUCAUUUCGAGUGCAGACUGACUCCGAUCGGAGACCCCAACAUGGCGGUGGAGUGGCUGCACGACGGCAAACCCCUGGAAGCCGCCAACCGGCUCCGCAUGGUCAACGAAUUCGGCUACUGCAGCCUCGACUACGAAGCCGCUUACGCCAGAGACAGCGGCGUCAUCACCUGCAGGGCCACCAACAAGUUCGGCGUGGAUCAGACAUCGGCAACGCUCAUCGUCAAGGACGAGAAGGGCCUCGUCGAGGAUACGCAGCUACCCGAAGGCAGGAGGGGAGCGCACAGGAUCGACGAGAUCGAACGCAUGGCGCACACGGGAGGACCCUACGGCGUAACCGCCGACGAAGAAACGGAGAAGAUGAAACCAGAGAUUGUGCUUCUUCCCGAACCAGCCAGAGUUCUCGAAGGCGGCAUCGCGCGGUUCCGCUGCAGGGUGACCGGUUAUCCCGCGCCCAAAGUCAACUGGUACCUCAACGGACAACUGAUUCGCAAAAGCAAGCGAUACCGACUUACCUACGAUGGCAUUUACUACUUGGAGAUCGUCGACGUCAAGUCCUACGACUCCGGAGAAGUCAGGGUGGUUGCGGACAAUCCUCUCGGCACAACCGAGCACACGGUGAAGGUGGAGAUCCAACAGAAGGAAGACUUCAGGUCCGUGCUGCGCCGCGCUCCCGAUCAGAAGGCCUCGGACACAUCGCACGACGCCGGCAGGGUUGGAUUUGACGUGGUGAAGGUGGAGCGACCCGGCGAGUCCGCGCAGGACCGAGAAGUCGUGAAGCUGCGCAAGGCCCAGAGAGUCGUUCACGAGAAAACCUCUGAGGAAUCGGACGAGCUGAAGAGCAAGUUCAAGCGCAGGACGGAGGAAGGUUUCUACGAGUCCCUCUCCGCCGUGGAGUUCAAGUCGCGCAAGAGGGACGACUCCUACGAGGAUCUGCUGAAGAAGACCAAGGACGAUCUCCUCCAUCGCCUGAAAGAGAAGGAAGAAGCCGAGAGGAAGAAGAUGGAGGAACAGGGCACGGUCACGAUCCCCACGAUCAGACCGGAGAGGGUCCAGCUCUCCCCGAGCAUGGAAGCGCCCAAGAUCCUCCAACGCAUCACGAGCAAGACGGUCGCCCCGCUGGACGAGGUGCGUUUCCAGCUGCGAGUCGUCGGCAGACCGGAACCUGAGUGCCAGUGGUUCAAGAACGGCGUCCUGGUGGAGAAGACCGAGCGUAUCUACUGGUACUGGCCGGAGGACCACUUGUGCGAGCUGGUGAUCCGAGACGUGACGGCAGAGGACUCCGCCAGCAUCAUGGUGAAAGCCGUGAAUGUCGCCGGCGAGGCCUCCAGCCACGCCUUCCUGCUCGUGCAAGGCAAGACAGCGGUGACCUUUACCCAACAUUUGGAGGACGUCAGCGCCAACGAGAAGGACACCAUGGUGACCUUCGAGUGUGAAACCAACGAGCCUUUCACCAAAGUCAAAUGGCUCAAGAACAACACGGAGAUCUUCUCCGGAGACAAAUACAGAAUGCACUCGGACAGAAAGGUCCACUUCCUGUCCGUGCUGGUCAUCGAAAUGAAGGACGUCGCCGAAUACUCGUGUGUUCUCGUAGACGACGAGAGCAUCAGGACGAGCGCCAGGCUCCACGUAGAAGGCGCUGCCCUGGAGCUGAGGAAACCUCUGGAGAGCAUCGAGGUGCCCGAGACGUACGCCGGAGAGUUUGAGGUGGAGCUGUCCCGCGAGGACGCCGAGGGCAGCUGGUUCUUCGGAGACAAGGAGCUGUCUCCCAGCGGUAAAUACAUCAUGUCCUCCCGCCGAGGGAGACAUAGCCUGUCCAUCAAAGACGUGAGGAAGGAGGACCAGGGGAAGUACAGCUUCGUAUGCGGAGAUCUGAGGACCAGCGCCUCGCUGAAGAUGAAACUGCGCCCCGUGACCCUGAUGCAGCCUCUAACCGACCUGACCGUGUGCGAGGGCGACAUCGCCCAGCUGGAGGUCCGGUUCUCGCAGGAGAACGUGGAGGGAACCUGGAUGAAGAACGGCGCUGCCGUCUCGGCCUCGGACCGGGUCCACAUCGUCAUCGACAAACAGAUCCACAAGCUGCUGCUGGAGAACGUCACCAGGGAGGACGCCGCUUCCUACGCCUUCGUGGUUCCCGCGCAGGACAUCUCCACCUCGGGAAAACUCAGCGUUCAGACGAUCGACAUCGUGGUUCCGCUGAAGGACGUGUCCUCGGUGGAAGGCACCAAGGCGGUCCUGGAGGCCAAGAUCUCCGCUCAGGACAUUAGCUCGGUCAAAUGGUACCUCAACGACAAGCUGCUGCUGCCCAGCGACCGGAUCCAGAUGGUUGCCAAGGGAUCCAAGCAGCGACUGGUCUUCACCAGGACCUACGCGUCUGAUACCGGACGCUACAAACUGGUGGUCGGAAAGGUGGACACCAGCUGCAGCCUCACUGUCCAAAAGGUUCACAUCGUGAAGCACAUGGAGGACAAGGUUUGCUCCGAGUCCCAGAACGUCACCUUUAACGUGGAAGUGUCUCACCCCGGCAUCGACCCCGUCUGGACCUUCAGGAACCAGCAGCUCAAAGCCGGACCCAAAUACAAGAUGGAGUCCAAGGGUGUGGCCCACUCGCUGACCAUCAUCGACGCCAUGAAGGACGUGGACGGCCAGUACACGUUCCACGCCGGGGAACAGACGUCCAGCGCCAAGCUCACCGUCUCCGGCGGCGCCAUCACGCGGCCGCUGCAGGACGUGAUGGUGGCCGAGUCUCAGACGGCCGCGCUGGAGUGUGAGGUCGCCAACGCCAACGCCGAGGGCAGGUGGCUGAAGGACGGCCAGCCCGUGGACUUCAACGAGAACGUGACGAGCGAGGUGAAGGGCGCGGUCAGACGCCUCGUCAUCGCCAUCACCAGACCGCAGGACGUGGGCGAGUACACCUACCAGGUGGCCACCUCCAAGACCACCGGCAACCUCCGCGUGGAGGCGGUGAAGAUCAAGAAGACUCUGAAGAACCAGACGGUGACGGAGACCCAGGAGGCCGUGUUCACGCUGGAGCUCACCCACCUGGACGUGAAAGGAUCGCAGUGGAUCAAGAACGGCGUGGAGCUGCAGAACAGCGACAAGUACGAGAUCACGACCGACGGCGUGGUCCACACGCUGAAGGUCAAGAACUGCAACACGCACGACGAGUCCGUUUACUCCUUCAAACUGGGGAAACUGUCAGCCAACGCCAGGCUCAACGUGGAGACGAUCAAAAUUGUGAAGAAGAUAAAGGACGUGACCUCGCUGUUGGACAGCCCCGCCUCCUUCGAGCUCAGCCUAUCACACGACGGCAUCCCAGUCAAGUGGAUGUUUAAAGGCGCAGAGCUCAAGGCGAGCGACAAGUGCAAGAUUCUGUCGGAGCGCAAAGCUCACAAACUGAUCCUGCAGAACGUGGCGAGCAGCGAUGCCGGAGAGUACACCGCCGUGGUCGGACACCUGCAGUGCAGCGCCACGCUCACCGUGGAAGCGCUGCGAGUCACCAAACCUCUGAAGAGUGUGAGCGUGCCAGAGACGCAGGUGGCCACGUUCGAGUGUGAAGUGUCCCACUUCAACGUGCCGGCCACCUGGCUGCGUGGCGGCGUGGAGAUCGAGAUGAGCGAGAAGUUCCGCAUCGUGGUUCAGGGGAAACUCCACCAGCUGAAGAUCAUGAACACCAGCCGGGACGACUCGGCCGAGUACACCUUCGUCUGCGGGAACGACCGCGUGUCCGCCACGCUCACCGUCAGCCCGGUCCUGAUCACGUCCAUGAUGAAGGACCUGAACGCCCAGGAGCGAGACACCAUCACCUUCGAGGUCACGGUGAACUACGAGGGCGUCAGCUACAAGUGGCUGAAGAACGGCGUGGAGGUCAAGUCCUCCGACAGGUGCCAGGUCCGCAGCCGGCAGCUCACGCACUCGCUCACCAUCAGGAACGUCCACUUCGGGGACGGAGGAGAGUACCAGUUCGUGGCCGGCUCUGCCGCCUCCGCUGCCAACCUGUUUGUGGAAGCUCGUGUGAUUGAAUUCACCAAGAAGAUUAAGGACAUAAAGAUCACAGAGAAGAAGAAGGCCGUGUUUGAAUGUGAGAUUUCGGAGCCCAACGUCCAGGUGAUGUGGAUGAAGGACGGCCAGGAGCUGGACGUGUCCCAGGACAGGUUCAUGGUGACAGCGGAGAAGUUCGUCCACCGUCUGAUGAUCCAGACGGUUCGCAUGUCCGAUGCCGGAGAGUACUCGGUGGUGGCCGGCGCCAGUGUGUCCAAGGCCCAGCUGACCGUGGAGGGGCGGGACAUCCGCAUCUCGGAACCGGCCCAGCGGGAAAUCACAGUCCUGGAGAAGCAGAGAGCCACCUUAGAGUUCGAGGUGAACGAGGACGAUGUGGAGGCUCGCUGGCUGAGGAACGGUGUGGAGCUCCAGCUCUCAGCGGAGGAGAGGUUCUCCUACGUCUGCAUCCGCAAGCUGCACCGCCUCACCGUGUCGGAGACGUACCGCAGCGACGCCGGCGAGUACACCUUCGUCGCCGGCAAGAACCGGAGCACCGUGCACCUCCGAGUCAACAUCCCGGAGGCGCCUCAGAUCCUUCGCCACAUGGCGCCCCAGUCGGUGGAGGCGGGGAAGCCCGCCCGUUUCUCGGUGCAGGUGAGCGGCGUGCCGCCCCCCCAGGUGUCCUGGUACAAGAACUCCCAGGCUCUGUCGGCCGGCUUCAAGUGCAAGUUCCUCCACGACGGGGCCGAGCACUCGCUGCUGCUGAUCGAGGUCUUCCCCGAAGACGCUGCUGUGUACAACUGCCAGGCCAGGAACGAGUACGGCGAGGCCACCAGCACGGCCGCGCUCAGCGUGGAAGUGUCAGAGGUGGUCUCUCCCGACUCGUCUGCAACCGUGGCCCCCCCGGUGGUCAUCUCGCCCAUCGCCAGCACCUCGGCCCGCGAGGGAGAACCGGCGCGCUUCCAGUGCCGCGUCCGCGGAGACGAUGUGAAGAUCAGCUGGUUCCACAAGCAGAAGGAGAUCAAGCAGUCGGACUUCUUCCGGAUGUCUCAGUUUGACGACAGCUGCCAGCUGGAGAUCUCCAGGGUUUACCCCGAGGACGAGGGAGAGUACAGCUGCGUGGCCACCAACAACGCCGGCAGGGUGUCCUGCUCCGCCACGCUCACUCUGGACGUUUCAGGGCGAAAACAAGCCGCAGACAGUCCCGCUGAGUCUCCGUGGCGUGUCUCCACCAGCCUCGCCUCUUUAAAGAAACAUUCCUCUGGCCAAAAGCCCCUUUUCAUCCAGCCAAUCACGAGCUGCACGGUGCCCCACGGGGAGGUGGCGCGCUUCCACGCCUGCGUGUCCAGCGUGCCGAAACCGGAGAUCAGCUGGUUCCACAACCGGCAGCCGGUCCAGCCCACCAAGAACGUGGUCUUUCACUUCGACGAGGUGACCAACGCCGCCGUGCUCAUCAUCGUGGAUGCUUUCCCCGAGCACGCCGGGCAGUACACGUGCCGCGCCGUAAACAGCGCCGGGGAGGCCACGUGCUCGGCCACUCUCACCGUCACCCACGAAGAAGAAGAAGAAGAAGAAGUGACUCACGUGAGAGAGCAGAUCGAAGCCAAGAUCGAGCAAGAAGUCAAAGAGCGUUGUAGCACCACCAUCACCACUGUGGAAGAACAAGAGGAAACCUACUACACUGGUGUCCAGUUACCACAGAAAACAAAAACACUUGAACUCAAGCCAGAGCCCAAACGUUACUCUUCCUCUUUAGAGAAGAAAAAAGAAAAGCCAGUUUUCCUCAGCCAGCUCGCCCCAGCAGCUGUAACCAGCGGGGAAACAGCCAGGUUUACCGUCAAAGUGUCCGGCCUUCCAAAGCCGACAGUUCAGUGGUCUCACAACGGAAAAGUGAUUAAGAGCUCCUCCAUAUACAAGCUGAUAGAGAUGAAGGAGGAGUACACGUUAAUUAUCACUCAGGUCACAUCUGAGUAUGAGGGCGAGUACUCUUGCACCGCCACCAACAGAUUUGGCCAGACAACGUGCACCACAUACCUCGAAGUGAAAAAGAAGGAUGUGAGCCAGGCGGAGAAAUGGGUUGAGAAGAUGUUUAAGGUCACAGGUCAACCCCCAACUUUUACAGUUCAGAUCCAGCCGGUGAGGUGUUCAGAAGGAGGAGAGGUUUCUUUUAAUUACAAAGCCAGUGGUGAUCCAAUCCCUGAUGUAAAGUGGUUCAAGGGGGCUUUCCAGAUCCAGCCCAGUAGAAACUGUAUCGUUAUAGCCAACCCAGAUGGAUCUGGCGUCAUUAAUAUAAAGAGUGUCAAACAGGAAGACAGUGGGCUCUAUACUUGUAAGGCCUCCAACCAGUUUGGAGAGGCGUCUUGUAGCGCUGAGCUUGUUGUGUUUAGAGAAUCGGCCUCUGUUUCUCGCAAACAGGAGCAUGUAACCAUGGUUCAGAAGAAAGGCUAUAAGGUUACAACGACAGAACAAGCAACAGAGUCUCGCUUGUACCAGGUCAGCCUCCCAGGUCAGGACAGAUCAGAUCAGAUGGUUUACACCAUUGGCACUGAAGACCGGCAGAUAAUUCCCAGUGAGCAAGUGGGCUCCCUUAGAGAACUAGACAUCUCUGCAGCCACUAUCCAUCGCGAGCAGCUGACCCACCAGGCAGCAGUGCUUCAGUCUCACGAGAUGGAGGAGAGGGUGUCUGUGGUUCCUACCCACCCACCUCAGGUUUCAGCUGUUCCUGUGAAACAGCUUCACGUGACCGCGUUCACGUCAUCUGUUGAAGAGAGUCAGGACUUCACUGAGCAGCACUGCGAUCGCAUUCAAAGCCCUGAGGUCAUUGAGCUUCAGGCAGCUAGAGAAAAGAGGUCAAUGGUGAUGUCAGCUGUUGCCGAGGAGCUCACUACGCUUUCUACGGUUAGCACAGAGCCUCUGUCUGACAGGAAGUCUGCUAAAGUCACGCCCACUUCAGAACCUAAACAUCUAGUCAGUGGGCAUCAAGUCGAAUCACAGUUGCCCUUCCUAAAAGAGCAGUCUCAGGAUAUCCCCAAACCUCAGGAAGAGAAGGGUUAUAAAGUUAAGGAAGGUGUCAAGAUUUUAUACUCAGUCCAGUCUGCAGAGAAACGGGUGCUUGCAGAGGGCCACACAACUGAACUAGGAACAGCAGAUUCUGCUGUAAAGUCUUCAGUUGGGAAAGAAAAGCACCGACCUGUCUUGGCUUCAGUCAGCGAGUCCAAACAGACUCUUUCCAAGGAGACUAAGUUCUCCUUGCAGAGGCCCGUUGAGGAGACAGCCCAUCUCUGUAAGGAUAAAAUGAUGAAGGUGGCUCUGACUGCGGAAGAGAAGCAAAUGUUGCAGGCUGAGCCCACUCAGCAGCUGCCAAGUCUGGACAGUGCCAUGUCCAUUCAGUCCCAGGUAGAAGGGGAGCAGUUGUUGCACCUGCAGGUUAUCACAGAUCAGGACCUCCUUCCAUCUGAGAAGGGCUUCACCUGUGAGAAACCAGAACCAGAGCAGGCAGGAGUCAGGAAGAGUCCCACUCUGCUUUACAGCGUUAGCCAGGAUGAACAGAGGACAGUAGUUUGUGAGGACACAUCAGAGUUUGAGGCCAAGGCUAGCACCAUGACUAUCCAGCCCCAGAAAGAAGCCCCUACUCUUCUGCAUCUUCAGUCAACCCAACCUGUGGAAGCGCUACCCAAAGAGGGUAUUCUCCUAAUUGAGAAGCCUGACCAGCAGGUUGCAGCGCAGAAACAAGAAAAGACGAGAAGUCAUGCAGCUACCUCGGAAGAGAGACGGGAGCUCACAGCAGAUUAUCACACAGAGCUGGAUUUGUCUGUCACUGGCAGUCAGUCUCAGCUUCGAACUGAGCCUAGGCCUCAAAACAUCCUCCAGCUCUCUUUCCAGCCCAUGCAGCUGCCAAAGGAGACGCCAGUUACCACUGACAUGAAGCAGCAGCGAGCUUUGGUGCAGAAGGAGGAUCGCUUAAAUUUGAUGCAUGUCACCAGUGUGGCAGACAGUCAGGCUUUAGAGGAGGGUCAUACUGAGAGUCUUACAGCUGUGGAUAAAUUCACCUGCCAGAUGGCUGUAGAGCCAAAACUUCCCACCGAGCCAAUCCAGAUUGAGGAGAAGGAGAUCUCCACGGAGAGUAGUAUACUUCUACAGGCAGCAGAACAGGACUUUGCUGUUCAGAUCCAAGAGGGCCAGUCAGUCAGACAGUCAAUAGUGAUGGACGAGAAGCGAGUGCUGACGGGUGAGCUCUCUCAGGUGAUUACCAAGUCUGAGUCCACUAAAGUCGGCAUCACCACUCAGCCGAAACUGUCCCUUUUGGCAUCAGAAUCAAAAGACACCACACCUCUUCCCAAAGAGAUGACGUUUGUGAUUCAGAUCCCUAAACCAUUCAGUCUAAAUAUACGUAAUCAGCUCAGAGAUGCCCUUCAGUCUGCUGUGGCCAGUGACCAGCCAGUGUUGCUGGCUGACGUCGUAGGAAGGUUACAAGCUGUAGAAGUACAGGAAGUCAAGGUUCAAAGAGAGCCUAAGAGGGCCAUGUUUACAUACCUGAUCACAACAACAGGUGCUCCCAUGGAGAUCACUCUGGCUUUUGAGGGUAAAUACCCUCAGACAGCUGACCUCAGGACUGAACUCCAGGCAGCUUUCCACUCUAUAGUGUAUCAGGAAGCCCACGUUCUUACCUCAGAACAGCCGGGCACUAUGCAGUUAGACAAACCUCAAAGGGCACAGGUCACCUCGACCCACUCUAAGCAAAUGCUGUCAUCCAUGGUAGAGACUGUGAGCGUGGCAGAGAGUGCGGUGGAUUUCACUGCGGUAAAAUCUCAGGCUGCUGCACUCAAGACAGAGUCUAAAAUGGCAGUUGAAUGUGCUGCAGCUGAACAGCAGGUUGUGGUGCAGGAAUCUAAAGCAGCAAAGAUGGAACAGUCCAUCUCAGCCCAGGUACAAAUUUCUACAGAGUCUCACAUGGCUUUUGAGCAGUCGGUGCAGGUUUCAAAGCAGGAGGUUAGGUCAGUUAAGGUGAAAGGCAGAGAGAGGGAUGUGGGAGCAGCUAUGGUUACCACUACCUUGCCUCCCACAACUGUCCCCACCGAACAGGUGGAUAUCAGCUUCCACAAGGAGCACAGGGAGGAGUUCUUUAAAGAGGAGAUCACAGUUUCCAGGCCAGAGCAGAGAGAAUACCCUGUAAUAGUCACCUCCCUUGAAGACGUAUCCAUUGAUGAGGAUAGUAAAAUAACCUUUAGCACCACCAUUAAGUAUGUCACAAAGGUAAACUGGUUUUUCAACGGGCAAUUGGUGAAGUCUGGCAAAGAGUUCAAGUGUUCCAAAGACCACGACACAUACACAUUGGUUAUCAACAAAGUUGUCAAGGAGAGGCAUCAAGGAGAAUAUGUUUGUGAGGCUGAGAAUGAAGCUGGCAGGACUACAACAUCUUCAAGACUCACUGUGGUCUCAAGAGUGCCACCUGUCUUUAGGCAGAAAAUCACACCUCUGGAGAUAAACAUCGGCGGCCAAGCCAAGUUCGAAUGUGAAAUUGAGGAAGCUCCGAGUGUCACCUUCAAAUGGUACAAGUCUGGCAUUGAGAUCAAACAGAACGAGAAGUAUAGGAUCCUCAGCCGGCUCACCAGUUCCUCCCUGGAGCUCAUGAACCCAAUCAAAGCCGACAGCAGUGAAUACACCUGCAAGGCUUCAAACAAGCAUGGCACUGACAGCUGCACUGCCUCGCUCAUCGUCACCGAACUGUACCCACCGGUAUUUGUAUCACAACCAGACCCAAUGACUUUAUAUGUGGGCAAACAAGCUGUGCUCCAGUGCUUACUCACUGGAUCCUCACCCAUGGAAGUUGUCUGGCACAAGGACAACAUAGCCAUCUCCUCCGAAGGGAACUAUGUAAUGAAAUGUGAAAAGAACAAGUAUUCCCUUCACAUUAAAAGUCUUGAGCUGACAGACCAGGGAGUGUACCUGUGCAAGGCCUCCAACAGGGUAGGCACUGCUACUUUUACGACAGAGCUCAAGGUAAUCAAGAAGCCCAGCUUUGUUAAGACCAUUGAGCCAGCGUCAGCUGCUGUCAAUGACCCUCUGAGGCUGGAGUGCCAGGUGGACGAGGACACUGGUGUGACCGUCACCUGGACCAGGGAUGGCAAAAAAGUCCACCUAAGUUUGGAGUGUAAAAUGUCCUUUGAGGACAAGGUGGCUGUUGUUGAGAUACCCAAGUCCAAACUGAAGGACUCUGGGAAAUAUGUUUGCACAGCCACAAAUGAGGCUGGGAGUUCAUCCUGUGAGGCUGUGGUAACAGUUCAAGAGCCCCCUAUCUUUGUUAAGAAAAUGGAACCUAAGAUUACAUGGAAACAAGGUAUAGCUGCACGCUUACAGUGCUCCGUUAAAGGAUCGCCUGAACUUCACAUCCACUGGUUCUGGAAUGAGAGAGAGCUUGGUGAUGGAGACAAAUAUAAAAUCUCUUUCAAGAAUGGAGUUGCCUCUUUGGAGAUAAUGAACCUUGUGGUUACAGACAGUGGGAGUUACACCUGCGAGGUGUCAAAUAAUGCCGGCAGCGAGAGCUGCAACACCCUUAUAGCUGUUAAAGAGCCACCAUCCAUUAGAAAGGAGCUGCAGACAGUAGAGGCAGUAAAGGGAACAGCAACUCAGCUGGAGUGUGAGAUCACAGGAACCGCUCCUUUUGAAAUCAGCUGGUUAAAAAAUAAGAAAGCCAUCUCCAGUGAUCAGAAAUAUAAAAUAAUCGCACAGGAUUCCUUGUCAAGGCUGGAGAUCCAGACCUUUGAAAGUGCAGAUGUUGGAGAUUAUCAGUGUGUCAUAUCUAACGAUGUGGGGAAAGUCUCCACUAAGGCCCAAGCUAAACUUAAAGAACCACCAACCUUCUCAAAGAGGGUUGAGAGUGCUACAGCAGUGAAGGGAAAUACAGUAAAACUCCAGGGAACCGUUAAGGGUUCGGCUCCCAUCUCUGUUAAAUGGAUGAAAGACUCUGAAACACUGAGAGAUGACGAUCCAAACAUCAAGAUGGUGUUUGAGAACAAUGUUGCUUGCUUGUCGAUAACAACAGUGGCCAUCAGCCAUGGUGGCAAAUAUUCGUGCCAAGCUGAGAAUGAGGCUGGUCAACAAAAAUGUGAAGCUACCUUGACUGUGCAAGAACCUGCCAGAAUUGUAGAACCUGCAGAGUCUAUUAGUGUGACUGCAGGCGAUUCAGCCACACUGGAGUGCACAAUUUCCGGAAGCCCAGACCUUAAAGUGAAAUGGUUUAAAGACGGAAAGGAGAUGAUCAGUGGGCGUAAAUAUAAGAUGACUCUGAAGGACAAUAUUGCCAGCAUGAAGAUUCUCACGGCAGAAAGAGGAGACACUUCAGAGUACAAGAUGGAGGUGUCAAAUAAAGUUGGGAAAGACCAGUGCACAUGCUCAGUCACAAUCUUAGAUCGGAUAAUGCCUCCAACUUUCACCAAGUCCCUGAAAAGAGUUGAUGGAAACAUUGGUAAUGAUGUCUCCAUGGAUUGUAAGAUGUCUGGGUCUCAACCCAUGACCAUAGCUUGGUUCAAAGACGACCAGGAGAUCAUGUCUGGAUCCAAAUUCCAGCCUGAAUUCAAAGACAGCUCUGCUACGCUGAGAAUUAUACAGCUGGAGAAAGCUGACUCUGGAGUUUACAAAUGCAGAGCCACCAAUUCAGCCGGCUUUAAGGAAACCAGCGGCACGCUCUAUGUCAAAGAGCCCCCAGUGUUCACAGCGAAAUCAGACAACCAGGAUGUUAUACCAGGAACCACUGUUUGCUUCAAAACAGCCUUCACUGGAACAGCUCCUUUAGCUGUAAAGUGGUUCAGAGAGGAAAAAGAGAUUAUAACUGGAGGCUCAUAUUUUAUAAAGAAAGAUGCCUCUUCAAGCUCUUUGGAGCUUCACUCUGUGAAACCCAAUGACUCGGCAAAAUACACAUGCCAAGUAUCCAACGAUGCUGGGAAGGUGGAUUGCACCGCAGUCCUCUUUGUAAAAGAACCUCCCACGUUCGUGAGGAAGCUUGAGGCGACUAAGCUCGUCACCAGCGGCGACUCCGCCAAGCUGGAGUGCAAAGUGACGGGCAGCCCCGUCAUCACUUUUAAAUGGUUCAAGGAUGAGAUGGAGAUCAGCUCCAGCCCUAAAUACACAAUGUCUUUGAUUGACUUAGUGGCAUCUCUGGAAAUAGCCAACUGUGCGGUAGAGGAUAGUGGAGAUUAUGUCUGUGUGGCGUCCAGCGAGGCUGGUAGUGAUCGCUGCAGCAGCACAGUUACAGUCAAAGAGUCGCCAUUGUUUGUGCGUAGCUUGGAGCCCAAAGAUGUGGUGAAAGGUUCUGAGAUGUUGCUGGAGGGCCAAGUUUCUGGCUCCGCCCCUUUCACUGUGUCAUUUUAUAAAAACACAAAGCUGAUUAGGAAUGACAAGAGACACCGGAUCACUGUGAAAGACGAGCUAAUAGCCCUGCAGGUGCUGGCAGUAGAGGCAGGAGACGUCGGUUUGUACCAGUGUACUGUUGAGAAUGAAGUUGGGAGGGCCUCCUGUGAUUGUCAAGUGACACUAAAAGAACCACCAUCAUUUGUGAAAAAGCUGCAGAACCUCAGUUCGUUGGUUGGUAGCGAGGUUUCCCUGCAGUGCACUCUGAAGGGCUCAGAGCCCAUGACCGUGUCAUGGACGAAAGACAACUAUGAGCUCAAAGAGGCUGAAAACAUUCAGAUUUCAUAUGAGAACAACACUGCUCUGCUGCACUUCACCAACUUACAGAGCAAACAUGACGGCAAAUACUCUUGCCAGGCGCAGAAUCAGGCCGGGAGCCAGACAUGCUCUGCUGUGUUGACAGUCAAAGAGGCCGCUAAGGUCACAGAGGAAGCCAAGUCUGUCAGUGUGACUCAGGGGGAUCCGGCCACGCUGGAGGUUCGGUUCUUGGGCACAAAACCCCUCAAGGCCAGAUGGCUAAAGGCCGGCAAGGAGCUGACCUCAGGCCAGAGAUAUAAAAUACAUGGCACAGACACCAGCUCUGUGCUCAAGAUUAUCAAAACUGAGAAAAGUGACAGUAGUGACUACACCUUUGAGGUUUCAAAUGAUGCCGGCCAAAGUUCUUGCGAGGCCACACUCACCAUUCUCGAACCACCAUGGAUUCUUGAAAAGCCUGAAUCCAUGAAUGUUUUGCCUGGCUCAAAAGUCCAGUUUAACGUACUGGUCUCUGGCACGCCACCACUGACCAUCAAGUGGUUUAAAAACAAGAAGGAGGUUUCAUCCAGUGCCGAUUGCUCUGUUAUCAAAGACAACACUUCAAGCUCACUGGAGCUUUUCUUUGCCAAAACCUCAGAUUCUGGAGACUAUGUUUGUGAAAUACAGAACGAUGUGGGCUCCACUUCAUGCCAGGCAACACUCUUUGUCAAAGAGCCCCCUAAGUUCACACGAACCCCGGCUCGUGUGUCCGUGGUCCGUCCCGGUCAGAAUAAAAUGUUUGAGUGCCAGGUGACCGGCACACCUGAGAUAGACAUCUACUGGUUCAGGGAAGGCUCUGAGAUCAGCCCCAGUGAUCGGUACAAGAUGGCCUUUGUUAACUCUGUGGCCACUCUGGAAGUCUGUGGAACUGAUAUUAAAGACAGUGGGCUUUACUACUGCGAGGCUCGCAAUGAGGCUGGCAGUGAGAGCUGCAGCACGGAGCUCAAGGUCAAAGAACCGCCAUCAUUUAUUAGAGAGCUGGCUCCAUCUGAUGUUGUGAAGGGCUCCACUGCUUGUUUUGAGUGUCAGGUUGCUGGGACUGGUCCAUUUGAGAUAACAUGGCACAAAGAUGCAAAGGAGAUCAAACCCAGUGCUAAACAUGGCUUCUCCCAGAUUGGUGACACUGUGGGUCUAGAUGUGCACAAAUGUGACGCUGUAGAUGUCGGUGAAUACCAGUGUACAGUUGCCAACGAGGUGGGAAGCUGUACUUGUAAAACUACGCUAAACCUCAAAGAACUACCAACAUUUACCAAGAGGAUUGAGAACGCUGCCACUGUUCUGGGUAAAAUGGCAGAGUUUCAGUGUGUGGUCAAGGGUUCUCCCACUCUCUCUGUACAAUGGCAAAAAGAUGACAACUGGAUUUUGGAGGAUACAAAGAUUGAGAGAACAUUUGAAAACAAUGUGGCGACUCUCAGGAUUCCUGCCUGCGAGGUGACACACAACGGGAAAUACACCUGCCAGGUGGUGAACGAGGCUGGGCAGGAUAAGUGCUUUGCCACCCUAACGGUGCAAGAGCCACCUCAGAUCACAGAGAAACCUGAAGUGAUAAAAGUUACAGUCGGAGAUCCAGUCAGUCUGGACUGUAAGGUAACGGGCUCCCCUGAGCUCAAAGUGAAAUGGAUGAAAGAUGGCAGGGAGCUUCAGUCCAUCAGGCAGCACAAGCUGAUCUUUGAGAAUAACAUCAGCAGCCUAAGGGUUCAGUCCGCUCAGAAAGAGGAUGAAGGAGAGUAUGUCUUUGAGGUGGCAAACCACAUCAGUAGCUGCACCUGCAAAGUCAAAGUGAUCGUACUAGAACAAGUAAUUGCCCCAAGCUUCAUCAAACCCCUGGUAGACAUGCAAGAGAUAUUGGGCUCCUUUGUUCAGAUAUGUUGCAAAAUAUCUGGUUCCCUCCCCAUCUCUGUGGAAUGGCAGAAAGACGGGACCAAAAUCUCUAGUGGUGUAAAACACAAACUCAUUCAGCAGGACAAUAAUGUGUCCAUCGAAAUAGAACAGCUGGAGAGAUCUGACGCAGGCUCCUACUCUUGCAAACUGACCAACGCAGCGGGAAGUUGCAACUGCAGUGGAUCCCUCAUGGUUAAAGAGCCUCCCAGCUUUGUGACGCUGCCUGAGUCCCAGGCGGCUCUACCCAAUGGCACUGUACGCUUCAAAGGCACAUUUAAGGGAACGCCACCCUUCACGGUCAAAUGGUUCAAGGACAAGACCGAGCUCAUGACCGGGCCCACUUGUUUCACAGGGCUGGAGGGACUGUCUUGCUUCUUAGAGCUCUAUUCAGUGGGUGUCACCCAGAGUGGAGUUUACUCUUGCCAAGUCAGUAAUGAUGCUGGCUCUGUACGCUGUAGUGCAGACUUGACAGUCAAAGAACCACCUGAGUUUCUGCUGAAACUCCCUGCCACAAAGUUUGUGAAGCAGGGUGAGUCACUCCGCCUGGAGUGCAAAGUGAGUGGCACAGUCCCUCUGAAAAUGACCUGGUACAAACACGACACCAAGGUCACAGAUGGGGGCAACUACAGGACAUCAUUUGUUGAUUCAGUAGCAGUCCUGGAACUGCUCCGCACAAGCUUUGAUGAUGAUGGAGUUUACACCUGUGAAGCUCAGAAUGAUGCUGGCAGUGUCAGCUGCAGCACCACACUUACCGUUAAAGACCCACCAUCUUUUGUCAAAAUACCUCAGCCCGUUGAAGGGCUGAAGGGUAAGGACGUGAGUCUGUACUGCGAGAUGAGCGGUACAGCUCCGUUCCAGAUCACCUGGUUCAAAGACAGGAAACCUCUGAUGGAGAGCAGAAAGUUUAAGAUGGUGAGCGAGGGCAGCUCUGCUACGCUGCAUAUCAUUGGGAUAGAGCCCUCGGAUGCCGGCGAAUACGAGUGUAAAGUGUCAAACAGUGUAGGAAGUGACACCUGCCAGACAUCAGUUAAACUCAGAGAGCCGCCGUCGUUUGUGAAGAAACUGUCAAACAUGACAGUGAUACUGGGAGAGGAGGUGACCCUUGUAGCCACUGUUAAAGGCUCUGAACCCAUUACUGUGUCCUGGGUUCAAGACAAGGAUCACAUUCUCAGGGACGGUGACAACAGGAAAAUCACCUUUGAGAACAACAUGGUCGCUCUUAAAGUCUUUAAGGCUGAUGCAACCACGGCAGGCAAAUACACCUGCCAACUCAGAAACGAUGCUGGGAGUGUGGAAUGUUUCGCUAACUUGACUGUUCUAGAACCCGCUAAGAUAGUGGACAAGCCCGAUGCUCUGAGCGUGACAGCCGGCGAUAUGGCUGCCCUGGAAGUCAAAGUGUGUGGAACCCCGGCGCUCAUACCGAAGUGGUUCAAGGAUGGUGUCGAGCUGGCCUCCGGGAGGAAAUACAAAAUCUCAUUUUCUCAGAUGAUUUCCAGCCUGAACGUUCUCUCUGCGGAGAAAGUGGACUCUGGAGAAUAUACAUUUGAGGUUAUGAACGAGGUCGGGAAGGACCUGAGUAAAAUUAAUCUCACAGUUUUAGAUAAGAUCGUACCUCCAACUUUCUCAAGGAAGUUGAAGGAUUGCAACACAAUCUUUGGAACAGCUGGAGAGAUGGAGUGCAAAGUGUCGGGCUCCCCACCUUUCACCAUCUCCUGGUACCACGAUGGGGAGGAGAUACAGAGCGGACCCAAUUAUGAGAUUUCAUUCAGCAACAACAGCUGCACGCUCAAAGUGUCCACGCUGAAGCUGUCCGACUCCGGAGUGUAUAAAUGUAAAGCUGUCAACAAGGCAGGAUCCAGUGAAACCACGGCCUCCUUGGUUGUCAAAGAACCUCCGUCGUUCGUGGUGCCGCUGCAGCCGGUGGACGCCAUGCCCGGCUCCAACGUGACUUUCUCCGCCAUGGUGAAAGGCAGCGCCCCCCUCAAACUGAAGUGGUUCAGAGGAACCAAGGAGAUCCUGCCGGGACGGGGCUGUAACUUCUCCCUGAAGGAUAACCAAGUUCUUCUGGAGCUGCUGAGCGUGGACAGAUCUCACGCCGGAGAGUACACCUGUCAGAUCAUUAACGACGCGGGAAAGGAAAGCUGCCCCGUUAACCUCACCGUCAAAGAGCCGGCCACCUUCUCCAAGAAGCUGAAAAACGUGUCUGUGGAGAAGGGCAAACCGUUGACGCUGGAGUGCCUGUACACCGGGACUCCUAAAAUCACAGUCAGCUGGUACAAAGACGACCAGCAGAUCUUCGCGUCCUACAAACACAACAUCACCACGACGGAGAGCUCCUGCAUCCUCGAGUGUCUGAGCACUGACGACAAAGACACCGCCGGGAAAUACUCCUGCCAAGUGUCCAACGAUGCAGGAAAGGACACGUGUGACGCAACCGUGUCCAUCCUCGAGCCGCCGUACUUCGUGGAGUCCCUGGAGCCCAUGGAGGUGACGUCCGGCGACAGCGUGUGUCUGAAGUGUCAGGUGGCGGGCACGCCGGAGAUCAAGGUGGCGUGGUUCAAGGCGGACGGGAAGAUCCGGUCCAGCCCCACCUGCAGGCUGGAGUACACCAAGGGCGUGGCCUGUCUGAAGCUCAGCAAAUCCACCAAGGCCGACAUCGGAGAGUACACCUGCAGGGCCGAGAACCAGAUAGGCUCCGCCUCCUCCACCUGCAGACUCAGCGUGGCAGAGGCCAAAACGCCCCCGUCCUUCCCGAAGAAGAUCACCAGCCUGCAGCAGACCGAGGGCCAGCCGGUGCGCUUCGAGUGCCGCGUGGCGGGCUCCUCGCCCGUGGACGUGGUGUGGCUGAAAGACGGCAAGCCGCUGCUGCCGGGAGACGACUUCUCCACGCUGUACGACGACAACACUGCCGCGCUGCAGAUCGCACGCGGAGAAAUGAGGCAUUCUGGGGAAUACACCUGCGUGGCCACCAACAGCGUGGGCUCGGCCUCCUGCAGAGCCAAACUCACCCUGCAAGAACCGAGAUACCCACCGGCCUUUGACAGGAAGUUGUCGCCACAGGAAGUGACGGUGGGCGACAGCAUUGAGCUCGAGUGUCACAUGACCGGCUCUGCCCCCAUUAAAGUCACGUGGUCCAAAGAUCACAAAGACAUUCGCACUGGGGGGAAUUAUAAGAUGAGCUGUGUGGACAACACGCCCCACCUGUCCAUUCUGAAGGCCGAUAAAGCCGACACGGGACGAUACUUCUGCCAUGCCUCUAACGACAUGGGGAAGGAUUCUUGUUCCUCUGACAUCACGGUCAAAGAGCGUAAAAACCCUCCGGUGUUCACCAAAAAGCCCUCCGAGCACAUGGAGGACACGGAGGGCAAACUGGUGAAGCUGGAGAGCCGAGUCAGCGGCUCGCAGCCCAUCGCCGUUAGCUGGUUCAAAGACGACGAGGAGAUCCGCAGCUCCGACCGAUACGACGUCAGCUUCAAGAGCAACGUGGCCGUGCUGUGCAUCAAGAGCAGCCGGGUGGCGGACAGCGGCCGGUACUCGUGCCGCGCCGCCAACGAAGCCGGGGAGACUUCCUGUGAAGUCACGGUGGGAAUCUCAGAGUCCAAGAAGCCUCCGGUGUUCGACGUCCCUCUGAAGCCGCUGACGGUUGCCGAGGGCGACAAACUGAGCCUGAGGUGUCACGUGUGCGGCUCCCCGCCUCUGAAGAUCCAGUGGAUGAAGGACCGGAAGGAUCUGACGGCGGCCGGCAGCACCGCGAUCAGCUUCUCUGACGGGACGGCCUGUCUGGAGAUCAGCGCGGCCUCGCGCCACGACGCCGGGGAUUACCUCUGCAAGGCCACCAAUGACGCCGGCAGCGAGUUCUGCAAGGCCAAAGUCACCGUCCAAGAGAAACCCGGAGCCGCCCCGGCGCCAGCUGAAGCUCCAGCGGCCGCUCCGACUAAGAAACUGGAAAACCUGUUCUUCAUCGAGGAACCCAGAACUACACACGUCACCGAGAAGGGAACCGCCACCUUCAUCGCCAAAGUGGGCGGCGAGCCGAUCCCCAGCGUGAAGUGGAUGAAGGGGAAGUGGCGGCAGAUCACGCACGGCGGGCGCAUCUCCAUCGAGCAGAAGGGCAGCGAGUCCAAGCUGGAGAUCCGAGAGGUGACCAAGUCGGACUCGGGGCAGUACCGCUGCGUCGCCGCCAACAAGCACGGCGAGAUCGAGAGCAGCGCCGACAUGCACGUGGACGAGAAGAAAGAGGCGGCCCUGCUGGAGGGAGACCUCCGCGCCAAGCUCAAGAAGACGCCGUCGAAGCAGAAGAGUCCUCAGGAGGAGAAGGACAUCGAUAUCGUGGAGCUGCUGAGGAACGUGGACCCCAAAGAGUACGAGAAGUACGCCCGGAUGUACGGCAUCACCGACUACCGUGGCCUGCUGCAGGCCAUCGAGCAGCUCAAGAAGGAGAAGGCUGAAGAAAGUGGACGACCGGAAGUGGAACGUGGAGACCGAGAGUCUGACGAGGACAUGGCCCGACUGGUGGCCGACCUGCAGAAGAGGAUGGAGCGCACAGAGCCCGUCACCGUGGUGAAGGACAUCUCGGAUCAGUCCGUCUUCGCCAACAAGGAGGCGGAGUUUGAGUGCGAGGUGAAGAUCAACUACCCCGAGAUCACGCUGUCCUGGUACAAGGGCACGCAGAAACUGGACACCGGCGACAAGUACGACAUCAGCAUCAUCGGAGACCGCCACCUGCUCCGCAUCCGCAGGUGCACGCCGGCGGAUCAGGGGAACUACCGCGUGGUCUGCGGGCCGCACAUCUCCAGCGCCAAGCUCGUCGUCACCGAGGCCGAGGUGGAGAAGCACCUGCAGGACACGUCCGGUAAGGAAGGCCAGGCGUGCUCUCUGUCUUGUCAGUUGUCCGUGCCUAACGUAGAGGCUCAGUGGUUUAAAAACGGAAAGCGCUUAGAGAUGAAGGGCAGGUACGCGUCCCAGGUGAAACACAAAGUCCAGAAGCUUGUGAUCACGGACCUGAGAAGCGAAGACCAGGGCCGGUACAGCUGCAGGUACCAAAACCUGGAGUCCUCGGCCGAUCUCUGGGUCGAAGCUGAACAAAUUCAUUUCACCAAACGCAUCCACAACAUCGAAGUCAACGAGCGCCAGUCGGCCACCUUCGAGUGCGAGGUGUCCUUCGACAACGCGAUCGUUUCGUGGUACAAAGACACCUGGGAGCUGCGAGAGAGCCCCAAGUACAACUUCACGAGCGAGGGCCGAAGACAUUUCAUGGUCAUCCGAAACGUGGCCGUGGAAGACGAAGGCGUGUACUCAGUGAUUGUGAGGUUGGAGCCCCGAGGAGAGGCUAAGAGCACGGCUGAGCUUUAUUUGUCUGGCAAAGAAAUUGAACUAGCAAUGGUGCCCUUCGAUGUGCCAGACUCCUCAGUUCAGAGGCCUGAAGUGCCUUCAUCGGUCGCCAUUCAAGAAUCCGCUGAAUUCUUUCAGUAUGAAGAAGAACGUAGAGAAUCGGCUGAAUAUUCGUAUCACUAUGAAGAAGAGGUGAAGGUGGAGCAGAGAGAGAAGUUUGAGAGCUGGACAGAAGAGACGGUAACACAACAGGUGUCCACAGCCAAAGCUGCCAGAGUUGCCGUUGAGGAGAAAGUAGAGACCAAGAAAGUUGAACUGAGAGAGGAACUCCCAACAAAAGUUGCUGAGAAAAAACCUGAAGAAAAGCCAACCGCAGCCGUGAAGGAGCCGUUGCCACCAAAAGUACCAGAAGUCAGAAAGCCGGUGGAGGAAAAGAUUCCUGCAGUUUCAGUCCCAGAGAAGAAAGUUCCCGUGGCCAAAGAACCAGAGGAGGUAAAGAAGCCUGCUGCUGCUCCCUCGCCACCUGCAGAGAAGCCUGGAGUGCCAAAGAAAGAUGAGCCCAAGCCUCAGGUGCCAGCUGAGCCCAAAAAAGUGGCGCCUGCAGCUAAGCCUGAGCCUGAAGCCAAACCCAAACCCAAAGCAGAACCUGAAUCAAAGCCUAAGCCGACACCGGCUCCCAAAGCAGUACCUGAAGCCAAACCGGCGGCCAAGGUCGAGCCUGAAUCUGAAGUUAAGCCAGCGGCGCUAAAGAAGCCGGAAACACUGCCAUCCAAAGAUGAAACCAAGGGUCCUGUACAAGCACCGGGAGGAGUCAAGAAAGAAAUACUUCUGCACAAAAAAGGUAAAAUUCAGACCGAAGAGGAAGGGACGUUUGAGAUUCCCACUUUAAGGAAGACAACCAGAAUCGUAAAGGAAGUGGAAGAGGAGCAGGAGAUUAUCAAACUGAAGAAGAUUCCUUCGGUUCCUCCUAAAGACGCUGAAGAAGAGGAGAAACCUCAGAAGGUCACCAAGACUACGAUCUUCAAUGUUGAGGAGUUGGUGCAUAGGGAAGAUGCUAUCGAGAUGUCCGUCGCCAACAGGAGACCUGCGGAGGAAAGGAAACCCCGAGAGAAAGCAGAUGUGGUGAAAAAGCCAGAAACUGUGAAGCCUAAAGAAGAGGAAAAGAAAGAAGCUCCUAAAGAUGCAUGGGCCCGCCAGAAACCCAUUCCCAAAGAUGAGAAACCAGAAGAUAAGAUUUCUCUGAAGAAAGCUCCCAAAGCACCAAAGGAAGGGGAACCCGCCCCGCCUAGUGCAGCCUUGAAGAAAGUGAAACAACUGCCCUCAGAUGAAGUUGAACCAGAGGCAGUCAAACUAAAACCAUUUGAAAAGCCUGUUAAACCAGCUGAGGAACCAGAGAAAGACAAGAAGGAUAGGCCAGACCGGGACACUGUGCCUUUCCAGAAGCUAGACAGGAUCCCCAAAGAGGUGGAAACCAAAGAACCUCCAAAGAUACCUGAGAAACCUCCUCCUGAGGUAAAGGAGCCAGCAGCAAAGAUGCCAAAGCCUGUAGAUAAAAAGAAAACUCCCGCGAAAGAGCCUGAGGAGGUCAAAGUGCCCACCAAGGUGAAGAAAAUCCCAACACAGGAACAAGAGAUAGAGAGUGUCAAGCUUAAGCCCUUCUCCAGACCUUCCAAAGAGGCUGCAGAGCCGGAGAAGAAACCAGCAGAGGAGAAAGAGAAGAAGCCAAUCGAUGACCUGCAACGGCGUCGCACAAGUCCAGAUGAAAAACCAAAAGAACGAGAGCCAGAGGCUAGACCGAAGAAACCAGAGGUCCCAGAAGCUCCAGAGAAGAAGCCGGAGAAGCCAACAGCGGUAGAGCCAAUUCCUGCAGAGAAGACAGUGUCUCCUUCUGUUAAGAAACCUGAAAAGGUUCCUGAGGAGCCCAAAGCUUUGCAGGUGAAGAAGGGAGUCACACCUAAAGUGAAAGAGGAGAAAGAAGUGGCUCUAAAGCCUUUGGAGCAACUCAAGAAGGUUGAGUUGAAAAAGACUCCAUCUCCUAAAGUUGCAGAGACAGUCCCUGUUGAGAAGACGCCAAGUGUUGACAAACUCAAAAGGAUUACUAAACCAGUCUCACCAAAAGACUCUAUUGAAGCUGUGACUCUCAAAAAGGCUCCAAAGAAGCUGUCACCUGAGGAGAAGGUUGCAGAACCGGUAACGCCUGGUAAAGGGAAACUUCCCCUGGCUAAGGAAGUCUCUCCUGGAGCUGUGCAGAUGAAGAAGGUCGCCACCCAGCCGGAGGAGGAGAUAUUCGAAGAGGAGGAAGACGUUGAGCAGGAGGAAGAAGAGGCCUGGGGCUGGGAGCUGGUUCCGCGGGAGAGUUACGGCUCCGAAGACUGGGAGGGCGAAGGAGAGGAAGGUGCCCUGGAAGUUCCAGGGGGGCCCAGGAGAGCCAAGCAGACCCCGUCCCCUGGAGAAGGCCGGGGCCGCGGCCUGAAGCCCGGUGGAAGAGGCCCCACACCACCAGAGGAACCUUUCGGAGGAUUCAAACUCAAAGCCGUACCUCUGAAGUUCAUUAAGAAGAUUCAGGACAUUGUGUUGCAGGAAGCCGAGUCUAUCGGCUCCUCUGCAGUGUUUGAGUGUGAGGUCUCGCCUUCCACCGCCAUCACAACAUGGAUGAAAGGCGACAGUAACCUACGCGAGAGCCCCAAGCACAAGUUCACUUCUGACGGCAAAGAUCGCAAGUUGAACAUUAUUGAUGUCCAGUUGUCCGACACUGGUGAAUACACCUGUAUCGCCAAGAAUGCCGGCAAGGAAAUAUCAUGCACAGCCAAGCUCAUUGUUGAAGAGCUCCCUGUGAAAUGGAUCAAAGAGCUAGAGCCAGAGACUUCAGCUAUGAAGGGUCAGCCUCUGUAUAUGACCUGUGAGUUGAACAAAGAAAGAGAUGUGAUAUGGAAGAGGAAUGGUGAAGUCCUGAAGAAAAAGGCCGGCAAGGUUCAGAUCAAUAUCAUUGGUAUGCAGCACGCUGUGACCAUCCAGAACUCCACUGAGGAGGACACUGGUGUCUACACAUGCGAAGUGUCCAAUCAGGAGGAUGUAAAGACUACGACAAGUGUAAAAAUCAUUGAAAUAAUCAAAGACUGGAUUGUGAAACCACUGAGAGACCAGCAUGUGAAACCGAAGGCAGCCGCUACAUUUAAAUGCGAGCUCUUCAAGGAUACUCCCAACUGGAAGUGGCUCAAAGGAGAGACUGAGGUCACUCCUUCUGACAAGGUUGAGAUCAAGAAGGACGGAAAGGAGCUGACGCUCACCAUCAAGAACUGUCAGCCUGAUGACGUAGCAGAAUAUGCCAUGGAGGUGGAAGGACGUGUCUACACCGCCAAGUUAACACUAGGAGAACGGGAGGCCGAGAUCCUGAAGCCCCUGGCCAGCGUUGAAGUGGUUGAGAAGGAAGAAGCCAAGUUUGAGACGGAGAUCUCUGAGGAUGACGUUCCUGGAGAAUGGAAGCUCAAAGGAGAGGUUUUGACCAGAUCCCCGAUGUGCGACAUCCAAAUGGAGCGUGGGGUGCGUAGACUCACUCUGAAAAACUGCCAGCUGGAUCAGGCCGGAGAAGUGUCCUACCAGGCUCUGAACGCCAUAACCAGCGCAAUGCUCAAUGUCAAAGAAAUCGAAAUGGACUUUGUUGUCCCGCUGAAGGACGUUUCUGUGCCUGAAAAGAAACAGGCUAAGUUUGAAUGCACCAUCACGAAGGAUGUCUCUAAGGUCAUGUGGCAUAGAGGCGACGAUGUCAUCACCCCAGACCAAAAGUAUGACAUCAUCGAUGAUGGAAAGAAGCACAUGCUUAUUAUAAACUGUUGUGAGUUUGAUGACGAAGACGAAUAUACAAUUGCGGUUCUGGGAAAAACUUCAACAGCUAGACUCACAGUGGAGGGUAAGUGCUGGAUUAUAGGUAUCAGGCUCAAAUUUAUCUCGCCGAUAAAGGACCAAACUGUGAAGGAAGGCACAACGGCUCGUUUCGAGCUGGAGCUCUCUCAUGAGAACAUCCCCGUCACUUGGUACAAGAACGACGUUAAAAUUCAUCCGAGCAGAACCGUGGUCACUCAUGUGGACGGAAAGAAGCAUGUGCUUGAAAUAAAGGAAGUGACUCUCGACGAUACUUGUCAAAUUAAGGCUGAGGCCAAAGGAAUUCCUUCCAUGGCCAACCUGACGGUCAUAGAGGGAGAUGCGUACUUCACAGUUAAGCUGCAGGACUAUACUGCAGUGGAGAAAGACAGGGUGGUUCUUGAUUGCGAGCUCAGCAAAGACGUCGAUGUUAUGUGGUACCACGAUGAGGCCGAGGUCAAGACCUCAAAGAUGGUGGCCAUCAAGGCCGAGGGCAAACGCAGAACCCUCGUCAUCAAGAAAGUUGGGGACGAAAACAAAGGACAAUAUGUAUGUGAUUGUGGAACAGACAAGACAACAGCGACACUUCACAUUGAAGCGCGCCACAUCAAGGUGGUCCGCCCGACGUACGGCGUCGAGGUGUUUGACGGAGAGACAGCUCGAUUUGAAGUCGAGCUGAGCGAGGACGAUGUCCACGGCCAAUGGAGACUGAACGGAGAAGUCCUCAGUCCAUCCGCCGAUGUUGAGAUCGUGGAGGACGGCGCCAAACACACUCUGGUCUUGUACAACUGCAAAGUGCCUCUAACAGGCGAGGUGGCGUUUACCGCCGCCAACGCCAAGUGCUCCGCUAACCUGAAAGUGAAGGAGCACCCCGUCUCGUUCAUUACACCGCUGGCUGACGUGCAUGUGUACGAAAAGGACGAGGCAAAGUUUGAGGUGGACAUUUCUAGAGAGCCCAAAAGCUUCCGUUGGUUGAAGGGAUCUCAGGAGUUGUCAAACGACGAUAAGUUUGAACUCCUGGCAGAGGGAAAGAGACACACUCUCGUUGUAAAAUCUGCCAGAUAUGAAGACGAAGCCAAAUACAUGUUUGAGGCUGAAGAUAAACGGACAUCUGGGAAGUUGAUUAUCAAAGGUAUUCGCCUUGAAUUUAUCAAGCCGAUUAAAGACGUGACAGUGAAGGAACGUGAAACCGCAGAGUUCAGCGUCGAACUCUCUCACGAAAAGAUCCCGGUGGUGUGGUACAGAAAUGGCGUGCGCCUGCACCCCAGCAAGGUGGUGCACAUGUCGGAGGACGGGAAAGUGCACACGCUGGCCCUCAAGGAGGUCACCAUCGAUGACACGUCCAUGAUCAAAGUGGAGGCCACGGGCAAGACCGCCGAGGCCAUGCUCACCGUGCUCGAGUAUCUGAACAGUGUGGCCUGGUUCCCUGACCCCCCAUGGCUUCCCUUCUGCUGUAACUGCUCACUGCUGGUUGUUGUUGCGUGUCUCCUUGCAGAGGGCGACCUGUACUUCACGGCGAAGCUGCAGAACUACACCGCCGUCGAGAAAGACGAGGUGAUUUUGUCCUGCGAGCUGAGCAAGGCGGCCGCCGACGUCCGCUGGUUCAAAGACGGUAACGAAAUCUUUGCCUCCAAGAAUGUUCUCCUCCAAUCGGACGGCAGGAAGCGCACGCUGCUGAUCAAGAAGGCGGCGAAGAGCAACAUGGGAGCGUACACCUGCGACUGUGGCACCGACAGAACCACAGCCGACUUGAACAUCGAAGGUAAUACCUGCCGGGCCAUCCCCAGACCACGCUCAGGACAGCAGAAUCAGGCCACGCCCACCUCCAGUUCCCCCCCGAAACCCUCCGGGCCAUCCCAUCCUCCAUCCUCCAUCCUCCAUCUUUACUUCCUGUACUGUAAAUGUUUUGUAACGUUUGUGACGUCUUGUCAUAAUCCAGCCCUGAACAUCUGCGUUAUAACUGUUUAUAAGAAACUCUCUCGCGACAUCAAGGUGGUGCGCCCGCUGUACAGCGUGGAGGUCACGGAGACGGAGACCGCCAAGUUUGAGACGGAGAUUUCGGAGGAGGACCUCCACGCCACCUGGAAACUGAAGGGAGAGAUGAUCCACCCUUCUGCUGAUGUGGAGAUCAAGGACGAGGGAAGCCGACACAUUUUGAUUCUCUUCAACUGCAAAAUGGACAUGGCCGGAAGUGUCGACUUCUCGGCAGCGAACGCCAAAUCCUCGGCUCAGCUCAGGGUCAAAGCCCGGGUGAUCGGCCUGGCGAGGCCUUUGCAGGACGCCACGGUGACCGCCGGGGAGACCGCCACCUUCGAGUGCGAGCUGUCGUAUGAAGGCAUCGCUGUCGAGUGGUUCCUGGGGGGUACCAAGCUGGAACCAAGCGACAGAGUGGUGUUGAAGUCGGAGGCUAAAGUCCACAGCCUGACUCUGAGGGACGUCAAGCUGAACGAAGCCGGACAACUUAAACUGGUCGCCAAAGACUUCCAGACCGAGGCCAACCUCAUCGUCAAAGAGCCUCCGGUGGAGUUCACGAGGCCUCUGGAGGACCAGACCGUGGAGGAGGAAGCCACCGCCACGCUGGAGUGCGAAGUGUCCCGAGAGAAGGCGGCGGUGCGAUGGCUCCGGGACGGACAGGACAUCAGGAAGACCAAGAAGUACGAGAUGAUCGUCGACGGACGCAAGCGAGCGCUGGUCAUCCACGACUGCUCUCUGGACGACUCCAAGACCUACACCUGUGACGCCAAAGACUUCAAGACCUCCUGCUUCCUCAACGUGGAACCUCCACAUGUCGAGUUCUCGAAGCCUCUCCGUGAUGUUGAGGUCAAAGAGAAGGAAUCCGCCAGGUUUGAAUGCCAAGUUUCCAGAGAGGAUGUCAAAGUCCGCUGGUUUAAAGAUGGAAGUGAAAUCAGAAAGGGGAAGAAGUAUGAGAUUAUCGCUCAGGGUCGCCAACACAUCCUCAUCGUCCACAAGUCCGUGUUUGACGACGAGGCAGAAUACGAAUGUGACGCCAAGACCUCCAAAUCCUCCGGCAUGCUCACUGUCGUCGAGGAGGAGACCAGGUUCAGCAAGAACCUGUCCAACGUGGAGGGAACGGAGACGGACAGCGUGAAGCUGAUCUGCGAGGUGUCCAAACCCAGCGCCGACGUGACCUGGUACCGCGGCGACCAGGAGCUGCCGGAGGGCGGUCGCUACGAGCAGAUCGUGGACGGGAAGAGGAGGAUCCUCCUCAUCCAGGACCUGAAGCUGGCCGACGCCGGAGAGUACAGCUGCAGGCUGAGUCCCAGCGUCAAAACCUCCGGAAACCUCAAGAUCAACGAGCUGGCUGCAGAGUUCAUCUCGCGGCCCCAGAGCCAGGAGGCCGUGGAGGGCCAGAAGGCCGAGUUCACCUGCUCCGUCUCCAAGGAAACCUACGAAGUGAAAUGGAUGAGAGGCGACGUGGAGCUGCAGGCCGGAGACCAGUACCAGAUGGUCAGCGACGGGAAGAGGCGAGCGCUGGUCAUCAAGACCUGCGAGCUCCGAGACGAGGGAACGUACACGGUGAUGAUCGGAGCCACCAGAGCCAGCGCUGACCUCACCGUGCUCGAGAAACUGAAGGUGAUCACGCCGCUGAAGGACACAGAGGCCAAAGAAGGACAGGAAGUGGUCCUGAACUGCGAGGUGAACACGGAGGGAGCCAAGGCCAAGUGGCUGAAGAACGAGGAGACCAUAUUCGAGAGCAGCAAGUACGUGAUGGUCCAGAGAGACAACGUGUUCUCUCUGAGGAUCAAAGACGCCCAGAAGGGAGACGAGUCCAACUACAGCAUCAACCUGACCAAUCAGAGAGGAGAGCAGGCCCAGAGCUCCUGCAAGCUCGCUGUCAAAGAGGAGAGUUUGAGGAUCGUGGUUCCUCUGGAAGACAUCGACACGCAGGAGAAGAAGACGGUCAGCUUCUCCUGUAAGGUCAACCGGCCCGACGCCACGCUGAAGUGGACCAAGGCCGGCCAGGAGAUCGUCUUCAGCAAGCGCCUCGUCUACCGAGUGGACAAAGACAAGCACACGCUGACCAUCAAGGACUGCACGCUGGCGGACGAGGGCGAGUACACCGCCGUGGCCGGGGACAACAAGUCGGCGGCGGAGCUGAUCAUCAGCGAGGCGCCCACCGACUUCAGCGCGCACCUCAAGGACCAGACCAUCACCGAGUUCGAGGACGCCGUGUUCACGUGCAAGCUCACCAAAGAGAAAGCAGACGCCAAGUGGUACAGAAACGGACGCGAGAUCAGAGAAGGACCGAGAUAUAAUUUUGAGAAACAGGGGAAGAUGUGCACCUUGCGUAUCAAGGAGUGCAGACCGGACGAUGAGUGUGAAUACGCCUGCGGUGUGGAGGACAAGAGAUCCAGAGCCAGGCUCUUCGUGGAAGAGACACCGGUGGAGAUUGUCAGACCGCCACAGGACGUGUUCGAACCUCCGAGCUCCGACGUUGUGUUCGAGGUGGAGCUCAACAAGGACAGAGUGGAAGUGAAGUGGCUGAGGAACAACAUGACAGUCGUGCAGGGAGACAAAUACCAGAUGAUGAGCGAGGGUAAAAUCCACAGACUGCAGGUCUGUGAGAUCAGACCCAGGGACCAGGGAGAGUACAGACUCAUGGUCAAAGACAAAGACGCCAAGGCCAAGCUUGAGCUGGCAGCUGUGCCUCAGAUAAAGACCACAGACCAGACCUACGUCACGGACGCCAGGAAGCCCAUCGUCAUGGCCGUCCCGUACAGCGCCUACCCGCAGGCCGAGGCCGACUGGCUGUACAACAGUCUGAGUCUGCCCAAAGACAACAUCCACACGUCGGCCGAACGCACCGAGUACUGGCUGAAGGACCCGCUGAAGGCCGACGAGGGCCGCUACAAGAUCGUCAUCAAGAACAAACACGGACAGGGAGAAGCCUUCAUCAACCUGGAGGUCAUCGACGUCCCGGGACCCGUGAAGAACCUGCAGGUGAUCGACACGGCCGACGGCGAGGUCAGCCUGGCGUGGGAGGAGCCCGAGAGCGACGGCGGCAGCAAGGUCGUGGCCUACGUGGUGGAGAGACGCGACGUGAAGCGCAAGACCUGGACGCUGGCGACCGACCACGCCGAGAGCCCCGAGUACACGGUCACCGGCCUCCACAAGGACUCCAUGUACCUGUUCAGAGUCUGCGCCCGCAACCGGGUCGGCAGCGGACCCAACGUGGAGACCGACAAAGCCGUACAGGCCAAGAACAAGUUUGACGUUCCCGACGCUCCUCUGAACAUCACGGUGGGAAACGUCACCAAGUUCGGCUGCACCGUGUCCUGGGAGCCCCCCGAGUCUGACGGGGGCUCCCCCAUCACCUCUUACAUCAUCGAGCUGCGGGACAGGACCUCGGUGAAGUGGACGCCCGUCCAGAUCACCAAGGCCGACGAGCUCAGCGCCGUGGUCAACGACGUCAUCGAGAACAAGGAGUACAUCUUCAGAGUCAAGGCUCAGAACAAGGCUGGGGAGGGCAAGCCCAGCGCCGCCUCCAGGCCUGUCAAGAUCAUGGAUCCUAUCGAGUGUCCCAGCCCCCCUGUGAACCUGGUCUGGCAGGACCAGAACAAGAGCUCGGUGCAGCUCAGCUGGGAGACCCCUCUGAGGAAUGGCGGCAGCAUGAUCACAGGCUACAUCAUCGAGCGCUGCGAGGACGGCGCUGACAAGUGGCUCCGCUGCAACGCCCGCCUCUGCCCCGACCUCUGCUACAAGGUGUCUGGGCUGAAAUACGGGACCAAGUACAACUACAAAGUGUUUGCUGAGAACGCGGCUGGAGUCUCGGACCCGUCCAACAUCGUCGGCCCUCUGCUGGCCGACGACACACAUGUUGCUCCAUCCUUUGACCUGAGUGCGUUUAAAGACGGUCUGGAGAUAAUCGUGCCUCAGCCUCUGACCAUCAGAGUGCCGAUCACCGGCUACCCGACCCCGGUCGCCCGCUGGACCUUCGGGGAGAAGGAGCUGAGCACCGCCGACGAGCGCGUCUCCAUGACGACCAAGUCCACGUUCACCGAGCUGGUCGUCACGCCCAGCGUGCGCCCGGACAAAGGCACCUACACGCUGAGGCUGGAGAACGAUGUCACGUCUGUCUCCGGAGACAUCGAGGUCAACGUCAUCGCGGCGCCGAGCGCUCCGAAGGAUUUCAAGGUCCUGGAGGUGACCCGGCAGCACGUCCACCUGGCCUGGGAGGCCCCCGAGCACGACGGAGGAAGUCCUCUCACCGGGUACCAGGUGGAGAAACGGGACAUGUCCCGCAAGACCUGGGUCAAGGUGACAACGGGGAUCCUGGAUCUGGAGUUCACUGUCACCGACGUGGUGGAAGGAAAGGAGUACCUGUUCCGGGUCACCGCCUGCAACAAGUGCGGACCGGGAGAGCCCGCCUACAUCGACGAGCCCGUCAACGUCUCGUCUCCCGCCACCUGCCCCGACCCCCCAGAGAACCUGCGGUGGAGAGACAAGUCGGCCAGCGGCAUCUUCCUCACCUGGGAGCCGCCCAAGUACGACGGCGGCACGGGCAUCCGCGGCUACAACGUGGAGCGCUGCCAGAGAGGAACGGAUAAGUGGGAGCCCUGCGGGGACAUGGUCCCCGAGCUGAACUGCCAGGUGACGGGUCUGACGGAGGGCCAGUGGUACGCGUACAGAGUCCGAGCCCUGAACCGCCUCGGGGCCAGCCGGCCCUGCAAGGCCACCGACGAGAUCCAGGCCGUAGACCCCAAAGAGGCCCCGGAGAUCCAGCUGGAUGCCAAGCUGCUGGCUGGUCUCACCGCCAAGGCCGGCAGCAGGAUCGAGCUCCCGGCCGAGGUGACGGGGAAGCCCGAGCCGCGGGUCAAGUGGACCAAGGCCGACCUGGUGCUGAAGGCCGACGACCGGGUGUCCAUCGACACCAAGCCGGGACACUCCACCGUCUCCGUCGCCAAGACGCGCCGAGACGACAGCUGCACCUACAUCAUCGAGGCCACCAACAGCAGCGGGCGCGCCACCGCCACCGUAGACGUCAACAUCCUCGAUAAGCCCGGCUCUCCGGCCGCCUUCGAUAUCUCCGAGAUCACCAACGAGACGUGCUUCCUGGCGUGGAACCCUCCGCGCGACGACGGCGGCUCCAAAGUCACCAACUACAUCGUGGAGCGCCGCGCCGCUGACAGCGAGAUCUGGCACCGGCUGUCCUCCACCGUGAAGCAGACCACCUACAAGGCCGUGGGCCUGGUCAAGUUCAAGGAGUACAUCUUCAGGGUCUUCGCCGAGAACCAGUUUGGUGUCGGCCCGCCCGCCGAACACCCGUCCAUCAUCGCCAGAUACCCCUUCGAUACUCCCGGUGCUCCGUAUAAGCUGGAGGCUUCAGACAUCGCUAAGGAUUCGGUGAGCCUGGCGUGGUACGAGCCUGACGAGGACGGAGGAAGCCCCAUCACCGGCUACUGGGUGGAGAGAUACGAACCGGACCAUGACAGAUGGCUCAGGUGCAACAAGCUGCCCAUCAAAGACACCAACUACAGAGUCAAAGGUCUUCCCACCAGGAAGAAGUACAAGUUCAGAGUCCUGGCGGAGAAUCUGGCAGGAACUGGAAAACCCAGCAAGGAGACAGACCAGAUCCUUAUCAAAGACCCUAUCGACCCCCCAUGGCCUCCCGGUAAGCCCACGGUGAAGGACGUGGCCAAGACUUCCUGCUUCCUGGUGUGGACCAAACCGGAGCACGACGGCGGCGCGAAGAUUGACAGCUACGUCAUCGAGAUGCUGAAGAGCGGCACCACGGACUGGAUCCACGUGGCCGAGGACAUCAGCACCCUGGAGCACUUCCUGAAGGGCCUGAUGGAGAAGCAGGAGUACUCGUUCAGGGUGCGAGCCGUCAACGUGGCCGGGGAGAGCGAGCCCAGCGAGCCCAGCGAACCCGUGCUCUGCAAGGAGAGACUCAACCCUCCGUCGGCGCCGCGCUGGCUGAACGUGGUCAGCAUCUGCCGAAACAGCGCCGACAUGAAGUGGACGGCCCCGGAGCGCGACGGCGGCUCGCGCAUCACCAACUACGUGGUGGAGAAGCGUGACGCCCGCCGCAAAGGCUGGCAGGCGGUGGACACCACGGUGAAGGAGCUGAAGUACACGGUGACCCCGCUCAACGAGGGAUCGCUCUACGUGUUCCGAGUCGCCGCCGAGAACGCCGUUGGCCUCGGGCCCUUCUGCGAGCUGGAGGACAGCGUGAUGGCCAGAGACACUUUCACGUCUCCCGGGCCACCGUACGCCCUCACCGUCAACGCUGUGACCAAGACAUACGUGGACCUGCAGUGGGAGGCGCCCAAAAACGAUGGCGGCAGACCCAUCCUCAAGUAUUCCCUGGAGAAGAAGGAGAAGCUUGGGACCCGCUGGGUGAAGUGCGGGAAGACUUCGGGUCCGGACUGUAAGUACCGCGUGACGGACGUCAUCGAGGGGACGGAGGUCCAGUUCCAGGUCAGCGCCGAGAACGAGGGAGGCAUCGGCCAUCCCAGCGAACCCACCGAGAUCCUCACCAUCGAGGAUCCCACAGGCGUCCCGUCGCCACCCAUGGAGCUGCACGUGACCGGAGCCAGCCGGGACUUCCUGUCCAUCGCCUGGAAGCCGCCGCAGAGAGACGGCGGCUGCCGCAUCAGCGGCUACCACAUCGAGAUGUGCGCCGCCGGCACGGAGAAGUGGAUGAGGGUCAACGCGCGGCCCGUGAAGGAGCUGAAGUACCGCGUGGAGGAGGGCAUCGUGCCCGAGAAGGAGUACAUCCUGAGAGUCCGCGCCAUCAACUCGGUCGGAGUCAGCGAGCCAUCAGACAUCUCGGAGAACGUCUUCGCCAAAGAGAGCGACUGCAACCCGACGCUGGACUUCCAGACUCUGGACCUGGUUGUCGUGGAGACGGAGAAGCUGCACAUCCCGGUUCCCUUCAGAGCGGUGCCGGCACCCAGGAUCACCUGGCACAAAGACGGCAAGGAGCUGAAGGCCGACGAGCGCCUCGGCUUCAGGAAGGAGUAUGUUUCCUGUCACCUGGAGAUCGACAGCAGCGUGCACGCCGACGCCGGACAGUACAAGGUCACUCUGGAGAACAAGCUGGGGGCCGCCAGCGGCACCAUCAACGUCAAGGUUAUCGGUCUUCCUGGCCAGUGUAAGGACAUCGUGGCCUCUGAGAUCACCAAGAGUUCCUGUAAAGUGUCCUGGGAGCCUCCCGACUACGACGGGGGCAGCCCCAUCAUCCACUACGUCAUGCAGCGCCGCGAGGCCGGCAGGAGGACCUACGUCAACAUGAUGUCCGGAGAGAAGAAGGUGUGCUGGACUGUCAAAGACCUGAUCCCCAACGGAGAGUACUACUUCAGGGUCCAGGCUGUCAACAAGAUCGGGGGGGGGGACUUCAUCGAGCUCCGCAACCCCGUCAUCGCUGAGGACCAGAAACACGUCCCUGACCCCCCGGUGGACGUGGAGACCCACAACCCGUCCUCCAGCACCAUCACCCUGACCUGGAAGCCCCCCAUGUACGACGGGGGCUCCAAGAUCAUGGGCUACGUGCUGGAGCGCCAGAAGAAGGGCGCGGCGGCGGAGGCGUGGGAGCGCUGCAACGACUUCCUGGUGCCCGUCCUGUCCUACACGGUGAGGGGGCUCGCCGAGGGCACGAGCUACGCCUUCAGGGUCCGCGCCGAGAACGCCGCCGGGGUCAGCGAGCCCUCACGGGCAUCGCUGUUCGUCAAGAUCUCCGACGCCAUCGACCCUCCCAAGGUGUUCCUGAGCGGCAGCCUCCAGUCCGGCCUCAGCGUGAAGCGCGGCUGUGAGAUCCGAUUGGACGCCAACAUCUCGGGCUCGCCGUACCCCGAGGUCACAUGGUACUGGAACAACCAGAAGAUCCGGCCCGAGCCGCUACGCAAGAGGCCCGAGAAACCCCUGAAGAAGAAGGUGGAGAAGAAGGAGGAGAAGAAGAAGGAGGAGGAGGAGAAGAAGGAGGGAGAAGCCGAGAAGAAGGAGGGAGAAGCCGAGAAGAAGGAGGCAGAGGAGGAGAAGAAAGAGGAGGAGAAGAAAGAGGAGGAGAAGAAAGAGGAGGUAGCAGCCGAGCCGGAGGAGGAAGAGACGGACUACCCGACGAUAAACGAGCGUCUGAGCGUGGACAGCCGCCACCGCGGCAUGUCCUCCAUCGUCAUCCGGGACUCGUACCGCGCCGACCACGGCGUGUACACGGUGAAGGUGGAGAACGACCACGGCAUCGCCUCGGCAACCUGCGAGGUCAACGUGCUCGACACGCCCGGGCCUCCCGUGAACUUCACCUUCGAGGAGGUGAGGAAGAGCUCGGUGAUCUGCCGCUGGGCGCCCCCGCUGGACGAUGGCGGCAGCGAGAUCCUCAACUACACGCUGGAGAAGAAGGACAACUCCAAGAUGGAGAUCGGCUGGAGCAGCGUCACCUCCACGCUGAGGGGCUGCCGCUACCUGGUGCCCAAACUCAUCGAGAAGAAGGAGUACAUCUUCAGGGUGGUGGCCGAGAACAAGUUCGGAGCCGGGCCCUACUGCGUCUCCAAACCGCUCAUCGCCAAGAAUCCUUUCGAUCCUCCCGAGGCUCCCGAAAAGCCGGUGAUCGAUGACAUCACGUCCCAAAGCAUGCUGGUUACCUGGACACCGCCGAACGACAACGGCAGCCCCAUCCUGGGAUACUGGGUGGAGCGCCGCGAGAUCAACAGCUCCCACUGGGCUCGCGUCAACAGGGACCUGGUUCCUGACACCGAGCUGAACGUGGGGGGUCUCCUCGAUGGGCUGACCUACAUCUUCAGGGUGGCGGCUGAAAACCAGGCCGGCCCCGGGAAGUUCAGUGGCCCCUCAGAACCCAAAACUGCCCAGGCUCCCAUCUUACCUCCGGGACCUCCCGUUGCCCGAGUGGCUGCGACCACCAACCACUCCAUCGACGUGGAGUGGGACCCGCCUGCCGACAACGGCGGAGCAGAGGUCCUGGGAUACCACGUGGAAAAGGCCAUGGUUGGUACCAAGGACUGGUCCCGGGCCACAGAGCGUCUAUGUAAGCCCCGGUCCUUCACUGUCUACGGGGUCCGCGAGGGAGCCAAGUACUCAGUCCGAGUCAUCGGCUGCAACGCUGCCGGAGAGGGAACGCCAGGAUUCACAGAGGCUGUGUUUGUCAGGAAUCCUGCAGAGAAGCCAAUGAUCGACCUGGAACUGGCUGUCAAGAACGGCGUGAUCAUCAGAGCCGGAGAGAACCUCCAUUUGCCAGCGACAGUCACAGGUAAACCCUACCCGACCAUCACCUGGACCAAGGACGAUGCCAAACCUGACAACCGCGUGGAGAUCCUGACCGAGGGCAACGACAGCGUCGUUUCCAUCAAGAACGUGCAGAGGAAGGACUGUGGCAAAUACCACAUUGCCGCUUGCAACCCCAGCGGCACAAAGCACGCUAACAUCAGAGUGGACGUUGUAGAUGUCCCCGGACCCGUCACGGACCUGAAGCCCGUCGUUGUCACUCGUAAGAUGAUCUUCUUGAACUGGGACGACCCGGUAGACGAUGGAGGCAGCGACCUGACCGGCUUCCUCGUGGAGCGCAGAAGUCCUAAUUCUGUCGCAUGGAGGCAGCCCGUUGAAACCACCUCCUCCAAGUGCGAGUGCAUGGGCAUCGUGGAGGGACAGGAGUACAUCUUCCGCGUCAUUGCCAAGAACAAGUACGGCCUGGGCACGCCCGUAGAGAUGGACGUCAUCAAGGCUGUUGACCCACAGGGCCCACCGUCAUACCCUGAGAAGUUCCACUACACCGAACGCACCAAGAACUCCCUUACACUGACCUGGAAGCCGCCUCGUAAUGACGGCGGCAGCCCUAUCAUCGGCUACACCGUUGAGAAAAAGAGGGCAGACAAGCAGGAAUUUGAGCCAUGCAACACAGAGAUGUGCCCCAACUUGACCAUGACUGUAGAGGGCCUGGAAGAGGAUUGGAUGUACGAGUUCAGGAUCAAGUGUGCCAACCUGAUUGGAGUAAGCGAGCCAUCCAUCCCGUUGUCUGUGAUUAUCCAAGACGACGAAGUGUCUCCUGAAGUGCACAUGCUGAAGCACUUCAAGGGCGACACUAUUACCGUGAAGAAGGGUGAGCCCAUUGAGAUGCCCGCUGACAUCAUAGGCCUCCCCAUCCCUAACAUCGAGUGGACCAAGAAUGACGUGGUGAUCGAGCCCACAGAGGCUCUGCUGAUUGAGACUGAGGUGACCGGCAGGUUGAACGCAAAGACCAAGUUGUCCAUCCCAGCAGCCAACAGGAGGGACCGCGGCAGCUACACUGUGACCGCCUCCAACAACAUGGGCACAGCCAAGCACACCACCUAUGUCAUGGUGCUGGACCGACCACUUCCACCCAGGAAUUUGACUGUGUCCAACAUCCGGGCGGAGUCUUGCUACCUCCAUUGGGAAGUACCGCUGAGCACUGGUGGCAGCGAGCUGACCAACUACAUUGUUGAGAAGAUGAAAGUAGUGGAAGAGGAACCGCAGGUGGAAGAGGGACAGGAAGCUCCACCUGGACCACAGUGGGAGGAGGUCAACAACAUCGUCAUUGAGAGGAAACUCGGGGUUUGGGAACUGGAGACCAACAUGUCCUACAAGUUCCGGGUCAAAGCCCAGAAUCGUUACGGUAUAUCUGACCCCUGCACAACAGAGGAAGUCAAGAUCAUAGACCCAUUCGGCCUUCCUGGCCCACCAGAGAAACCAAAGAUCGCAGAGUACUCCAAGACCUCCAUGACCAUAACCUGGGAGCCUCCCAGGGACACCGGCGGCUCUAUGAUUAUCGGCUACUGGCUGGAGAAGAGGGAGAAAGGCACUGACUACUGGGCCAAAGUCAACAAGAUGCCAGUCACCAAGAGGGGCAUGAAAGGCUGGGACUACCAGGUGACUCGUCUGUUCGAAGGAACAGAGUACGAGUUCAGGGUUGCUGCCACCAAUUCUGCAGGAAUGGGACCGUUCAGCGGACCGUCCGACUCUGCCUUCGCUGUCGAUCCCAUCACUCCUCCGAGCAUGCCCGGGGCUCCUGAGGUGAUUGAUAAGACCAAGCACAGUGUCACACUUUCCUGGAAGGAGCCAGAGAGGGACGGAGGAAGCCCCAUCAAGGGCUACAUCAUCCAGAUCCAGGACGAGGCCGCGACAAAGUGGAUAAGUGUGAACGACGCAGAUUCCCUCAACCCCACCACCGAGUUCACUAUGCCCAGCCUCCGCGCUCUUAAACGCUACCGCUUCAGGGUCAUCGCCGUCAACGACAUCGGCGAGUCCGACCCCAGCCCCAGCACCGGCGAGGUUCUGGUUGAGGACAUCGCAUUUGCUCCUUCCAUCUCCAUCGACGUGCUGAUGGACGACCUUUUGUACAUCCGUGCUGGAGAUCCGAUCAGGAUCCCCGCAACCAUCAAGGGCCGCCCUGUUCCCAAGGUUACCUGGGACUUUACUGGCAAAGCCAAGUCGCACAAGAAGAACAAACUGCACAUGCUGCCUGUGGACUCCGAGAUUCAGUCCACAGACACCACGUCCGUUGUGACCAUCCCCGUCAGUCUGAGGACGCACUCCGGACGCUACACCAUCACCGCCAAGAACAAGUCCGGACAGAAACACAUCAACGUCAGAGUCAUUGUCCUCGACGUCCCCGGAGCCCCGAAGGACCUAAAGGUUACCGACACCACCCGGUCCACCAUGAGGCUGAUCUGGAAACUCCCCGACAGCGAUGGAGGAGAGAGAAUCAAGAGCUACUUUAUCGAGAAGAAAAGUCUUAUUGACAAGGCCUGGACAAAGGUGAAUGCAGCCUGCGCCAGCCAGGCCUACGUGGUGACGGGCCUGCUGGAGGGUCAGGACUAUCACUUCAGGGUCCGAGCUGAGAACAGGCUUGGAUUCGGCCCAUUCACCAUUACCACUGACCCUGUGCGGGCCAGAGACCCCAUCUACCCGCCCGACCCCCCCACCAAGGUGAAGGUGAACCUGGUGACGAAGACCACCGUCACCCUGAGCUGGGAGCCUCCCAAGAACAACGGCGGCUCUCCGGUGAAGCAUUACAUCAUCGAGCGGCUGAGCUGGGACACCAGCGGCAAAGAGAAGGAGACGUGGAAGCAGUGCAACAAGAGAGACGUGGAGGAACUCAGCUUCGUGGUGGAGGACCUGAAAGAGGGAGGAGAGUACGAGUUCAGAGUGAAAGCUGUGAACGCAGCGGGACCCAGCCGCCCCUCAGCCGCCGCGGGACCCCUGAUCAUCAAGGACCAGACAUGCGCUCCCACCAUCGAGUUGCGCGAGGCCAUGGAGGGCGAGGAGGGCUGUGACGUCAGCAUCGUGGCGAGGGUGAGCGGCUGUCCCUUCCCGUCUCUCGUCUGGCACCGAGCCGGCCUGGCCAAGCCGGAGGAGAAGAGCCCCGUGCAGUACGACCGACACAUGACCAAGCUGGUGACCCACGACAGGUGCACCCUGCUGGUCCAGCAGGCGACCCGGCUGGACAGCGCCCUCUUCAGCCUCACGGCCACCAACAGCCUGGGCAGCGCCACCAAGACCCUGAAGCUCGCCGUGCUCGGCCCCCCCGGUCCCCCCAUGGCCCCCCUGAAGUUCACCGAGGUGUUUGCGGAGAGGAUCGGCCUGGCCUGGAGCCCGCCCAGAGACGACGGUGGCUCCAAGAUCACCAACUACGUGAUAGAGAAGCGCGAGGACAACAGGAAGACCUGGGUCCACGUCUCCAACGACCCCAAGGAGUGCGCAUACGUGGUGACCCGGCUCACCGAGAACCACGAGUACGAGUUCCGAGUCAUGGCCCAGAACAAGUUUGGGGUCGGGCCUGCGCUGGUCAGCGAGCCGGAGAAGGCCCGAAACCUCUUCACCGUCCCGGGUCAGUGUGAGAAGCCGACGUUGAAGGAUGUCAGUGUGGAGUUCAUAAACGUCAACUGGGACGAGCCCAAGUACGACGGCGGCUCCUCGAUCACCGGCUACAUCGUGGAGAAGAAGGAGACCACCGCCAAGCGCUGGAUCCGCGUCAACCGUGAGCCCAUCCGAGCGCUGCCGCUGGGCAACAACUGGGACGUGUCCGGCCUGCAGGAGGGCGCCUUCUACCAGUUCAGGGUCAGCGCGGUCAACGCCGCCGGCAGCGGGCUGCCCAGCGUGCCCUCGGACCCCGUGCAGUGCAGGGACCCCAUCAAGCCUCCCGGGCCUCCCAUCCCGAAGGUGACAGACUGGACCAAGUCGACGGUGGAGCUAGAGUGGAUCCCCCCCGUGGAGGACGGAGGGUCGAAGGUCACGGGCUACAUCGCCGAGUACAAGGAGGUGAACAAGGAGGAGGAGGAGAAGAAGGCUCAGAGGAAGCUGCUGCUCAGCAGCGAUGAAGAGCCGGAGGAGAAAGAGCCCGAGGAGAGCUGGGUGAAGGCGAAGGACACCGAGAUCAGGGGAACCAAGUUCGUGGUGGCCGGUCUGAAGGAAGGCGGUCUGUACCGCUUCCGAGUCAAAGCGGUGAACGCCGCCGGAGAGGGAGAGCCGGGAUUCGUGUCCGAGCUGAUUGAGACCAAAGACAGAACGAUUCCUCCGGAGAUGGACCUGGACGCCUCGGUGAAGGAGAAGAUCGUGGUCCACGCCGGCGCCACCAUCCGCAUCAUCGCCUACGUGUCGGGUAAGCCCGCCCCGGAGAUCUCCUGGUGCCGCGACGACGCCGAGGUGCCCAAAGAGGCCGUGGUGGAGAAGACGGGCAUCUCCAACUCGCUGGUCAUCAAGAAAUGCGUACGCCAACACCAGGGCAUCUACACGCUGAGCGCCAAGAACGAGGGAGGAGAGAGGAAGAAGGCCGUCAUCGUGGAGGUCCUGGACGUCCCCGGACCUGUCGGUCUUCCCUUCGCCGGCGAGAAUCUGACCAACGACUCGUGCAAGCUGACCUGGUACUCCCCCGAGGACAACGGCGGCUCGGCCAUCACCAACUACAUCAUCGAGAAGAGGGAGUCAGACCGCAUGGGCUGGACCUCGGUGUCCUACACGGUGACCAGGAGGAACGCCGUGGUGCAGGGACUCCUCGAGGGCAAGGGUUACUUCUUCAGGAUCGCAGCCGAGAACAUCAUCGGCAUGGGACCGUUCAUCGAGACCGACAAGAUGGUUCUGAUCAAGGACCCCAUCUCCGUCCCGGAGCGUCCGGAGGACCUGCACAUCACCGCGGUUACCAAGGACUCACUGUCGGUCGCCUGGAGACCGCCCAAGUACGACGGCGGCACCGAGGUGACGGAGUACGUCCUGGAGUCCCGCAUGGUUGGCCGGGACAUCUUCACUCGCAUCGGCGGAGACAGCAAGCUGAUUGACAUGAAGUUCACCCUGACGGGGCUGAAGGACGGAUCCAGCCACGAGUUCAGAGUGGCGGCCAUCAACGCCGUGGGACAGGGCAAAUCCUCCUUCGCUACCAAACCCGUCCAGUGCAAAGACGAACUGGAACCCCCGACUCUGGACCUGGACUUCAGGGAGAAGAUGAUGGUGAAGGUGGGAGACUCGUGCACGCUGUCGGGCCGCUACGGCGGCACACCGGCCCCGGCUAUCGCCUGGACCAAGAACGACGAGGAGCUGAAGGUAGACGACGAGAUCAGCUUCCACAGCACCGCUCACCACCUCAGCCUCAACAUCAGCAAGGCCAAGAGGGAGCACAGCGGGCGCUACUGCGUCAGCGUGGAGAACGCCGCUGGCGCUCGCACCGGAGUCUGCAUCAUCACCGUGGUCGACCGUCCCCAGCCUCCGAUGGGCCCCGUGGUCUUCGAUGAGAUCUACAGCAACUACAUGGUGAUCUCCUGGAGCCCCCCCAAGGACGACGGAGGCUGCGCCGUGUCCAACUACAUCGUAGAGAAGAGGGACACCAACAGAGACCUGUGGAUGCCCGUCACCUCGUCCUGCACCAGGACGUCCUGCAGGGUGCCGAAGCUGAUCGAGGGUCGUGACUACAUCAUCAGGAUCAUGGCUCAGAACAUCUACGGCAUCAGCGAACCCCUGCUGUCCGCAGAGAACAAGGCCAGAGACAUCUUCAAGGUGCCCGACGCUCCCAAACAGCCCACAGUGAAGGAGGUCUUCCACGACUCGGCCCUCGUCAGCUGGGAACCGCCAGCGGGCGACGGAGGAAAACCAAUCUCUGGCUACAUCGUGGAGAGGAAGGAGACCAUGGCCAACAGGUGGGUUCGCUGUAACACGGAGAGAAUCUAUCCAAAGGUAGAGUACUGUGUGACAGAGCUGCUGAAGGGCUGCGAGUACGAGUUCAGAGUCAGCGCCGAGAAUGUGGUGGGAGCCGGUGACCCGAGCCCACCGUCCAAACCCGUCUUUGCCAAAGAUCCCAUCGUGAAACCCAGUCCACCGGUGAACUUCAAGGCCAUCGACUUCACCAAUGAGUCGGUGACUCUGACCUGGCAGCCGCCCGCCGACAGCGGCAGAGGAAAGAUCUUCGGAUACCUGCUGGAGUUCCAGAAGUCUGGAGAGGAGGAGUGGACCAAGGUGAACCAGACUCCCGACUCCUGCCAGGAGACCAAGUUUAAGGUCAUCGGCCUGGAAGACGGCGCUCUGUACCGCUUCAGAGUCAUGGCGGUCAACGCAGCCGGAGAAUCCGACCCGGCCAACGUGAAGGAGCCAAUCAAAGUGCAGGACAGACUCGAGCCCCCAGAGCUGAUUCUGGAUGCUGGGAUGACCCGCGAGGUGAAGGCCAUGGCCGGCACUCACAUCGUCCUGAUGGCCGCCAUCAAAGGCGUUCCGUUCCCCACAGUCACCUGGCAGAAGAACGAAGCCGAGGUGCCCACCCGCGCCGACAUCGACACCAACCAGGAAGGCACCAAGCUGGAGAUGAGGUUCUGUACCCGCGAAGACUGCGGAGACUACACCCUGACCGUGGAAAACCCCGCCGGGUCCAAGACCGUCACCUGCACCGUGCUGGUCUUCGACAAACCCGGUCCCAUCCAGCACCUCAGGGUGACAGAUAUCAGGAGCGACUCUGCCUACAUGUCCUGGAAGGAUCCGGAGGACAACGGCGGCGUUCGCAUCACUAACUUCGUGGUGGAGAAGAAAGACACUGCGUCCACUCAGUGGGUCCCUCUCUGCUCCACGUCCAAGAAGCGCAGCAUGAUGUUGAAGCACCUGAUCGAGGGAACGUCCUACAUGUUCCGAGUCGCUGCCGAGAACCAAUACGGACGCAGCGAAUACGUCAGCACGCCCAAGGCCAUCAAGGCCAUGAACCCACUCUUCCCUCCCGGUCCUCCCAAAGAUCUGCACCACGACGACGUGGACAAGACUGAGGUGUGGUUGGUCUGGAACUGGCCCGACCGCAACGGGGGAAGUGACAUCACAGGCUUCCUGGUGGAGUAUCAGGAAGAGGGAGAGAGGGACUGGGACGAGUGGAAGACCGUCAGCAUCCCCGAGACUCAUGUGACCGGCCUGGAGGAAGGAAAGACCUACCGUUUCAGAGUGAGGGCGGAGAACGCCAUCGGCCUCAGCAGACCUGACACCACUGUGCCAAUCCUCUGCCAGGAAAAACUGGUGGCUCCCAUUCUGGAGGUGGACGCUAAGCUAACUGAAGGCAUCAUCGUGAAGGCCGGCACCACCAUCAGGCUGCCAGCGAUCAUGAGAGGAAUCCCCGUACCCACUGCCAAGUGGUGCAUCGAAGGAGAGGAGCUCACCAGCGAGGGUAACGUCAAGAUCGACACGGACAACUUCUCCACCGUGCUCAGCAUUAACGAGUGCACCAGGAACCACACCGGCACCUACCUGCUCACCGUGUCCAACCCCGCUGGAACCAAGACUGGGGCCUUGAACGUCACUGUCCUGGAUGUUCCCGCCGCUCCCAUCGGACCUGUCAACAUCCUGGAGGUCACUCCGGACUCCAUGAUGAUUGAAUGGCGUCCUCCCAAGGACGAUGGCGGCAGCGCCGUCACCAACUACAUCGUGGAGAAACGAGAGUCCAACAAGGAGACCUGGGGCGGCGUGAGCUCUGGCAGCCUCGCCACCAAGCUCAACAUCACCCGCCUGCAGAAAGGAGUGGAGUAUGUGGUUCGCAUUCGUGCCGAGAACAAAAUGGGCAUCGGCGCUCCUCUGGAGAGCAAGCCAACUGUCGCAGAGCACACCUUCAUGCCGCCCAGUCCGCCCGGUAAGCCACAGCCCUCUGACAUCUCAGAGGAUUCUGUUACAAUCGGCUGGACCAUGCCAAUGGCUGACGGCGGCAGCCAGAUCUCGGGCUACCUCAUCGAGCGCAGACACAAAGGGGGAAAAUGGAUCCGUGUCAACAAGACACCCUGCCCGGACCUGAGGUACAAAGUCCAGGGUCUGUUUGAGGGCAAUGAGUAUGAGUUCAGAGUGUUUGCUGAGAAUAGCGCCGGCUACAGCGGCCCCUCUCCCAGCUCUGACCCAUGCAAGCCCUGCAGGCCCAUCACCGUCCCGAGCCCCCCUGUCAAUCCCAGAGUUAAAGAUUACAGCAAGGCCACAGCUGAUUUGGUGUGGACCAAACCCAACAAAGACGGCGGUAGCCCCAUCCUGGGCUACACCGUGGAAAUGAAGAAAGCCGAUACUGAAGAAUGGAAAAAGGUGAACGUGGAUGACUUUAUCAAGCAGUGUGCCUACAGGGUGAAGGGUCUAGAGGAGGGCGUGACGUACAGAUUCAGAGUCAGUGCCUCGAACAUGAUCGGAGAUGGAGAGUCAAGAGAAAUCCCAGAGUCUGUCACCGCUCAGGAUAUCCUGAUCCCUCCAGAGAUUGAGAUGGAUGCCACCUGCCGCGAGCACGUCACUGUGCGCGUCGGACACAACAUCAACAUCAUUGGCUACAUCAAGGCCCGUCCGGACGCAGAAGUGAUCUGGUCGAAGGAGGAGACCGUUCUGGAGAACAGCAAACGCGUCACCAUCGUUCAGAACCUCCCUAUGGUCCACCUGAGGAUUAAGGAAGCCACGAGAGCCGAUCAUGGCAAAUACAUUCUGAAGGCUUCUAACGUGGGCGGCGAGGCAUCUUGCACCAUCACGGUCAACGUGCUGGACAGACCAAGCCACUGCCAGAACCUGCACACGACUUACGCCACCAAAGACUCGUGUAUGCUCAACUGGGAGGCCCCCAAGGACAACGGUGGAUCCGAGAUUACCAACUACAUCGUGGAGUGCCGCGAGCCCAGCAUUAGCAUGUGGUCCAUGAUCUCCUCCAAUUGCACCAACCGCAAGAUCAAGUCCAAGAUGAUGGAGGGCCACGAGUACCUGUUCCGUGUCUGUGCUGAGAACAAGAUGGGCCCAGGACCCUGUGUGGAAACCAAAACCCCUCUCCUGGCCAUCGAUCCUAUUGAGAAGCCCGGCGAGCCUGAGAACUUCAGAGCCACCGACAUCGGUAAGAACUACGUCUAUCUGAGAUGGAGGAAGCCGGACUACGACGGCGGCAGCCCCAACAUCUCCUACAACCUGGAGUGCAAAGCCAAAGACGCUGAAGAGUGGGUGAAACUCAACACCGGCGUUCUCACGGACACCUUCUUCUUGGCAGACAAGUGCACGGAGAACCACACGUACACCUUCAGGGUGCAGACCGUUAACGAAGGAGGUGAGAGUGCUUGGGUAAAACUCGCCGAUAUUUUGGUGAGGGAGGAGAUCCAGAAGCCCGUCAUUGACCUGAAGCUGGCCGGAACUAUGACAGUGAAGGCCGGAGAGUCGGUGAGGUUGGAGGCUGGUCUGAGAGGAAAGCCCCAGCCCGAGGUCAAAUGGCUGAAAGACAAGGCUGUCGGAGACAACCCAAGAAUCAGCUAUGAGACCGGCCCCGACUACUCCAAGUUCCUUCUGACCAAGUCCAAACGCACUGACACUGGGAAAUAUGUCAUCACUGCCACCAACUCGGCCGGCACCUUCACGGCGUACGCCAACAUUAACGUCCUGGACGUCCCCGGCGCAGUGAGGAACCUCCGCAUCACCGGCCUCGGAGCCGACAAGUGCAGAGUAGUGUGGGAUCCUCCGGAGGAUGACGGAGGUUGUGAGGUGGACAGCUACAUCCUGGAGAAGUGCGAGACCAGAAGGAUGGUCUGGUCCACGUACUCGGCCUCCGUGGUCACGCCGUACUGCAACGUCACGCGCCUGGUGGAGAACAACGAGUACAUCUUCAGAGUGAGGGCGGAGAACAAGAUGGGAACCGGCCCCGCCAUGGAGAGCAAGCCGGUCACUGUCAGGACGCAGUUCAACAAACCUGGACCUCCUGAAGCCCCUGAUGUCACCAAGGUGAGUAAAGAUGAGAUGACUGUCGUCUGGGCUCCUCCUGAGAACGAUGGAGGAAAGUCCAUCACCGGCUAUAUCCUGGAGAGGAAAGAGAAGAGAGCAGUGCGCUGGGUGCCGUGUACCAAGAGCCCCAUCUCAGAGAGACGCAUGAAAGUCACCAACCUGAUUCCCAACCAUGAGUACCAGUUCAGGGUGAAGGCCGAGAACGAGGUCGGCCUGGGAGAACCCAGCAAACCCUGCAGACCCGUUGCAGCCAAAGAUCCCAUCGAGCCCCCCGGCCCCCCUGCAUUCCUCAAGGUAGGCGACAGCACCAAGACCUCUAUCACUCUGUCCUGGUCUAAACCUGUGUACGACGGCGGUGCCCCGAUCAUCAACUACAGCCUGGACAUGAGGCUGAAAAGUGAGGCAGACCCUGAGAAGCCCUCAGAGGGCUGGAAGAGAAUCGACACCCAUGGCCCGUUGGUGCACACAGAGUUCACCAUCGGCCAGCUGGAUGAGAAGCUGGAGUACGAAUUCAAGGUGUCCGCCCAAAACCAGAUGGGCUGGGGACGUCACGCCUACUUGAAAGAGGCCGUCUCCCCCAAGGAGAUCCUGGAGGCUCCAGAGAUCGACCUGGAUGCCAGUCUGAGGAAAGGCCUGUCUGUUCGGGCCGGCUGCCCAAUCAGGCUCUUCGCUGUGAUCAGAGGAAGGCCCGCCCCCAAGGUUACCUGGAAGCGCCUGGGUGUGGACAACGUGAUCCGUCGUGGUCACGUGGAUCAGGUUGACACCAUGUCUUUCCUGGUCAUCCCCGAGAGCACCAGAGAGGAUUCUGGGAGAUACUCGCUGACUCUGUCCAAUUCAGCUGGAGAGAAAGCCGUGUAUGUCCGUGUCAAAGUCCUUGAUACUCCUGGUCCUGUCGGCGACCUGCAGGCAUGCAACAUCACCAAGACGAACGCUCAGCUGUCCUGGCUGCCGCCAGAUAACGAUGGUGGCAGCCCCAUCCUCAACUACAUCGUGGAGAAACGCGAGGUGGACAGGAAGACGUGGAACAAGUGCAUUGAGGACCUGAGGAAGACCAGCUUCCAUGUGACCAACAUGACGCCUGGCAUUGAGUACUACUUCAGAGUCACGGCCUGCAACAAGUACGGCAUUGGAGUUCCUCAGGACUCGCCCAAGUCCUACCUGGCUGUCGACCCCAUCAGCGAGCCGGACCCUCCGAAGAAGAUGGACGUGUUGGACAUUACCAAGAACAGCGCCAGCCUGGGCUGGCUGAAGCCGCUCAGAGACGGAGGAGCCAAGAUCAACGGCUACGUGGUGGACUACCAGGAGGAGGGCGCGCCCGAGGACAAGUGGACGCCUUACUCUGUGGUCAAGGACCUGACCAUCGUGGUGGUCGGUCUCAAGGAAGGAACCAAGUACAAGUUCAGAGUGGCAGCCAGGAACUCUGUGGGAGUCAGCCUGGCCCGGGAGGCAGAGGGAGUGUUCGAGGUCAAGGAGCAGCUCAUGGCUCCGAAGGUCAUCUUGCCCGACAUCGUGACGGUCAGAGCCGGAUCCAAGAUGGUGAUUGAGGCCAUUGUGGCGGGUAAACCCGCUCCCUUCUGCAAGUGGAAGCAGGGCAGCGAGGACGUGCUGACCUCUGAUCGCCUGUCAGUUGUAAAGACGCUGACCACCUGCACGCUUAUCAUCAAGAACGUGACGAGAAAGGACAGCGGCUACUACAGCCUGUCGGCCGAGAACAGCACCGGCAAGAUCAACCAGAUCCUCAGAGUCACCGUUAUGGACAUCCCUGGACCCCCUGAAGGUCCUAUAGAGUUCACUGAGCUGGACGUCGAUGCCUGCACUCUGCUCUGGAACUCCCCACAGGAGGAUGGCGGCAGCCACAUCACCAACUAUAUCGUGGAGAAGUGUGACGUGAGCAGGGGCGACUGGGUCCCCGUGACCACAUCCUGCACCAAAACCAGCUUUAGAGUACCCAAACUGACAACCGGCAAAGAGUACGGCUUCCGAGUCCGUGCUGAGAACCGGUUGGGCAUCUCCGCGCCACUUUACUCUGAGAAGAUGAUUGCCAGACAUCCAUUUGAUCCCCCCAGCGAGCCCAGAAACCUGCAGAUCAACAAGGUCUUCAAGGACUUUGUCAUCGUGUCAUGGGAGGUUCCCACCAGCGACGGCGGCAGCCCCAUCACCGGAUAUUGCAUCGAAAAGAAGGAGAGGAACAGCCUCCUGUGGAUGAGGGCCAACGAGUCCGUGGUCCGAGCCACCCAGUACACCUGCACCGGGCUGAUAGAGGGCGUGGAGUACACCUUCAGGGUGUCGGCACUCAACCUGGCGGGACAGGGCAAACCCUGCAAGCAGACCGACUUCAUCACCGCCAGGACUGCUAUUGACCCACCGGGUAAACCCGAGGCCAUGGACGUGACCAAGCACUCCGUCUCGUUGGUCUGGAGCCGUCCCAAGCACGACGGCGGCAGCAAGCUGAUUGGCUACUACAUGGAGUACACGAAGGUCCCGGGAGAGAAGUGGAUGCGCUGCAACGCCAACUGCAUGAACAUCCAGACGGAGAGCUACGUGGUGAGCGGCCUGGACGAGGGCCAACAGUACCAGUUCAGAGUCAUCGCCAAGACCGCCAUCAACGUCAGCCUGCCGUCCGAGCUGUCGGACCCCAUCGCGGUCAUCGCAGAGAACGUGCCUCCUCGCGUGGAGCUGGGUGUCAACAUGAAGAACCUGAUCGUGGUGAAAGCCGGCGAGAACGUGGCCCUGGACGCGACGGUGUUCGGGAAGCCGCUGCCCAAGGUGAGCUGGAAGAGAGACGGAGUGCCUCUGGUGCUCAUCGAGGGGAUGAAGGUCUCCCAGAAGAAACACAUCCACAUGCUGGAGCUCUUCGCCGUUACCAGGAAGGAGUCCGGAGACUACACCAUCAUCGCUGAGAACAGCAACGGAUCCAAGUACGCCAGCAUCAAGGUCAAAGUGCUCGACAAACCCGGCCCUCCGGCCUCUGUGAAAACUGCCAAGGUGUUUGCCGACCGCAUCAAGCUGCGAUGGGAGCCCCCACUCGCCGACGGCGGCUCUGAGAUCACCAACUACAUCAUCGAGAAGCGCGAGACGAGCCGGCCCAACUGGGCGCUGGUCACCGCCAACAUCAGCGGACACAGCACCGACUGCUCGGUGGAGCGACUCAUCGAAGGACACGAGUACCAGUUCAGAGUCAGCGCUGAGAACCAGUAUGGUGUCGGAGACGCACGUAUGACCGAGCCUGUCAUGGUCAAGAACCCGUACGAUGUUCCCGGUCCGUGCGAGCCGCCCGUCAUCACCAACAUCACCAAGGACUCCAUGACGGUGAGCUGGAAGGCCCCGGCCAACGACGGCAAGGCCACCAUCCUGGGCUACAUGGUGGAGAAACGCGAGGCCACGGAGCUGGCCUGGGCCAAGGUCAACCGGCGGCCCGUCAUCGACAGGACCAUCAAGGCCGUUCAGCUGACCGAGGGCUCCGAGUACGAGUUCAGAGUCAUCGCCAUGAACAAGGCCGGUCUGGGCAAACCCAGCGACGCUUCCUUGGCCGGGCUGGCUGUCGACCCCGUCUAUCCUCCCGGUCCCCCUGCCUUCCCCAAGGUGGUGGACUCCACCAGGACGUCCGUCAGCCUCAGCUGGACCAAACCGGCGUACGACGGCGGCUGCGAGAUCAUCGGCUACCUGGUGGAGUGCAAGCGGGCAGACGCCGAGCACUGGACCAAGUGCAACAUCCCCAAAAAGCUGCAGGCCACCAAGUUCCUGGUGACGGGCCUGAUGGACGACGCCGAGUACCAGUUCCGAGUCAUCGCGGUCAACAAGAUCGGCUUCAGCGAGCCCAGCGAGGUCCCUGGAAACCACAUGCCCAAAGACAUCCUGAUUGCUCCUGAAGCCGAGCUGGAUGCCGACCUUAGAAAGGUUUUGGUUCUCCGAGCCGGCGUCACCAUGAGGCUCUACGUCCCUCUGAGGGGACGCCCGGCGCCGAAGGUGACGUGGUCCAAGGUGGACGCCAACCUGAAGGACAGGCAGGUGCUGAUCAAGACGUCGGAGUGGGACACCCUGCUGAUGAUCGAGGACGUUAACAGAUACGACGCCGGCAAAUACGCCCUGUUGCUGGAGAACAGCAGCGGCUCCAAGACCUACACCAUCGUGGUCAAAGUGCUCGAUUCUCCCGGGCCACCCAUGAACCUGAUUGUGAAGGAGACCUCCCUAAGCCACGCCACCAUCACCUGGGACGCCCCGCAGAUCGACGGUGGCAGCCCUGUCAAGAGCUACAUCGUAGAGAAGCGACUGGCCGAGAGGAAGGCCUGGACCUGCGUGGAGGCAAACUGUCACAAGAUCUCUUUCCGAAUCCCCAACCUGGAGGCGGGACAGGCCUACUGCUUCCGAGUGCUGGCUGAAAACGCCUACGGCAUCGGAGAGGGCUGCGAGACGGCCGGCAGCGUCCGGGCCUCAGAGCAACCAGGUCCAGUGACGGACUUCAAAGCCCUGAAGACCACCAAGGACUCUAUCGUCCUAGGCUGGAAGAAGCCGCUGAGCGACGGCGGGAGCCACAUCAGCGCCUACAUCCUGGAGCAGAGCGAAGGAGAGGGCAAGUGGAAGCAGAUAAUGAAGGGCAAGAACAACACGCACACCCUGGACGAGCUGACGGCGGGCACGGAGUACGGGUUCAGAGUCAAAGCGCUCAACGAGUCUGGAGAGGGACCGCCCACUGAGCUCGCCGUCAUCGCCAAGGACCAGUUCGUGGCGCCCGACUGCAACCUGAGCGCUCUGCACGACGGCUGCUGCACGGUGAAGGAGGGCAGCACCACGCGCAUCAACAUCCCCAUCACCGGCGUGCCCCUCCCGACCGCCACCUGGAAGAAGGGCGACACAGGCAUCGGCGACACGGGCCGAAUGUGCGUGGAGGCGUCCCACGGCGUCACCACCCUCCUGAUCCGAGACUGCCAGAGAACGGACGCCACCACCUACACCAUCAAUGUCAGGAACAGCGGCGGCGCCAAGGACUGCAAGUUCAAGCUGGUGGUGGUCGGCAAGCCUGGCAUCUGCACCGGGCCCAUUAAGUUCGACGAGAUCACCGCCGAUGGCAUCACGCUGGAGUGGGGGCCGCCCAAAGACGACGGCGGCGCCGAGGUGUCCAACUACAUCGUGGAGAAGAGGCGGACCACGGACAGCAAGUGGGCCACGGUGGCGUCGGCCAUCCAGAAGACCAGCAUGAGGGUGAUCCGGCUGCACGAUGGAGUCGAGUACAUCUUCCGAGUGUUCGCUGAAAACAAGUACGGCAUCGGAGAGUACCUGAGGUCGGACCCCGUCAUCGCCCAGCAUCCAUUCAAUGUGCCCGAGGCGCCCGCUCCUCCGGAAAUCGUGAGCAUGCGCCACGAGUCGGCCGUCUUGACUUGGGCUGAUCCAAAGGACAACGGUGGCUCCACAAUCACUGGAUAUCAUGUGGAGUUUAAGGAGAGGAACAGUCUGAUGUGGAAGCGGGCCAGUAAGACUCCUCUGAGAGUGAAGGAAUGCAGAGUCACUGGCCUGAUAGAGGGACUAGAGUACGAGUUCAGGGUGAUGGCCAUGAACGCAGCUGGCCUGGGAAGGGCAAGUAAGGUCACCGAGGCUCUGGUUGCCCUCGAUCCUAUUGAUCCUCCCGGUAAGCCUGAAGUGAUUAACAUCACCAGGACCUCGGUCACUCUGAUCUGGACCCCUCCCAAAUAUGACGGCGGCCACAAGCUGACUGGCUACAUGGUGGAGAAGCUGGAGGUUGACGGCAAGGCCUGGAUGAAGGCCAAUCAUGUCAACAUCCAGGGCUGUGCCUUCACCGUCACUGACCUGACGGAGGGAUCUCAGUAUCAGUUCAGGAUCAGGGCAAAGAAUUCUGCCGGGGCAAUCAGUGUUCCUUCAGAGCAGACUGAGCUUCUGACCUGCAAGGAUGAGUACGAACCCCCGACUAUCACUAUUCACCCAGACAUGAAGGACGGUUUAUCAGUCAAGGCCGGUGACACCAUCGUGAUCUCAGCCUCCAAGAUUGUUGGCAAACCUCCACCCACUGCUGUCUGGUCAAAGGGAGGUCGAGAGUUAAAGAGCUCUGACGUCGUUACCAUCACCAGCACUCCCAUCUCCUCCACUCUGGCUAUCAAGUACGCAAGCCGGAAGAACACAGGAGAGUACGUCAUCACCGCCAGCAACCCCUUUGGCAUUAAAGAAGAACGUGUAAAGGUGAAGGUCCUCGAUGUGCCUGGACCUCCAGGCCCCAUCGAAGCCAGUGUCAUUACAGCUGAGAAGUGUACUCUGACCUGGCUUCCACCAGAGGAGGAUGGUGGGUUCUCUAUCAAGUCUUACGUCCUUGAGAAGAGAGAGACCGGCCGCCUGCAGUGGACCAAGCUAGCUGAAAACGUCAUGGACUGCAGAUAUGUAGCCGCCAAACUGAUCAAGGGCAACGAGUACAUCUUCAGAGUGUGUGCUGUGAACCAGUGUGGCACUGGAGACUCAAGCCAGUCUGGUCCAGUAAAAAUGGUUGACAGUUACCGCCCACCAGGUCCACCCUCAACUCCAGAGGUUGACAACAUCAGUAGGAACGCUGUCACCAUUUCAUGGAAGAGACCAGUACAGGACGGAGGAAGUGACAUUAGAGGAUAUUGUGUAGAGAGGAAAGAAAGGAGAGGAAUGAGAUGGGUGAGGGCCUGUAAGAGGACGGUCCCUGACCUGCGCUUUAAAGUGCAGGGCUUAAAUGAGGGAACAGAGUAUGAGUUUAGAGUCACUGCUGAGAACAAGGCAGGAUUUGGGCAGCCAAGUGAGCCAUCACAACCUGUGAUUACCAAGGACAUUGUCUAUCCACCUGGUCCUCCAUCCAACGCCAAAAUUACAGAAACCACAAAAACCACAGCCACCUUCGUCUGGGGCCGACCCCACUAUGAUGGUGGUCUUGAAGUAGAUGGAUAUAUUGUUGAGUACAAAAAGGAAGGGCUUGAUGACUGGGAGGUGGAGACACAGUAUCCAGUGAAAGCUACUGAAUACGUUAUUGGUAAACUUCAAAAAGGAGGCAAAUACCACUUCAGAGUCAGCGCUGUUAAUUCCGAAGGAGUUGGCGAGCCUGCAGAGGUUGAGAAAGUGACUGAACUCGUGGACCAGGAGACACUGCCAGACUUUGAACUGGAUGCUGAACUCAGGAGAACCCUGGUGGUCAGGUGCCGUGCUUCAAUCCGUAUGUUUGUGCCUAUUAGGGGACGUCCUGUUCCAGAAGUAACCUGGAGUAAAGAUGAUACCAACUUGAAAACACGUGCACACAUUGACACCACAGAGUCCUACACUUUACUGGUUAUUCCUGACUGCACCAGAUAUGAUGCUGGAAAGUACAACCUGUGUCUUGAGAAUGUUGCUGGAAAAAAGACCGGAUUUGUUAAUGUCAAGGUUUUGGACACACCAGGACCACCAGUCAAUGUCCAGCCUAGGGAGAUCACCAAGAACAGCAUCACCCUCCAGUGGGAAAUCCCCAUAAUCGAUGGUGGUUCUAAGAUUCACAGAUAUGUUAUUGAAAAGAGGGCGGCUACCAAGAAGGCCUACACAGUGCUUACCACUAAAUGGCAGAAGUGUUCCUACAAGUUUACAGACCUUGAAGAGGGAGCUUACUACUACUUCCGUAUCUCUGCUGAGAAUGACCUGGGUGUAGGUGAGCCCGCUGAAUCUCCUGAGCCAAUCAGGGUGUCCCAGGCCCCCACUGCGCCAGAGAACUUGUAUGUUACAGAUGUGACAGCUGAUAGUGCCAGCCUGGCAUGGGCAAAGCCCCUGCAUGAUGGCGGCAGCUUGAUCACCGGAUAUGUCAUUGAGGCCCAGAAGAAGGACACUGAGCAGUGGGUCCAUAUGGGCACCAUCAAGGCUCUGGACUACACUGUCACCGAUCUGAUUGAGGGUGCAGAAUAUACCUUCCGCAUAAUGGCUGUCAAUGCAUCAGGCAGGAGCGACCCUCGUGAGAGUAGGCCAGCUAUUAUCAAAGAGCAUACUUCCGCUCCUUCCUUUGACCUGCGUGGAGUGUACCAGAAGACGGUCAUUGCCAAGGCAGGAGACCGUGUCAAGGUGGAGAUUCCAGUGCUCGGCAAACCCAGGCCUGACGUUUCCUGGAAGAAGGGAGACAUAAGGAUCAAGGAGACACAACGAAUCAACAUUGAAACCACACCAACAUCUACUAUCCUCAACAUUGGUGAGAUCAAGAGGACUGAUGAAGGCCAGUAUUCCAUGACUGGUAAGAACAUGCUGGGUACAGUGACUGAGACGAUCACAGUCCUGGUCCACGACAUUCCAGGUCCUCCCACUGGUCCCAUCAAGUUGGAAGAGGUCUCAUGUGAUUAUGUUCUUAUGUCCUGGGAAGCACCAGAGAGUGAUGGAGGUGUACCUAUCAACAACUAUAUUGUUGAGAUGCGGGAGACCACUGGUACUUCCUGGAUGGAGUUGGCAGCUACAGUGAUCCGCACCACAUUCAAGGCAGCCCGACUCAACACUGGAACCCAAUAUCAGUUCCGUGUCAAGGCCCAGAACAGAUAUGGCAUUGGACCAUGCAUUAUCUCUGAACCAGUGUUGGCUGCCUAUCCAUUUGAUGUGCCAGGCCAGCCAGGCAUUCCUGUGGUCACAUCUUUCAACAAGGAUGCAAUGACUCUGAGUUGGAACGAGCCUUCCUCUGAUGGAGGCAGUGUCAUCCUUGGCUAUCAUGUGGACAGAAAAGAGAAAAACAGCAUUCUGUGGCAGAGGGUCAGCAAAGCUCUUGUUGUCGGAAAUAUCUUCAAAUCAACAGGCCUUGUUGAUGGAAUCGCAUAUGAACACCGUGUUAUUGCUGAAAACAUGGCUGGUCUCAGCAAACCCAGCAAACCCUCUGAUACUAUGUAUGCUUUGGACCCUGUUGACCCACCAGGUAGGCCGGUGGCACUGAAUGUAACCAGACAUGAGGUCACAGUUUCAUGGACCAAACCAGAGGGAGAUGGUGGAUUUUCCAUCACUGGAUACACAAUAGAGAGGAGAGAGAUGCCCAAUGGACGCUGGCUCAAAGCCAACUUCAACAACAUCCUAGAAACCAUCUACACGGUCAGUGGUCUGAUCGAAGAUGCAACUUAUGAAUUCCGAGUGUUUGCUAGAAACUCAGCUGGUGCUGUUAGUGCUCCAUCCCCGACGUCAGAGGCAAUCACAUGCAGAGAUGACAUUGAAGAGCCCAAGCUUGAUGUUGACGCAUCCUAUAGCAGCAAUGUUGUUGUCAUGGCAGGAGAGGUGUUCAAGCUGGAGGCCAGUGUGACUGGCAGGCCACUACCAUCUUUGGUAUGGACCAAGGAAGGAAAGGAACUUGUUGAUACAGCCAAAAUAGAGAUAAAGACAACUGAUUUCCACACAACUCUAAUAAACAAAGAUUCCCUGAGGAGGGACGGAGGUGUUUUUAUUCUGACCGCCAGCAAUCCUGGUGGAUUUGCCAAGUUUACCUAUAAUGUCAAGGUGCUUGACAGACCUGGACCACCAGACUCCCUCACUGUUACUGACGUCACUGCUGAGAAAUGUGUUCUUAACUGGCUGCAUCCAACACAUGAUGGUGGUGCCAAGAUUGAGUACUUUAUCCUUCAGAGGCGAGAGACCAGUAGGCUGGCAUGGACAAAUGUGGCUACAGACCUUCAGGCAAACAGGCUAAAGGUUACCAAGCUUCUAAAGGGCAAUGAAUACAUCUUUAGAGUAAUGGCUGUAAACAAGUAUGGCGUGGGUGAGCCCCGGGAGUCUGAAGCGAUCAUCUGUGCCAACCCCUAUGUCCCCAGUGACCCACCAACACAGCCUGAAGUCACCAGCAUUACCAAAGACUCCAUGGUCGUCUGCUGGGAGCGCCCUGAACAUGAUGGAGGCAGCAGAAUAAACACGUACGUAAUUGAGAGAAGGGAUAAGACUGGCCUGCGCUGGGUAAAAUGUAACAAGAGGACUGUAACUGACCUGCGUUUCAAGGCCUCUGGCCUCACACCAGAUCAUGAGUAUGAAUUCAGAGUUUUUGCUGAAAAUAAUGCUGGUCUAAGCCAGCCUAGUCCUUCCAGUCCAUUCUACAAAGCUGUAGACACCAUCUUCCAGCCUGGACCUCCAGGGAACCCCAGAGUGCUGGACACAACCAAGUCUUCCAUUACCCUUGCCUGGAACAAGCCUGUCUACGAUGGUGGUUCUGAAAUCACUGGUUACAUUGUGGAGACCUGCCUGCCUGAGGAGGAUGAGUGGACAAUACACACUCCCAAGAAGGGAUGGACAGCCACUUCCUUCACUAUUACCAACUUGAAGGAAAACCAAGAUUACAAAAUCAACAUCUGUGCCACUAAUUGUGAGGGAGUGGGAGAGCCAGCUGCUGUUCCUGGAACCCCCAAGGCUGAAGACAGAUUGCUUCCUCCAGAAAUUGAACUUGGAGCAGAGCUGCGUAAGGUGGUCAUCCUCAGAGCCUGUAGCACACUCAGACUCUUUGUUCCAAUUAAGGGCAGACCAGUACCUGAAGUUAAAUGGUCAAGAGAACAUGGAGAAUCCCUAGACCGAGCUCUCAUUGAAAUCACCCCAUCAUUCACCACUCUUCAGGUAGACAAUGUUGACAGGUUUGAUGCAGGUAAAUACAUGGUGACUGUAGAGAAUGCCUCAGGAAGCAAAACAGCCUUUGUUAAUGUCAGAGUGCUAGAUAGUCCUGGAGCCCCUCAGAAUCUGAUUAUCAAGGAGGUCUCUAGAGAUUCAGUUUCACUCGUUUGGGAUGCACCUCUCAUUGAUGGUGGCUCCAGAGUCCGCAACUACAUUGUGGAGAAGCGCGAGUCACACAGAAAGGCCUACACCACUGUCUGUGCCAGCUGCCAUAAGUCUAGUUGGAAAAUUGGAGACCUGGAGGAAGGAAAAUUGUACUCAUUUAGAAUCCUGGCUGAAAAUGAAUAUGGAAUUGGCCUCCCAGCAGAGACUGUUGAACCAAUUAAAGUGUCAGAGAAGCCUCUACCACCGGGCAAAGUGACCCUUCGUGAAGUUACCAGCUCCAGCGUCACACUAACUUGGGAAAAGCCUGACCAUGAUGGUGGGAGCAGAAUCACAGGCUAUAAUGUUGAGAUGCAGGGUAAAGGCAGUGAGAAGUGGAUCCAGGUCAUGGUUGUAAAGACCAAUGAGGCUGUUGUAACUGGCCUUACACAGGGAGAGGAGUACAUGUUCCGUAUCUCAGCCACCAAUGAAAAGGGAGUUAGUGACCCACGUCUUCUUAGUGUGCCCGUGGUGGCUAAAGACCUAGUCAUCUCCCCGACCUUCAAACUGCUCUUUAGCACGUACAGUGUGCUAGCGGGAGAUGAUCUGAAGAUUGAUGUACCAUAUUCCGCCUGUCCCAAGGCUACAGCAGCUUGGCUCAAAGAUGGCAUUGCUCUCAAAGAGACCACAAGAGUUAAUGCUGAUGCCACAGACAAAAACCUUCUCCUGGUUAUUAAAGACGCUUGCAGAGAUGAUGUGGGCACAUACACUAUCAAACUGAUCAACACCGUUGGAGAGGCAUCUACAGACAUCAGUGUUGUUGUUCUAGAUAAGCCUGGUCCUCCAACCGGCCCAAUUAAGAUGGAUGAGGUCACUGCUGACAGCUUGGUCCUGUCCUGGAAUCCACCAGAAUAUGACGGUGGUUGUGCCAUCAACAAUUACGUUGUUGAGAAGAGAGACACAUCUACCACUAACUGGCAGAUUGUGUCAGCUACUGUGGCCAGAACCACUAUCAAGGCAGCCCGUCUGAAGACUGGAACUGAGUAUCAGUUCAGGAUUGCUGCAGAGAAUAGAUAUGGCAAGUCUUCAGUCCUGCUCUCUGAAACCAUUGUUGCUCAGUAUCCAUUUGAGGUGCCCCACCCACCACGUUCUGUUGUGGUCCAGUCAGCCACCAAGGAGAGCAUGGUGGUUGUAUGGGAGAAACCCAGCAGUGACGGUGGAAGCAAAAUUAUGGGCUACCACUUGGAGCUCAAAGAGAGAAACAGUAUACUGUGGGUGAAACAGAACAAACAAAUAAUCCCAGAGACCAGAUUUAAGGUUGUUGGCCUUGAGGAGGGUAUUGAGUAUGAGUUCAGAGUCUAUGCUGAGAACAUUGUUGGCCUCAGCAAAGCCAGCAAACUGACUGAAAUGCAAGUGGCCAGAGAUCCUUGUGACAGACCAGGCAAACCAGAGGCUGUCAUAGUGACAAGAAACCAAGUGACACUCAGAUGGACCAAACCUGAGUAUGAUGCCGGCAUUAAGAUCACAGGCUAUGUGGUUGAGAAGAAAGAGGGAGCUGGCCGCUGGAUGAAGGCCAGUUUCGCCAACGUCAUUGAGACUGUAUUUGUUGUCACAGGACUCACUGAAGAACAAAUUUAUGAGUUUCGUGUUAUCGCCAGGAAUGCAGCAGGUGUCUUAAGCCAGCCCUCUGAUUCUACUGGAGCCAUCACUGCCAAGGAUGAGGUGGAUCCACCCAAGAUUGACUUAGAAGCUAAGUACUCCCAGGCUGUGGUGGUAAAUGCUGGAGAGACAUUCAAGCUCGAGGCUGGUGUCUAUGGUAAGCCUGUGCCCACAGUACACUGGAUAAAGGAGGGCAAAGAGAUUUCUGAAGCAGCACGCCUGGAGCUUAAGAACACAGACUUUACAGCUUGUAUAGUUGUUAAAGAAGCUAUCCGUGUUGAUGGAGGUCAGUACACUUUGCUGGUAAAGAAUGUUGGAGGAGAGAAAUCUGUUAACAUUAAUGUCAAGGUCCUGGACAGACCAGGUCCACCCGAUGGCCCUAUCUCUAUCUAUGGGAUCAGCAGUGAGAAAUGCUCCAUUGCCUGGAAAUCUCCCUUGCAAGAUGGAGGUAGUGAUGUUUCCCAUUACAUUGUUGAGAGGAGGGAAACCAGCCGACUGGUUUGGACUGUAGUUGAACAAAAAGUUCAGACCCUGAACCUGAAGAUCACAAAACUACUUCCUGGUAAUGAGUAUAUCUUCAGAGUGAUUCCAGUCAACAAAUACGGAGUUGGUGAGCCUCUAGAAUCCGAGCCAAUGAUUGCCAGAAAUCAAUUUGUCACUGCGAACUCUCCAACUGAGGUAGAAGUCUCCACAAUCACCAAAGAUUCCAUGGUAGUGACCUGGGAGAGACCAACUAAUGAUGGUGGCAGUCCCAUCCAGGGAUACGUUGUUGAAAAACGUGACAAAGAUGGUGUGAGAUGGACCAGGUGCAACAAGCGCACAGUGAGUGAGCUGCGUUUCAGAGUAACAGGGCUCCUAGAAAACCACAGCUAUGAAUUCAGAGUUGCUGCUGAAAAUGCUGCUGGUGUUGGCACACCUAGUGCACCAACAGUGUACUACAAAGCAUUGGAUCCUAUCUUCAAAGCAGGCCCACCAAACAAUCCCAAGGUGGUGGACACAUCUAGGUCCACUGUUUCCCUGACAUGGGGCAAACCCAUCUAUGAUGGUGGCUGUGAGAUUCAGGCUUACAUUGUUGAGGCCUGCGAUGUAGCAUCGGAUGAGUGGUUUAUAUGCACUCCUCCAACUGGAAUCACAGAAACUAAGUUUACAGUGACAAAGCUUCUGGAGAAGCAUGAAUACCAAUUCAGAGUGUGUGCCAUCAACAAAGUUGGUGUUGGUGAGCAUGCUGAUAUUACAGGAAAGAUUCUUCUGGAGGAGAAACUUGAGGCUCCUGAUCUUGACCUUGAUGCUGAUAUGAGAAAGAUGAUCAACAUUAGAGCAGCAAGCACUCUCAGGCUGUUUGUUCCUGUGAGAGGUCGUCCAGCUCCUGAGGUGAAAUGGGGCAAGGCUGAGGGUGAGAUUAAGGAGACUGCCCAGAUUGACAAUACAGGCAGCUAUGCUUCACUUGUCAUUGAAAAUGUUGACAGAUUUGACACAGGCAAGUACACCCUGACUGCAGAAAAUGCCAGCGGAGUAAAGUCAGUCUUCAUCAGUGUCAGAGUCCUGGACUCACCUAGUCCACCAGCUAACUUCUUCGUGAAAGAGAUUACCAAGAACUCUGUCACUCUCACAUGGGAGCCUCCACUUCUUGAUGGCGGCUCAAGGAUAAAGCAUUACAUUGUUGAGAAGCGUGAGAGCACUAGAAAGGUUUAUUCUCCCGUCACCACCUGCAACAAGAUGUCAUGGAAAGUUGAGCCUCUCCCAGAGGGUGGAAUCUACUUCUUCAGAGUCUUGGCUGAGAAUGAAUAUGGGGUGGGUCUCCCUGCUAAAACUAUAGAACCAAUAAAGAUAUCUGAGAAACCUCAGCCACCUGGUAAAGUUAGUGUUGUUGACGUCACUUCUAGCACUGUAACUCUCACCUGGGAGAAGCCUGAACAUGACGGCGGCAGUAGGAUCAGUUACUACGAAGUCGAGCUGGCACCUAAGGACAGUGAAGCUUGGUCUCUGUGUGCCAGUGGGAAGGCACUGGAGACUGUAGUGACAAACCUACUCAAGGGAGAGGAGUACCAGUUCAGAGUUGUUGCUGUAAAUGACAAGGGCAAAAGUGACCCCAGGCAAUUGGCUCAAACUGUUGUAACUAAGGACCUUGUGAUUGAGCCUGCAGUUAGACCCAAAGUGAGCACAUACAGUGUCCAGGUAGGGUAUGACCUAAAGAUAGAGGUCCCAAUUGCUGGUCAUCCAAAGCCAACCAUCACUUGGACCAAGGACGGAGCCGCCCUUAAGCAGACCACCAGAGUCAAUGUCACUGACUCAGCACGUCUUACCACUCUCACCAUAAAGGAUGCUACCAAAGAGGAUGGAGGCAUGUACAGCAUCAAUAUUGCCAAUACCCUGGGUUCCAAAGACGCCACUAUUGAGGUGAUUACCCUAGACAAACCAGGCCCACCAACAGGCCCUGUCAAAAUAGAGGAUGUCAGUGCUGAGAGUAUGACUCUUAACUGGGAACCUCCUACAUAUACUGGUGGCUGCCCAAUCUCCAACUAUGUGGUUGAGAAGAGAGACACAACCACAACCAACUGGGUGGUUGUAUCUGCCACUGUGGCCAGAACAACGCUAAAAGUGGCUAAUCUGAAGACAGGCAGUGAAUACCAGUUCAGAAUCUAUGCUGAGAACAGAUAUGGAAAGAGUUAUGCAAUUGAUUCAGAGCCUGUUGUGGCACAGUAUCCGUUCCAGGAGCCUGGCCCACCAGGAACACCAUUUGUGUCUCUGUACUCUAAAGACUAUAUGGUGGUUGAGUGGCACAAGCCCCCAUCUGAUGGAGGCAGUGCCAUCUUGGGCUACCAUCUGGAGAGAAAGGAGAAGAACAGUAUCCUCUGGACCAAGAUCAACAAAAUGCUCAUCCAAGACUGCAGGUUCAAAUCUACUCCUCUUGAGGAAGGCAUUGAGUAUGAGUACAGAGUCUAUGCUGAAAAUAUAGUUGGCAUUGGAAAAUGCAGCAAAGUUUCUGAAGGGUAUGUAGCCCGUGACCCAUGUUAUCCCCCUGGCCGUCCUGAGGCUUUAAUUGUAACUAGGCACUCAGUGAAGCUGAAGUGGACUCCUCCAGAGUAUGACGGUGGAAGCUUAAUUACUGGCUAUGUAGUGGAGAAACGUGACCUUCCUGAAGGAAAGUGGAUGAAAGCCAGUUUUGCAAAUGUCAUUGAACAUGAAUUCACAGUUACUGGCCUAAUGGAAGACGGUAAAUAUGAUUUCAGAGUAAUUGCAAGGAAUGGAGCUGGUGCUGUCAGCAAGCCCUCUGAAAGCACAGGAUCCAUCACAGCCAAGGAUGCAAUUGAACCACCUAAGUGUGACACAGAUCCUAUGUACAACCAGACCAUUGUUAUCAAUGCUGGAGAGACUUUCAGUCUGGAGGCCAGUGUGGAAGGAAAGCCCAUCCCCACAGCUCAGUGGUUCAAGGGAAAUGUUGAAGUUGAAAACUCAGCAAGAGCUGAGCUGAAAAACACUGAUUUCAAGGCUUGGCUCCUUGUGAAGGAUGCCAUCAGAGUGGACGGUGGACAGUACACACUGGUUCUGACUAAUGUGGCUGGAAGUAAGACUGUUCCAUUCAGUGUGAAAGUCCUGGACAGACCAGGCCCCUCAGAGGGACCUCUUACUGUCAGCAAUGUCACUGAGGAGAAGUGCUCACUGUCAUGGCUGCCCCCCAGGCAUGAUGGAGGAGCUAGUAUUUCUCACUAUGUCAUUCAGAAGAGAGAAACCAGCCGCCUGGCAUGGACAGUUGUGUCAAGUGACUGUGGAGCUACCAUGUUCAAAGUUACCAAGCUGUUGAAGGGCAAUGAGUACAUCUUCAGAGUCAUGGCUGUCAACAAAUAUGGCGUGGGCGAGCCUCUUGAAUCAGCUCCAGUUAUCAUGAGAAAUCCUUAUGUUCCCCCUGGCUCACCUCAGGAACUUGAGAUCACUAAUAUUACCAGGGACUCCAUGACUGUCUGCUGGAACCGCCCGGAAACCAAUGGAGGCAGUGAGAUUGUUGGUUACAUUGUUGAGAAGAGAGACAGAGCUGGAGUGAGGUGGACCAAGUGCAACAAACGUAGAGUGACAGACUUGCGUUUCAGAGUAACAGGUCUGACUGAGGACCAUGAAUAUGAAUUCAGGCUAUCUGCUGAGAAUGCAGCUGGCGUGGGUCAGCCAAGCCCACCUACACCGUACCUCAAAGCCUGUGAUCCCUCCUUUGAACCGGGCUGUCCCACCAAUGCCCAUGUUGUCGACACGACUAAAGACACUGUCACUCUGGCCUGGCACCGGCCUAUCUACGAUGGUGGUUGUGAGAUUCAAGGAUACGCUGUGGAAAUUACUAAGGCUGAUGAGGAGGAGUGGAGCAUGUGCACCCCACCUUCCGGAGUUAAUGCUACCAAGUUUACCAUCACCAAAUUGAUAGAGCACCAGGAAUACAAGGUACGCAUAUGUGCCAUCAAUAAGCUGGGUGUUGGCGAGGCUACCGAGAUCGAGGGAGUUGUGAAACCUAUCGAUAAGAUUGAACCUCCAGAAAUGAUUCUGGAUUCAGAGCUCAGAAAGGGUAUAGUUGUCCGUGCAGGAGGUUCAAUGAGAAUCUCCAUUCCAUUCAAGGGCCGUCCUGCUCCUGAGGUCAACUGGGCCAAGGAGGAUGGAGCACUGCCCAGUAAAGUUCAGAUAGACACUGGUGAAGAUUACACACAGCUCUCCAUUGACAUAUGUGACAAAUAUGAUGCUGGAAAAUACAUUCUCAACUUGGAAAAUAGCGCUGGCACCAAAUCAGCCUUUGUCUCUGUUAAAGUUCUGGACACUCCAGGGGCCCCACUGAAUCUAACCGUAAAAGACAUUAAGAGGGAAAGUGUCACUCUGACGUGGGAGCCUCCUCUUAUUGAUGGUGGUGCAAGAAUCAAAAAUUAUCUUGUUGAAAAGCGUGAGUCUACCAGGAUAGUUUACUCUAAUGUGGACAACAAGUGCACAAAGACAAGCUACCGUAUCACUGGCCUCACUGAGGGAAUCAUCUACUAUUUCAGAGUCUUGGCAGAGAACGAGUUUGGCGUGGGACAGGGAGUUGAGACAGAAGACCCAGUUAAGACCUCUGAACCUCCUCUGUCAGUGGGUAAGGUCACUUUGACUGAAGUGACCAAAACCUCUGCCUCCUUCUCCUGGGAGAAGCCAGACCAUGAUGGAGGCAGCAGAAUCAUGGGCUAUUACAUUGAUAUGCAGCCUGUGGGUUCAGAAGAAUGGGUGGUAGCUGCCACAACCAAAACUUGUGAGGGCACUGUCACAGGCCUAAGUGCAGGCCAUGAGUACCUGUUUAGAGUGUCAGCUUUCAAUGAGAAGGGCAGGAGUGACCCAAGGCCUCUGGCUGCACCAGUCACUGCUAAAGAUGUAACUAUUAAGCCCAGAUUCAAGAUGACAUUCAACACAUACAGUUUACAGUCAGGUGAGGAUCUGAAGAUGGAGAUUCCAGUGAUUGGGCGUCCUGUUCCUACAGUUGAAUGGAAGAAGGAUGGGCAUGCUCUUAAGGAGACAACCAGACUGAAUGUAUUAAGCACAGCAUCAUCUACUAAGCUGUGCAUCAAGGAUGCAAAUAAGGAAGACUCUGGUAAAUACACCAUAACAGCCACCAGCAGCAUAGGAACAGCUACAGAGGAGAUUACUGUCAUUAUUCUUGAAAAGCCUGGCCCGCCCACAGGCCCUGUGAAGAUUGAGGAAGUUAGCUCUAAUCAUGUCACACUCUCCUGGGAGCCACCAGAGUAUACCGGAGGUUGUCAGAUCAACAACUACAUUGUGGAGAAGAGAGACACCACCACAACAGCAUGGCAGAUCGUGUCUGCUACUAUUGCCAGGACAACCAUCAAAGUCAGCAACUUGAAGACUGGAACUGAGUAUCAAUUCAGAGUGUCUGCUGAGAACAGAUAUGGAAAGAGUCCUGCCAUUGUCUCUCCCACUGCUAUUGCUCAGUAUCCAUUCAGUGUGCCUGCUGCCCCAGAAACACCAUUUAUUUCUGCUGCAACCAAGGAUAAUAUGGUUGUUGAGUGGAAACCUCCAACCAACAAUGGUGGCAGCCCUGUCCUAGGCUAUCACCUUGAGAGAAAGGAGAAAAACAGCCUCCUGUGGACUAAACUCAACAAACUUCUAAUCCCAGACACACGUUUCAAGACUACUGAGCUGGAAGAAGGUAUUGAGUAUGAAUUCAAAGUUUAUGCUGAGAACAUCGCUGGACUCAGCCCAGCAAGCAAGGUCUCUGAAAGCACUGUAGCCAGGGACCCCUGUGAUCCACCAGGCACUCCAGAGGCCAUUCAAAUUACCAGAAAUCAUGUCACACUUCAGUGGACCAGGCCUCAGUAUGAUGGAGGCAGUGCAAUUACUGGCUAUCUGAUCGAAAGGAGGAAGCACCCAGAUACUCGCUGGAUGAAGGCCACUUUCACCAACAUCAUUGAUACCCAGUUCACACUCACUGGCCUGACUGAGGACUGUGUUUACGAGUUCAGAGUCGUUGCCAGGAACGCUGCAGGCAUUUCCAGCCAUCCUUCUCAGAGCACAGGAGAAAUUACUGCUAAAGAUGAAAUUGAGGCUCCAGAGGCCACCAUGGAUUCUAAAUUCAAAGAUCUGACUGUUGUUAGUGCUGGUGAGACAUUUGUCAUUGAUGCUGACUUCACUGGCAAGCCUCUGCCUGAAGUAACUUGGAUAAAGGAUGGAAAGGAGAUUGAUAAAACCACACCAAGAAUGGAGGUCAAGACCACACUCACACGUACUAUCCUGACAGUCAAGGAAUGUGUCAGAGUGGACGGUGGCCACUUUGUCCUCAAACUUGUCAAUGUGGGAGGAGUCAAGAUGAUUCCAGUUAAUGUUAAAGUUCUGGAUAGACCUGGUCCUCCAGAUGGCCCACUUGAAGUUAAAGGGGUCACAGCUGAAAAAUGUUAUCUGCACUGGAACCAUCCCUCACAUGAUGGUGGAGCCAGCAUCUCUCACUACAUCAUUGAGAAGAGAGAGACCAGUCGUUUGUCAUGGACCGUUGUUGAGCCCAAGAUCCAGGCCAUCAGCUACAAAAUCACAAAACUGCUGCCUGGUAAUGAAUAUAUCUUCAGAGUCACUGCUGUGAAUAAAUAUGGCGUUGGUGAGCCUUUGGAAUCUGAGCCUGUUAUUGCUCGUAACCCCUUCACCACUCCCAGUGCCCCCUCCACCCCAGAGACAAGCGCUAUCACUAGGGACUCCAUAGUGCUUACAUGGGAGAGACCAGAGCAUAAUGGAGGAGCUGAGAUUGAAGGAUAUGUCCUUGAAAAACGUGAUAAGGAUGGCAUCCGAUGGACUAAAUGCAACAAGAAGAGGCUGAAUGACCUGAGAUUCAGAUGCACUGGCCUCACAGAGGGCCACUCUUAUGAAUUUAGGAUCUCAGCUGAAAAUGCUGCUGGUGUGGGAAAGCCUAGCGCACCAACUGAAUACAUCAAGGCCUGUGAUGCCAUUUACCCACCAGGACCUCCAAAUAACCCCAAAGUCACUGGCCAUUCAAGCACCACAGUCUCUCUGUCCUGGUCCAGGCCUAUCUAUGAUGGUGGAGCACAAAUCAGCGGAUAUGUUGUUGAAAGGAAGGAGGCAACGGAUGAUGAAUGGAUCACUUGCACACCACCAAGUGGUGUUCAGGCCACCCAAUAUACAGUAAAGUGUCUAAAGGAAAAUGCAGAGUACAACUUCCGCAUCUUUGCUCUUAACUGUGAGGGGGUAGGAGAGCAUGUGGACUUACCUGGUUCUGUGAUUGCUGCAGAGAAGCUGGAGGCUCCUGAAAUUGAACUAGAUGCUGACCUGAGGAAGAUGGUCAAUGUCCGUGCCUCUGCCACCUUGCGUUUGUUUGUGACAAUCAGAGGAAAGCCUGAGCCUGAGGUCAGAUGGUCAAAGGCUGAUGGCACUUUGAAUGAGCGUGCCCAAAUUGAAGUCACAAGCUCUUACACAAUGCUGGUGAUUGAGAAUGUCGAUAGAUUCGACACUGGCAAAUAUGUACUGACCCUUGAGAACCUCAGUGGCUCCAAAUCAGCCUUCAUCAAUGUAAGAGUUCUGGACUCCCCUAGCACUCCUACCAACCUUGUAGUUAAGGAUGUGAAGAGAACUUCUGUCUCUCUCUCCUGGGAGCCUCCUCUUAUAGAUGGUGGGGCUAAGAUAUCACACUAUAUUGUGGAGCAGAGAGAGCAGAAGAGAAUGGCUUUCACCAGUGUUUGCACAAACUGUGUGAGGAACUCGUACAUUAUUUCUGACCUGCAGGAAGGAGGCCGAUAUUAUUUCCGUGUGUUGGCUGUGAAUGAGCUGGGAGUAGGUCUGCCUGCCUCCACAGAUCAAGUCAAAGUGGCUGAGGCUCCUUUACCUCCUGGAAAGGUUAUCCUGGUUGAUGUGACUCGUCACACUGUCACUCUUUCCUGGGAGAAACCGGAUCAUGAUGGAGGCAGCAAGAUAACAAACUUUAUUGUGGAGAUGCAGCCCAAGGGAGAUGACAAAUGGACUGUUUGCAGUGAAGUCAAAGCAUUGGAAGCUACUAUUGGUGGACUCACAAGUGGAGAGGAAUACUCCUUCAGGGUGUUUGCAGUGAAUGAUAAGGGCAAGAGUGAUGCCAAGCCUCUGGCUACCCCUGUGGUGGUGAAAGACAUCACAGUGGAACCCACCAUCAACCUGUUGUACGACACAUACAGUGUAAAAGCUGGAGAUGACCUGAAGAUUGAUGUUCCCAUCAAAGGCAGACCUCAGCCUGAAGUGUCCUGGAAGAAGGACGGCCAGGUGCUUAAGCAGACGACCAGGGUCAAUGUUCUUACUUCCAAGACCUCAUCCAAGAUUACCAUCAAGGAAGCAACCAAGGAGGAUAAAGGAAAUUAUGAGAUUACUCUGACAAACUCACUUGCCACCAAGACGGCUGUAGUCCACGUUGUUAUCCUUGACAAACCUGGCCCACCCAGCAACAUUAGGAUGGAUGAGGUGAGCGCUGACUUCAUCACACUGUCAUGGGAUCCUCCAACCUAUAGCGGUGGAUGUCAAAUUAACAACUAUGUGGUGGAGAAAAGAGACACUACCACAACCACAUGGCAGAUUGUCUCAGCAACAGUAGCCAGGACAUCAAUCAAGGUGGCUCGUCUCACUCAGGGAACAGAGUAUCAGUUCCGUAUUGCAGCUGAGAACCGUUAUGGCAAGAGUUCAGCCAUUGACUCUACUCCUGUUAUUGCUCAGUAUCCCUUCGAGCCUCCUGGCCCACCUACCAACGUCCACAUUUCCCUUGCCACCAAGUAUGGCAUGCUUGUGGUAUGGGGCAGACCUGCCACAGAUGGUGGUAGCCCUGUAACUGGUUACCACAUUGAAUGCAAAGACCAAAGCAGCAUCCUGUGGACCAAGGUCAACAGAGGUCUGCUGGCUGAGAACCAGUUCAAGAUGACAGGCAUUGAAGAAGGACUGAUGUAUCAGUUCAGAGUCUAUGCUGAGAAUAUUGCUGGAAUUGGUCCAUGCACUAAGGCCAGUGACCCUGUGGCAGCCAGGGAUCCAUGUGAAUCUCCACGUAACCUUAGAGUCACCAACAUUACCAGGACUUCAGUUUCCCUCUUCUGGGAUAAGCCAGAAUAUGAUGGCGGAGUAAAGAUAACUGGCUACAUUGUUGAGCGUAAAGAACUUCCUGAUGGCCGCUGGCUGAAAUGCAACUUCACCAACCUGCAAGACACUUACUUUGAUGUCACAGGCCUCACAGAAGAUGUCCAAUAUGACUUCCAUGUCAUUGCUAAGAAUUCUGCAGAGCUAUUGAGUGCUCCAUCAGAAAGCACUGGUCCUGUCACAGUCAAGGAUGAUGUAGACCCUCCAACUAUUAUCAUGGAAGAUAAGCUCAGACAGCUGGUUGUUGUUAAGGCUGGAGAGAUCAUUCAAAUUGAUGCUGAAAUCACAGGCCGUCCACUCCCUGUUGUCUCAUGGUGGAAGGAUGGAAAGGAGAUUGAGGCGAAGGCCAGGUGUGAAAUCACCUCCACCAACUUCGCAACCACAUUAAUUGUCAGAGACGUCAUAAGGAGGGACUCUGGCCAGUAUGUCCUGACCCUGCACAAUGUGGCAGGAACUAGGUCUGUGGCUGUCAACUGUAAAGUUCUGGACCGACCUGGACCUUCCUCAGGACCAAUGACAGUGUCUGGUCUCACAGCCGAGAAAUGCACCAUAACGUGGGGUCCGCCUCAGGAGAAUGGUGGUGCUGAAAUCAUGCACUACAUUGUCGAGAAACGCGAGACCAGUCGCCUCGCCUGGACUCUUGUCUAUGGUGACAUGAAGGCAACUACCUGUAAAGUAACCAAACUGCUCAAAGGAAAUGAGUAUAUCUUAAGAGUUAGGGGAGUCAACAAAUAUGGGGAGGGUGAGGCCCUGGAAAGUGAACCAAUAAAGGCCAUGGAUCCAUUCACUGUGCCUGCAUCUCCCACUAAUGUUCAGGUCACCUCAGUUACAGGUGAGGCAAUGACCAUCUGUUGGGAAAGACCAACUUCUGAUGGUGGCAGCAGUAUCUCUGGCUAUGUCAUUGAAAAGCGAGAGAAGACUGGCCUUCGCUGGUGCCGUGUCAACAAGAAACCUGUUUAUGAUCUCAGAGUCAAAGCUUCAAACCUUCGUGAAGGCAGUGAGUAUGAAUACAGAGUUUUUGCAGAGAACGCUGCUGGCCUUAGUGCUCCCAGCAUCUCUUGCCCUCUCACCAAGGCUGAAGACCCACAGUUCCUGCCUUCACCUCCUGCUAAGCCUAAAAUCAUCGACUCUACAAAGACCACAGUCACCCUGUCAUGGAAUAAGCCAUUAUUUGAUGGUGGAGCACCUGUUACUGGUUACAGAGUCGAAUACAGGAAUACUUCAGAUGAUGAAUGGAUUGUUGGAGUCCAGAAUACCAAGAACACAGAGUUUACAGUGGUUAAAUUGACACCUGGUGCUGAAUAUGUGUUCGUUGUCAAGUCCAUUAACAAGAUUGGAGUCAGUGAGCCCAGUCCUGAGACAGACAAACAAAUCGCCAAAGAAAGAGAGGAAGAGCCGGUCUUUGACAUCAGCAAUGAGAUGAGGAAGACUUUUAUUGUGAAGGAUGGAAGCUCAUUUACCAUGACAGUGCCCUUCAGAGGCAAACCCAUCCCCAGUGUUACAUGGUCUAAGCCUGAUGUUGACCUUAGAGUUCGUGCUGCCAUUGAAACCACAGACACCUUCACCUCUAUCACCGUGGAGAAAGCAACUCGUGAUGACUCUGGCAAAUACACCAUCACCUUGUCUAGCGUAGUUGGAACAACCUCCGCGACACUCAAUGUCAGAGUUUUGGAUUCCCCUGGACCUCCUGCCCGUAUAGAGGUCAAGGACGUAACGAGGACCUCGGCUACUGUAACCUGGGACACUCCUGAGAAUGAGGGAGGAGGACCAGUCAAGAACUACCUUGUUGAUAUCCGUGAGGCCAGCAAGAAAGGCUGGACCAGGUUGACCGACACAUGCCACAGAAUGUCAUACAAGGUAACAGACGUGCAGGAGGGAGAAGUCUACUACUUCAGAGUGACGGGCGAGAAUGAGUACGGUGUUGGUGUUUCUGCUGAGACCACAAUAGGAACCAAAAUCACAGAAAAACCAAGCCCACCACCCAAGCUGGGUGUGACUGAUGUGACCAAGGAGAGUGUCUCGCUGGCCUGGGCUAAACCAGAACAUGACGGAGGCAGCAGAAUUACUGGGUACCUGGUGGAAGCUCUGGAGAAAGGCCAGGAGAAGUGGGUUAAGUGUGGUGUAACCAAGUUCAUACACUUGACAGUGUCUGGUCUGAGGGAGAAUGCUGAGUACUUCUUCAGAGUCAGAGCAGAGAACCACGCUGGCUUCAGUGAUAUUAAGGAAAUGAUCACCCCAGUAGUGGUCAAAGACCAGCUUGAAUCUCCUGAGAUCGACAUGAAGAACUUCCCCCACAACACAGUGUAUGUUAGAGCCGGCUCCACACUCAAGUGUGAGAUUCCACUGAUGGGCCGGCCUUUGCCUAAAGUCUCCCUGUCCAAGGAUGACGUGCUGCUAAAGUCAACAAUGAGGUUCAACUCUGAAGUCACCCCUGACAGCAUCAAGAUCAUUUUGCGUGAGAGCAUUGCUGGAGACACAGGACGCUACGAUAUCAUCGCCUCCAACUCCAACGGAACCACCAAAUCCUUUUUGAAUAUUAUGGUUCUGGACCGCCCUAGUGCCCCAGUUGGACCUGUGGAGCUCUCUGAUGUAACAGAGGACAGCGUGAGCCUGAAUUGGCUCCCACCGACAUAUGAUGGUGGCAGCCCUAUCACCAACUACAUAAUCCAGAAGAGAGAGACAACCAAUGCCAACUGGAUUGAUGUUUCUUCUGCUGUGGCCCGAUGCACCAUGAAGAUCAUGAAGCUGACCACUGGCCUUGAGUACCAGUUCAGAAUCAGGGCUGAGAACAGAUAUGGAAUCAGUGAGCACAUUGACUCUCCGACUGUCGCUGUCAAUCUUCCUUACACUAUUCCUGAAGCUCCGUCAACUCCGGAGAUCACUAAUGUAACUAGGGAGACCAUCACUGUAGCCUGGAAGGAGCCAACGUCAGAUGGUGGCAGCCACGUGUUUGGCUACCAUCUCCAGAUGAAAGACAGGAACAGCAUCCUUUGGCAGAGAGUCAACAAAACGGUGAUCCGUGCUACACACUUUAAGGUCACCAACAUCAAUGCUGGACUUAUUUAUGAGUUCAAGGUGGCAGCAGAGAACGCUGCUGGAAUCAGUGCCUUCAGCAAGAUUUCUGAUGCAGUUCUGGCUAUUGAUGCCUGCGAGCCACCCAUCGACUUGCGUAUAAGUGAUAUCACCAAGAACACCAUUAGCCUGGCCUGGCAUAAGCCCAACUACGAUGGCGGAUCACCGAUCACUGGUUACAUCAUUGAGAAGAGAGAGGGCGUUAGUGCUAAAUGGUCCAAGGCUAACCUCACCAAUGUCACAGACACCCGCUUUGCUGUGACUGGCCUAACCCAGGACGAGUCAUAUGAGUUUAGAGUCAUGGCAAGGAAUGCCGUUGGCUCAGUGAGCAAUCCAUCCAUAACCGCUGGACCAGCCACGUGCGUGGAUACAUACGGUGCACCAGAGAUUGAAAUACCUCAAGAGUACUUCAGCGAGGUCAAGUACAGGGCUGAAUCUAAUGUGGAGCUCAAGUUUAAUAUCACAGCCAAACCUGCUCCCACUAUCGAGUGGUUUAAGGAUGGCAGAGAGCUUGAGCCUAGCGCCCAGCUCUCUUUCAAACACACAUUUGAGUCCACCAGCUUGUUCCUGAAGGACACCACUCGUCUGAACUCUGGAUUGUACGAGGUCAAGGUGAAGAACUCCAUGGGAACCGCAUCUGCCACUGUCAGACUGCUCAUUCAAGACAAGUCCGGCCCCCCUGCUGGAGAGAUUCAGUUCAAGAAGGUGACAGCCACGAACAUCACCAUCAUGUGGUCCCCUCCUGCGGAUGAGGGUGGUGCCAUGGUAACGCAUUACAUUGUGGAAAAGAGGGAGACGAGCAGAGUCAUGUGGUCCAUCGUCUCAGAGAAACUGGUCGAUUGCAUUGUUAACGUGCCCAGACUCAUCCCGGGUAAUGAGUACAUCUUCAGAGUCCGUGGAGUCAACAAGUACGGCAUCGGAGAACCACUGGAGUCUGAACCUAUCAUCGCCAAGAACGCAUUUGUUCCUCCAAGCGAGCCAUCUAAGCCUAAAGUGACCAUGAUCACCAAGUCCACCAUGACAGUGAUCUGGGAAAGACCAGCGCUGGAUGGAGGCAGCGACAUCGACGGCUACUAUCUGGAGAAGAGGGAGAAGAAGAGUCUGCAGUGGUUCAAGGUGGUGAAGGGAACCAUCAGAGACACCAGGCAAAAAGUCACUGGCCUGGUGGAGAACUGGGAGUACCAGUACAGAGUUUGUGCCGUCAACAAGGCUGGAGCAGGAAACUACUCUGAGGCUUCUGAACUCUACAAGGCCUACGACCCCAUCGAUCUGCCUGGUGAGCCAUCCAAGCUGCGUGUACUAGACUCCACAAAGACCUCCAUCACCCUCGGCUGGGAGAAGCCCGUCUAUGAUGGCGGCAGUGAAAUCACACACUAUAUUUUGGAACAGAUGAACACAGAGGAAAAAGAAUGGGUGAUCACCAACCCACAGGUCAAGGACUGCGAAUAUGUGGUGUCUCACCUCAAACCUGGAGUCUACUACUUCUUCAGAGUCUCUGCUGUCAACUGCAAGGGCAAAGGAGAAGACAUCAAGAUGUACCAGCCUUUGCAAGCCAAAGAUAUCUUGGAGGAGGCCGAUUUGGACUUGGAUGUUCCCAUGACGACCCAGUACACAGUCAGGGCUGGCCGUGACGUGGAAGUGUUUAUCCCUCUGAAGGGACGCCCCGCUCCCGGCGUCACGUGGCGCCGUGAUGACCGCAACAUAGCCGCUGACAACCGCUACACCAUCACCAACACUGAGCGAGCCACCACGCUCCUCAUCCCCAAGAUCACCCGUGACGACCGCGGCAAGUACCUGCUGGAGAUUGAGAAUGGUGUGGGAGAACCCAAGAUAAUCACCGUUUCCGUUAAAGUUCUGGACAGUCCAGCCACAUGCCAGAAACUGAUGAUCAAGAACGUGACGAGAGGAAAGCUGACCCUAAGCUGGGAGGCUCCUCUCAUCGAAGGCGGUUCCCCCGUCACUCAUUACAUCGUCGAGAAGAAGGCGUCCACCAUGAAGGCUUACCAGGUGAUCUGUGCCGAAUGUACCAACACAACUUACAAGGUGUCGGGCCUGGAGGAGGAUGUAGCUUACUUCUUCCGUGUGUCUGCUGAAAAUAUGUACGGUGUGGGAGACACCUGCGAAACCACCGAGCCUGUAAGAGCCACCGAAACUCCUGGAGCCGUUAAAAACCUGGUGAUGCUGGACUCUACGAAGACCUCUGUCACCCUGCAGUGGACUAAACCCGACCACGACGGCGGUAGCCACAUCACCGAAUACAUCGUUGAAAAGAGAUCUCAGGAAGAUCCCACGUGGACUUUGGGGGGAACAUGCAAGCGCUUCACCUGCGAGGUGACGGGACUGAAGGAGAACGCUGUCAUGGACUUCAGAGUGUUCGCCAAGAACGAGAAGGGCAACAGUGACUUCUCCCUGAUUGGUCCGAUCACCGUGAAGGACUUCAUCAUUCUACCUGAGGCCAACCUCAUUGACUACCCCACCGGAGAGCUUCCUGUUCGUAUCGGUCAGAACAUUCACAUCGAGUUGCCCUUCAAGGGUAAACCCAAACCUGCAAUCAGCUGGCUGAAGGAUAACUUGCCUCUGAAGGAAAGUGACAAGAUUCGCUUCAGGACUACUGACAAUAAGACUGCAGUCACUGUCAGAGGAGCCAAGAAGGAGCAUGCCGGCCAGUACACCUUGGUUCUGGACAACAGAGUCGUCAAGAACUACUACGACAUCAAUGUGACCAUUCUGUCCCCCCCUUCGGUGCCUGUUGGUCCCGUCCGUUUUGAUGAGAUUAAAGCCCAGAGCAUCAUCAUUUCCUGGGAUGAGCCAAAGGACAAUGGAGGCGGUGAGAUCACCUGCUACAGCGUGGAGAAACGUGAGACCUCCCAGGCCAACUGGAAGAUGGUUUGCUCCAGUGUUGUCAGGGCCAACUUCAAGAUUCCCAACCUGGUCAAGGGAACUCAAUACCAGUUCAGAGUCCGUGCAGAGAACAAGUACGGAGUCAGUGAAGCACUCACCUCAGCAGAAGUCCUUGCCCAGCACCAGUACAAACCUCCAGGGCCUCCAGCAAAACCAGUGGCCUAUAACAUCACCUGUGACGGUAUGACCAUUAAGUGGGAGGCCCCAGGCUUUGACGGAGGAUCCCCCAUUUUGGGCUAUCAUGUUGAAAAGAAGGACAGAAACAGCCUCCUGUGGCAGAAGGUGAACUCCACCAUCAUCUCCAAACGAGAGUACAGGAUCAUUGGUCUCAUCGACGGUCUGGAGUACUCCUUCAGAGUUUACGCUGAGAACAACGCCGGACUUAGUCCUGUUAGCGAACAGAGCAAACAUGCACUCGCUGUCUCCCCUGUUGAUCCACCUGGCACCCCUGUCUGCAUCGAUGUAACCAGAGACUCAGUCACACUGCAGUGGGACAUCCCGAAGAGGGACGGUGGAAGCAACAUUGUAGGCUACAGUGUGGAGAGGCGCCAAGGCAGAGGCAAAUGGCUGCGAUGCAACUUCACAGAUGUCUGCGAGACCCAGUUCACAGUGACGGGUCUGUCUGCUGGAGACAGAUAUGAGUUCAGAGUCAUUGCCAGGAAUGCUGUGGGCACCGUCAGUCCACCAUCCAACUCCUCUGGAUCCAUUAUGACCAAGGACGAGAGCAUUUCUCCUGAUAUCGAGUGGUCUCCAGACCAGGCGCUUACCCUGAGGGCCGGCGAGAAUGUCAAGCUCAGCUGCAAAAUCACUGGACGUCCCCUGCCCCAGAUCAUCUGGUACAAAGACGGCAAAGAGGUGGACAAGAGGACCAUGUUUGACAUUGAGGUUACCACCGGCAUUGGCACCAGCAGCGUUUUUGUUCGCGGUGCUGACAGGAGCCAUCGUGGCAUCUACACCAUAGAGGCCAAAAACAGCUCCGGUUGCAAGAAAGCUGAAGUCAACGUCAGAGUACAAGAUACCCCCGGACCUGUUGAUGGUCCCAUCCGUUUCACUGGCAUCACUGCUGAGAAGUGCACCGUGUGGUGGAAUCCGCCGGAGAACGACGGCUGUGCCGCCAUCACCCACUACGUAGUGGAGAAAAGGGAGACAUCCAGGAUCUCCUGGGCCACAGUAACCUCCAAAUGUGAAGCCUGUUCUUACAACGCCGCCAACCUCAUCAAGGGCAACGAAUACCAGUUCAGGAUCUCUGCUGUCAACAAGUUUGGUGUUGGCAAACCACUCGACUCUGAUGCCUUUAUCGCACAGAUGCAAUACACUGUGCCUGACGCCCCUGGUACCCCAGAUGCAACCCAUGUGACCGGAAACAGCAUCACCUUGUGCUGGACCAGGCCGAGGACGGACGGAGGCAACGAGAUCAAACACUACAUCCUGGAGAGGAGGGAGAAGAAGAGCCUGCGCUGGCUGAAGGUUUCCUCCAAGAGGCCCAUCACAGAGCUGAGACACCGUGUCAUCAACCUGACGGAGGGCAAUGAAUACGAGUUCCGCGUCAUGGCUGAGAACGGCGCAGGCAUCGGACCGACUAGCAGUACUUCCAGGCUCUUCAAAUGCAGAGAACCAACCAGCGCUCCCAGUGCCCCCACACUAAUCAAGGUCACUGACUCCACCAAGUCCUCCGUCACUCUGGAAUGGACCAAGCCAGUGUUCGACGGUGGCUUGGAGAUCAUUGGCUACAACAUCGACAUGUGCAAGGCCAGUCUGGAGGAGUGGCACAGAGUCAACAACCAGCUGUGCAUCAACACCAGAUACACCGCCAAGGGCCUGACGCCUGGCGAGCUCUACAAGUUCAGGGUCAGUGCUGUGAACAAGUCAGGAGAGGGCGAUGCCUCCGUGUUGGCAAGCACCGUUCAGGCUCUGGACAGACUGAGAUCUCCCGAGAUCGACAUCGAUUCCAACUUCAAGCAGACUCACAUCGUGAAGAACGGCGGCACUGUCACGCUCCAGAUUGCCUUCCGCGGCAAACCAGCUCCCCUCGCCACCUGGUCAAAGGUAGAUGGCGAACUUCCCGUCAUGGGCGACAUCAACACCACAGACUGCAUGUCGACUCUGACCAUCGAGGGGUGCACCAGGUACGAAGCCGGCAAAUACACCCUGUCCCUGGAGAACAACAGCGGGCGCAAGGCCAUCACGUUCACCGUCAAAGUGCUGGACACGCCCGGACCUCCCGGAGCUAUCAACUUCAAAGACAUUACUCGCGGUGCCUUGACGAUGAUGUGGGACGCCCCGACCAAUGACGGCGGAGCCCGGAUUCACCACUACAUGGUGGACAAACGCGAGGCGAGCCGCCUGGCCUGGCAGGAAGUCAGCACCAAGUGCUCGCGGCAGAUGAUUAGGGUGACCGGUCUGGACGUUGGCGUGCCGUAUCUGUUCAGGGUGAUUGCCGUGAACCAGUACGGCCAGGGAGAACCUCACGAGAUGACGGAGCCAAUCAUCGCCACGGAAGAACCCACGCCGCCAAAGAGACUAGAUGUUGUCGACACAACCAACUCCUCGGCCUCGCUGGUGUGGCUGAAGCCCGAGCACGAUGGAGGCAGCCGCGUCCGAGGCUACAUCGUUGAAUUCAGAGCUAAAGGCACUGACCGCUGGGUUGUUGGCGGAGAGACCAAAUCCCAGAAGAUGCUGCUGGAGGGUCUGAUUGAGAACACAGAGUACGACUUCAGAGUCAAAGCCAAGAACGACGCUGGAAUCAGCGAGUCGCAGGGCACCUUCGGCUCCGUGGUCAUCAAGGAGCCUCGCAUCGAACCGACCGCCGACCUCAGCGGCAUCACUAACCAGCUCGUCACCUGCAAGAUGUCUAACACCUUCACCAUCGACAUCCCCAUCAGUGGCCGGCCGGCACCCAAAGUCACCUGGAAGCUGGAGGAGAUGAAGCUGAAGGAGAACGACCGAGUCUCCAUCAGAACCACCAAGGAGACGACCACUCUGGUGGUGAGAGACAGCAAGAGGAGCGACAGCGGCAAGUACUACCUGAUCUUGGAGAACGCCGCCGGCGUGAAGACGUUCACGGUGACCGCAAUGGUUGUCGGAAGACCGACUCCGCCCACAGGCCCCGUGAAGAUCUCUGAAGUGUCUUCCGAGUGCUGCACCCUGUCCUGGGACGAGCCGGCCGACGAUGGCGGCAGCGACAUCACCAACUACAUCGUGGAGAAGCGAGAGUCCGGCUCCGCCUCCUGGCAAGUCGUGAACUCCAGCGUGAAGAGAACCACCAUCAAAGUGACUCACCUCACCAAGUACAUGGAGUACACCUUCAGAGUGUGCGCCGAGAACAAGUUCGGAGUCAGCAAGUCCACCGAGUCUGCUGCCGUCGUUAUCGAGCAUCCGUUCGUUCCUCCAAGUCCUCCAACUCGUCCAGAUGUAGUCUCUGUAUCCGCUAACGCCAUCAACAUCAAAUGGGACUUGCCCUACGCUGAUGGUGGCAGCAAGGUGUCGGGCUACUGGAUCGAGAAGAAGGAGAGGAACACGAUCCUGUGGGUGAGGGAGAACAAGCUGCCCUGCCUCGAGUGCCAUUACAAGGUGUCCAACCUGAUCGAGGGCCUGGAGUACCAGUUCAGGGUGUACGCCAUGAACAUCUCCGGACUCAGCAAGGCCAGCGAGGCUUCCAGACCCGUGGUGGCGCUCAAUCCUGUUGAUCCUCCUGGUAAACCCGAGGUGACGGACAUCACCCACUCCUCCGUGUCUCUGUGUUGGACCGUGCCGGCCAACGAUGGCGGCAGCAAGAUCGUCGGUUACGUGGUGGAGAGGAAAGUCUACAGCGCAGACGAAUGGGACGACAACCGCUGGCUCAAGUGUAACUACACUACCAUCAGCGAGAACUACUUCACUGUCACCAACCUGGGAGAGGGAGAGAUCUACGAGUACCGCAUCAUCGCCAAGAACGCCGCCGGUGUCCACAGUGCUCCCUCCGAGAUCAUCGGACCGAUCACAUGCAAGGAUGAAUACUCUCCUCCGAAAGCAGAACUGGACAGCAAGCUGGUCGGCGAGACGGUCAUCGUCAGCGCCGGCUCGGACCUGGUGCUGGACGGCGCCGUGGGCGGUAAACCCGAGCCCACGGUCUACUGGUCCAAGGGGGACAAGAUUCUGGAGCUCGGGGAGAAAUACUCGCUGACCUACACCGCCACCAGAGCCAUGGCCGUCAUCAAGAGCUGCGACCGCUACGACACGGGCCGAUACAUCCUGACGGUGAAGAACGCCAGCGGAGUCAAGACCGCCGCCGUCAGCGUCAAAGUCCUGGACACUCCUGGUGCUCCGGCCGAUAAGAUCACGAUCAGCAGAGUGACGGAGGAGAAGUGCACCGUCUCCUGGAAGAUUCCUCUGGAGGACGGUGGAGACAUCGUCUCCCACUACAUCGUGGAGCGCCGCGAGACCAGCCGCCUCAACUGGGUCAUCAUGGAGAGCGAGUGCAAGACGCUGUCGUGCGUCAGCAGCCGGCUGAUCAAGAACAACGAGUACGUCUUCAGAGUCAGAGGAGUCAACAAGUACGGCGUCGGAGUUCCUCUGGAGUCGGAGCCCGUCAUCGCCAGGAACGCCUACACCAUCCCGUCCCAGCCGGGCACCCCCGAGGCCACGGGCGUGGCUAAAGAGCACGUCGUCAUCGAGUGGCUGAAGCCCGAGAGUGACGGAGGCAGCGAGAUCAAAACCUUCCUGGUAGACAAACGAGAGGCCAGCAGCACCAGGUGGACUCGGGUGAAUAAGAACUACACCAUCUACGACACGCGUCUGAAGAUCACGGGCCUGCUGGAGGGAAGCGAGUACCAGUUCAGGGUGACGGCGGUCAACGCUGCCGGGGACAGCCAGCCGAGCGACGCCUCGGCCUACAUCCUCUGCAAAGACCCCACGUACACCCCGGCUCCUCCAUCGAUGCCUCGUAUCACGGACACGACCAAGCACAGCAUCAGCAUGACGUGGACACGGCCCAUGUACGACGGCGGCUCGGACGUCAGCGGCUACGUGGUGGAGAUCCUGGAGGAGGGCACGGAGCAGUGGUACCGCGCCACCGCCAAAGCCCUCAGCGCCAACCAGUACGUGGCCGCCGGCCUGGCAGCCAAUAAGAAGUACAGAUUCAGAGUCGCCGCCAUCAACAGCAAAGGCACCGGCGAGUUCAGCGAACCCAGCGCCGAGGUCGAGCCGCUGGAGAAGACCGAAAUGCCGGACCUGGAGCUGGCCGAGGACCUGAAGAAAACGGUUUGUGUGCGCGCCGGAGGAACCCUGCACCUGGUGGUGUCUGUUGGCGGCCGGCCGACCCCCGUGGUGACCUGGAGGAAGACGGGCGUGGAGCUGCAGCGCCGCGGCUACAUCGAGACCACCGAGCGCUCCACCUCGCUGAUGGUGGAGAAGGUCAACCGCUACGACUCAGGCAAAUACAUCGUGGAGGCGGAGAACCCGUCUGGCAAGAAGACUGCCGUCAUCCUGGUCAAAGUCUACGACACCCCCGGUCCUCCCGGCUCCGUGAAGGUGAAGGACUACACCAAGGAGUCGGUGGUGAUCACGUGGGACGUCCCGAGCAUCGACGGCGGCGCUCACAUCAGCAACUACAUCGUGGAGAAGCGCGAGGCGACCAUGAAGUCAUACAAGACGGUGAGCACCGAGUGCAGGAAGACGCUGUUCCGGAUCACCGGCCUGGAGGAGGGGGUGCACUACUUCUUCAGAGUGCUGCCGGAGAACAUCUACGGCGUGGGCGAGCCCUGCGAGACGGCCGAGGCCGUGCUGGUGUGCGAGGUGCCGUCGGUGCCUCAGGACCUCCAGGUGGUUGACGUCACCAAGUCGUCCGUGACGCUGCGCUGGGAGAGGCCGCUGCACGAAGGCGGCAGCCGGCUGAACGGAUACAUCAUCGACGCCUGCAAGGUGGGCACGGACCGGUGGAGUACCGUGGCAACGCUGAAGGCGUCGGCGUCCCAGCAUACGGUCCAGUCUCUGGUGGAGAACGACCAGUACCUGUUCAGGGUCCGAGCCACCAACAGCAGGGGGGCCAGCGAGCCCAUGGACACGGUCACGCCCGUCACCAUCCAGGACAUCAAGGUGAUGCCAAAGAUCGACAUGACUAGCAUCCCUCAGAAGAUCGUGUACGUGCACCGCGGCAAACCCAUUGACCUCAACAUCCCCAUAAAGGCCAAACCGCUGCCCGUCUGCUCCUGGUCCUUCGGCGGGGUCAAACUCAAGGACAGCCUGGACCGCAUCAAGAUCAGCAGCGACGGAAAGUUCAGCCGCCUCGUCAUCCGCGAGACCACCAUCAACGACACGGGACGGUACUCGCUGGAGGUGAAGAACGCUGUCGGCACGGCAACCGAGGUCAUCAAAGUCAUCAUCCUUGACAAGCCUGGCAUCCCGGUGGGUCCGGUGAAGAUCGAGGAGACCGACGGCGUGUCGGUGACGGUCAGCUGGGAACCUCCGGAGAAGGACGGAGGCGCCAACGUCAGCGGCUACGUGGUGGAGCAGCGCGACGCCCACCGCCCGGGCUGGGUCACCAUCUCAGAGUCGGUGACGCGUCCCUGCUACAAGUUCAGCAGACUGUCCGAGGGAACCGAGUACGUGUUCCGCGUCGCCGCCAUGAAUCGUUUCGGCAUCGGCGGAUUCCUGCAGUCGGAGGUGGUGGAGUGCAAGAGCCCCAAGACCAUCCCGGGACCUCCCAGCAGGCCAGAGGUGCUGGACGUGACCCACGAGGGCAUGACGUUGACGUGGCAGCCGCCAGAGGACAACGGCGGCUCCACCAUCGCCGGCUACAUCAUCGAGCGUAAGGAGGCGGGCUCCGACCGCUGGAUGAAAAUAAGCAAGAACCCCGUCACCAUGACGCGCUACCGCUCCUCGGGCCUGAUCGAGGGCCUGGAGUACGAAUACCGCGUCACCGCCAUCAACUCCAGGGGAGCCGGCAAACCCAGCGAGAGCUCUGCCAUCACUGUUGCCAUGGAUCCCAUCGAGCCUCCAGGCGUUCCCGUCCAGCCCCGAGUCACCGACUCCACCCGGACCUCCGUGUCUCUGGCCUGGCUGCCACCUGAAGAGGAGGGCGGCUCCAUCAUCACCGGGUACUUCAUCGAGAUGCAGAAGGUGGACCAGGUGGAAUGGACACUGUGCAACACUACGCCCACCAAGAUGUGCGAGUACACGCUCACCCACAUGCCCCAGGGCGCCGAGUACAAGUUCCGGGUCGUGGCGUGCAAUGCCGGAGGCGCCGGAGAGCCCGCUGAGGUUCCCGGAGUCGUUAAAGUCCAGGAGAUGCUGGAUUAUCCCGACUACGAGCUGGAGCGUAAGUACGAGGAGGGCUACGUGGUGCGGCAGGGCGGAGUCAUCCGUCUGUCCGUGCCCAUCAAGGGGAAACCCAUCCCGACGUGCAAGUGGACCAAGGACGGCCGCGACAUCUCGCACCGCGCCAUGAUCGCCACGCACGAUGACAUCACUGAGCUGGUCAUCAAAGAGGCGCACAAAGACGACACGGGCAGCUACGACCUGGUGCUGGAGAACAAAUGCGGCAGGAAGGCCGUCUACAUCAAGGUGAAGGUGAUCGGCCGCCCCGACGUCCCAGAAGGCCCUCUGGAGUUUGACGACAUUCAGAUCCGAUCCGUGCGGGUCAGCUGGAGACCGCCGUCGGACGAUGGCGGCUCCGACAUUCUGGGAUACAUCGUGGAGAGGCGCGAGGUUCCCAAGGCCGCCUGGUGCACGGUGGACUCCCGCGUGACAGAGACCUCUCUGGUGGUGAAGGGCCUGAAGGAGAACGUGCAGUACCACUUCAGGGUUUCUGCCGAGAACCAGUUCGGCAUCAGCAGAUCUCUCAAGUCUGAUGAGGCCGUCAUGCCGAAAACACCACUCAGCCCACCAGAACCUCCCAGCAACCCUCCAGAGAUCAUGGAGGUGACCAAGACGACGGUGUCUCUGUCCUGGGCGCGGCCCAGAGACGACGGCGGCUCCCGUGUCACAGGAUACUACGUGGAGAGGAGAGAGGUGUCGACGGAGAAGUGGGUCCGACACAACAAGACCCACAUCACCACCACCAUGUACAACGUCAGCGGCCUGAUCCCCGACGCAGAGUACAUGUUCAGAGUGGUGGCGCAGAACGAGGUUGGGCUGAGCGAGGCUGGGCCGGCCUCAGAGUCCGUGAUUUGCAAAGAGCCAUUCGACAAACCCAGCCAACCGGGAGAGAUCGACAUCAUCUCCAUCACCAAAGACUGCAUCACCAUCCACUGGCUGCGGCCGGAGCACGACGGCGGCAAAGAGAUCCUGGGCUACUGGAUCGAGUUCAGGCAGGCCGGAGAAAGCGCCUGGAAGAAAUGCACCAAGGAGCGCUCCAAGGACCGCCAGUUCACCAUGGGCGGCCUGAUGGAGGCCACAGAGUACGAGUUCAGGAUCUUCGCUGAGAACGAGACCGGACUGAGCCGACCACGCCGCACGCCAAUGGGCAUCAAGACCAAACUGAGCGUUGGUGAGGCUCCAGCUCUGAAGGAAGACGUCCAGGACGUCACCACCAAGCUCGGCGAGUCAGGAACUCUGACCUGCGGCAUCAUCGGCAGACCUCUGCCGGAGAUCAAGUGGUACCGCUACGGCAAGGAGUUGAUCCAGAGCCGCAAGUACAAGAUGAGCUCGGACGGGCGCAACCACUCGCUGAGCAUCCUGACGGACGAGCAGGAAGACGAGGGCCUGUACACCUGCAGGGCCGUCAACGAGGCCGGAGAGGUGGAGGCCAGCGGCAAGCUGCGCUUACAGGCGGCGCCGCAGUUCCAUCCCGGCUUCCCUCUGAAGGAGAAGUACUUCGCCGGCGCCGGCACCAGCCUCCGCCUCCACGUCGUCUACAUCGGACGCCCCAUCCCCCAGAUCAUGUGGUUCUACGACAAGAAGCCUCUGAACUCUUCCGAGAACGUAAUCAUUGAAAACACAGAGAGCUACACCCACCUAGUGGUGAGGAACGUCCAGAGGAAGACCAACGCUGGCCGCUACAAGGUGCAGCUCAGCAACGUGUACGGAACCAUCGACACCAUGCUACGCGUGGAAAUCCAAGAUAAACCAUGCAUCCCUGAGGGCCCAAUUGUUGUUGAAGGCCUGCUGAAGAGCUCCAUCAUCAUCAGCUGGAAGCCUCCCAAAGACGAUGGCGGCUCCAUGAUCACCAACUACAUCGUGGAGAAACGCGAGGCCAAAGAAGGCGAGCAGUGGCAACUGGUGUCCUCUUCCAUCUCUGGCACCACCUGCCGUGUCCCCAACCUGAUUGAGAGCGCCGGAUACUACUUCAGAGUCUCUGCCCAGAACCAGUACGGAGUCAGCGAGUCACUGGAGAUCCCAUCCGUGGUCAUCAUUAAGAGUCCAUUCGAAAAACCUGGCAUCCCACAGCAGCCAUUCAUCAUCAGCUCCACCAAGGACUCGUGUGUCGUGUGCUGGAAGCCUCCGAGCAGCGACGGCGGUGCUAAAAUCACCAGCUACUACCUGGAGAAACGUGAGAAGAAGCAGAACAAGUGGAUGUCAGUGACCAGUAAGAAGUUUGUGGAGACCAAGUACGAGGUCACGGCAUUGCUCGAGGGCUUCGAAUACGAGUUCCGUGUCAAGUGUGAGAACAUGGGCGGCGAGAGCGACUGGAGUGAGAUCUCAGCGCCAAUCAUCCCCAAGUCCGACCAGGCUCCUCGUGCUCCUGCCUUCAGGGAGGAGAUCAGGGACAUGACCGUCAAAUACCAUGCCAAUGCCACAUUUGUCACCAAGGUUGUGGGACAUCCCAAACCUCUGGUGAAAUGGUACCGCAGUGGAAAGGAGAUCCAGGCUGAUGGAACCAAGAUCAAAGCCCAGGAGUUCAAGGGUGGCUACUACCAGCUGGUCAUCAUUUCCGCUGACGAGACGGACGCUACAGUUUACCAAGUCAGAGCCACCAACUCAUCAGGAUCCAUCUCUACAACCGCAAACCUGGAGGUGGAAGUUCCUGCUAAGAUCCACCUGCCCAAGGAGCUCCAGGGAAUGGGAUCAGUCAACGCUGUCCGUGGGGAAAACAUCACCAUCAAGAUUCCCAUCUCUGGCAAACCGGAGCCAGCAAUCACUUGGCAGAAGGGUCAGGAGAUUCUCUCCAACUCUCUGUAUCACCAAGUCAUCACUACCAGGUCGUUCACAUCCCUCGUCUUCCAGAAGGGAAUGCAGAGGAAGGACACUGGCUACUACAUCAUUACCGCAAAGAACAGGUUCGGUAUGGACAAACAAACCAUUGAGGUGAACGUGGCCGACAUACCUGAGCCUCCAAAGGGACUGGUUGUUAGCGACGUUGCCCGGGACUCCAUCACGUUGACCUGGGAACCUCCUGCCAAUGACGGCGGAAGCGACAUCAUUGGCUACAUCGUGGAGAAAUGUCCCACAACUGCGGACAGAUGGAUCCGCGCAGGACACACCGCCGACUGCAGCAUCACAAUCAUCAACAUGUUCGGAAAGACCAAGUACCAGUUCCGUGUCGUCGCCGAAAACCAGUUCGGCCUGAGCGCUCCUUGUCAGCCGACUGAGCCGAUCACAACGAAGGAAGACACGUCCGUGAUCAGGAAUUAUGAUGAGGAAGUGGACGAAACCAGAGAGAUCACCAAGGAGGAGGCUCUGUUCUACAAGGUAAAGGAGCUGUCAUCCAAGUACGUCAUCUCUGAGGAGCUUUCUCGCUGCCAGUUCGGAGUGGUCCACCGCUGCACGGAGAUCGCCACCAAGAAGACCUUCAUGGCCAAGUUCAUCAAAGUCAAAGGAACUGACCGGGAAUUGGUUCUCCGAGAAAUCGAAGCCCUCAACGUAGCAAGGCACAAGAAUGUCAUCUAUCUACAUGAAUACUUUGAAAGCAUGGAGGAGAUCAUCCUGAUCUUUGAAUUCAUCUCCGGAGUGGACAUCUUUGAGCGCCUCGGCACCAGCAACUUUGAGCUCACAGAGCAGGAGAUCGUCCGCUACCUGAGACAAGUCUGCUCCGCCCUCAAGUUUAUGCACAGCCACAACUAUGGCCACUUCGACAUCCGCCCAGACAACAUUGUCUACACGACAAGGAGAAGCACCACUGUAAAGAUUAUCGAGAUGGGCCAGGCUAGGCUGCUGGUGCCAGGAGAAAACAUCAGAAUGCUGUUCUCCGCUCCGGAGUACUGUGCCCCUGAGAUCCACCGUCAUGACCUAGUCACAACCGCCACGGAUAUGUGGUCCGUAGGUGUUAUGGCUUACAUUCUGCUAAGUGGCCUUAAUCCGUUUGGCGCAGAGUCCGUCACAAAGAUGAUCGAAAACAUCUCCAACUGUGAAUACAUCUUUGAAAGUGAAGCGUUUAGGGACAUCAGCCUGGAGGCUAUGGACUUUGUGGACAGACUUCUAGUCAAAGACAGGAAGCUCCGUAUGACAGCCCACGAGGCUCUGGAGCACCCGUGGCUCAAGAUGAAGAUCGAGAACGUCAGCACUAAGGUCAUUAGGACGUUGAGACACAGAAGGUACUACCAGACUCUGGCGAAGAGGGUAGAUAUCAUUGUGUCGUCGGCUCGUGUGGCUUACGGUGGUGCCUUCAAGAACCAGAGAGGAUUGGCUGUGGGAAAAGUGAAGAUUGGAAGUGAGUACCACGGUCUCCGCACCGGUCCAGUCAUGCAUGCCUCAGCUGAGGAAGGUGGCCACGUCAGAUUCACUUGUAGCAUCACCAAUUAUGACAAGAGCACUCAGGCAUCAUGGUACUUUGGAAACCGCCAGCUCCACGCAAGUGCCAAGUAUGAAAUCACCUACAGCAACGGUUUUGCCAGCAUCUACGUGAAGGACAUUGAAGAGAGUGACGAUGGUGUGUACAGAUGCAAAGUGGUGAGCGACGACGGAGAGGACAGCGCUUAUGGAGAGCUCUUUGUCGAGACGGUGAGGAGCAUCCGAGAGCACUACAUCAGCCGCUCAAUCAAGAAACUGAGGAGGAGAGUCGACAAGACGAAACUCCUGCAGAGACCGCCAGAGUUCACUCUGCCUCUGUACAAUCGCUCCGCCUACAUCGGUGAAGAUGUGCGCUUCGGUGUCACUAUCACUGUGCACCCGGAGCCUCACGUGACGUGGCUGAAGAACGGAGAGAGGAUCAAAGCGGGCGAUGAUGACCGCAAGUACACGUUCACCAGCGAUAAGGGUCUGUACCAGCUAAUGAUCCACAACCUGGACAUGAGCGAUGAUGCAGAGUAUACCGUCAUGGCCAACAACAAGUUUGGAGAAGAUAGCUGCAAGGCGCGUCUCACCGUAACACCUCAUCCUGUGACGGAGGAAACUAUGAGGCCCAUGUUCAAACGUCUGCUGGCUAACGUUGAGUGUGUCGAGGGACACAGCGUGCGCUUUGAGCUCAGAGUCUCAGGAAUUCCAACUCCGACUCUGAAAUGGCAGAAGGACGGUCAUGCGCUCGAGUUUGGUGGCAAAGUUGUUGUCAUACAGGAAGACCUUGACUACUACGUCUUGCACAUUAGAGACACUUUGCUCGAGGACUCCGGUGUGUACAGUGUGACUGCAACCAACUGUGCCGGCUCUGCAAGCUGCCAGGCUACCCUGAAGGUGGACCGCCUCACCUACACCAGGAGAGAGUACAAGAGCGAGGAGGAGAAACACAGACACGUACAGAAACAAAUUGAAAAGACUCACAAGAUGGCUCUGAAGAUUGUCGCCACUGAGGAGCUCGUACCUCUCAACCCAACAGCCCAGGAGGCGCUGAAAUAUGCUUCAGAGAUGUACAAGCCCGCCGUGAGCACCAAGAAUGUUGAGGGCGAGUUUGAUAUCACGGUUGAGAAGUCCGAGACAAAGAAAUUGGAGGAGGAGAGGAGGAUCUUCAUGCCGUAUGAGAUCCCCGAGGCUGUGGUUCACGAUCCCAAAGCUCUGGAUGAGGACAAGGCUAUCAAACUGUUUGUGCCUCUCUCUGACAUGAAGUGGUACCGAAAGCUGAAAGACCAGUACGAGGUUUCAGAGAAGAUGGAGAGAAUCGUGCAGAAGAGGCAGAGACGUAUCCGCCUGUCCAGGUGGGAACAGUUCUACGUGAUGCCCCUCCCGAGAAUCACUGACCAGUACAGGCCAAGAUGGCGUAUCCCGCAACUCACUCAGGAUGAUUUGGAGACCGUCAGGCCUGCCCGCCGAUCACCUUCUCCUGAAUCCGAGAUCUCCUUUAGAUCCAGAAGGAGAUCUCUGGGAGACAUGAGUGACGAGGAGCUGCUGAUGCCCGUCGAUGACUACCUUUCCAUGAGGAAAACUGAGGAGGAGAAAAUGAUGCUGGAGGAUGAGCUGGAGCUCGGCUUUUCAGCCUCUCCGACCCGCAGCCCUGUCCGCAUUGAGCGCCGUGCCGUGGAACUCAGAGAGAGGCGGCAGGAAGUCAGGCACGAGUCCGUCGAGGUUUCUGAGACAAAGAAGAAACGCACCGUUUCCCAGUUCAUGAGAAGGAGAAGGUCUCUGUCUCCUACGUACAUCGAGCUCAUGCGUCCCGUCUCCGACCUGAUCAGACCGUCACGCGCCAAGCCCCCGGUGGAGGUGGAGGGAGAGGCAGUGGUGCGGAGGUCCCCCACGCCGGAGAGGACGCGUCCUCGCUCUCCCAGCCCCAUCAGGUCCGUGGAGAGGUCAUCCCGCUCCUCCUCCAGGUUUGAGCGUUCCGCCCGCUUCGACAUCAUGUCUCGCUACGAGGCGAGAAAGGCCGCUCUGAAGUCCGAGAGGAAAUACCAGGUGGUCAGCCAGACGCCGUUCAGUCUGGACCACGCUCCCCGCGUGACAGUCAGGAUGCGCUCUCAUCGCGUACCGAUCGGCCAAGACACCAAAUUCACCCUGAACAUCCAAACCAAGCCAGAGGCCGAGGUCAAGUGGUUCCACAACGGAACUGCGAUCUCCGAAAGCAGCGAAAAGUACAUCUUCACCAACAUGAGUGGUGUGUUGUCCAUCACUAUCUUGGAGUGUCAGGAAGACGACAGCGGCACAUACCGCUGCGUGUGCUCCAACGCCAAGGGAGAAGCGUCCGACUAUGCCACCCUCGAUGUGUCCGGCGGUGGCUACACCACCUUCUCCUCUCGCCGCAGAGAUGAAGAAGUCCAGAAAGGAUACGUCCCUGAAGUCACUAAGAUUGACCACUAUCACACCACACACUUAAAAGCUGGCUACUCUUCCCAGACACACUUGAAGGUGGAAGAGAGCAAGUCUAAACUAACAGAGACACGUGAAGUCAUCACACGUGAAAGAUACGCUGCCUCCUCUGAGAGAUACUCCUCUGCCGAGAGGUACGAUUCAUCCAUCAAGUACGCCUCUGCUGAAUACCUGUCAUCUGAUUCCUCCUAUUCAUCGGAAAAGUUAUCUCUGACUGGAAAACGCACCACGUCUGAAGCUAAACUGAAGUCGUCUUCUGCUGCUACUGCUGUGACCGAGGAUGUUUCUGUCCACAAGGUGAAGCCUUCCCUUCCUGCCAAAAUCCUUACCAAGCCCCAGUCUGUGACGGUCGCAGAGGGAGAGAGCGCCAGAUUCUCUUGCGACAUCGACGGCGAGCCUUCACCGAGCGUUACGUGGAUACACGAGAGUACAACCAUUGUCUCGUCUCACCACGUCCGCGUUACCACCACGCAGUACAAGUCCAGCAUGGAGAUCUUCUCUGUGACGGCGUCCGACGAGGGCAGCUACAUCGUCGUGGUGGAGAACUCAGCAGGCCGACAGGAGGCUCACUUCACUUUGACGAUCCGCAGAUCAGUUACCAAAGAGGAAGUCAAGGCCGUGAAAUCCCCUGAGCCAUCUGUAAAGUCACCCACUCCGAGUGUAAAGUCUCCGGAGCCUUCCGUCACAUCACCGGCUCCCUCCGUUACGUCCCCUGUCCCCAGCAUCAAGUCACCAACACCAAGUGUGAAGUCUCCCGAACCAAGUGUUACAUCUCCCGUUCCGAGCAUGAAGUCGCCGACGCCAAGCAUCAAGUCUCCAGAGCCACCCACACCCUCUCCAGCACCCGGCUUAAAAUCACCAGCUCCAGGCGUCAAAUCUCCUGAACCCGAGGGAAUUAAGUCACCACGCGGACUAAAAUCCCCUGAACCCAAACUCAAGUCACCACCACCAGUCAAGUCUCCUGAGCCUGAGGGAAUUAAGUCACCACGCGGACUUAAAUCCCCUGAACCCAAACUCAAGUCACCACCAGUCAAGUCUCCUGAGCCUGAGGGAGUGAAAUCACCUCGUGGCGUCAAAUCUCCAGAACCUGCAGGAAUCAAAACACCAAGAGGACUUAAAUCUCCAGAACCAGCGGGAAUCAAAACACCAAGAGGACUAAAAUCUCCAGAACCUUUAGGCAUCAAAUCCCCAAGAGCCUUAAAGUCCCCUGAGCCCGAGGGAAUCAAAUCACCCCCGAGGAUGAAGUCUCCUCCUCCCGUCAUGUCCCCGAAGAGGGUCGUUUCUCCACCCACCGUCAAAUCCCCAACCCCGAAACCUCCCAAAGUCCUGAGUCAGCUGACAGCCGAGGCGAGCGAAGGCUCGGUGCGGAUGUCCUGCGUCUGCGAGAGCAGCGUCAAGGAGGUGGUGUGGUACGUCAACGGGAGGAGGCUUUCACAGAGCAGCCGCUUCGAGAUGCACUACUCGGAGGGCUCCUGCAGCCUUCUGAUCUGUGAUCUGGCAGACAGCGAUCAGGGAGAAUACACCUGUGAGAUGACUUCAGAGGGAGGAGUGUCCAAAUCCUCUUUCUCCUUCACCGGACAGGUGUUCCAGUCCAUACGGAUGAAGAUCACAGCCUACCGUGAGCAGCAGCAACUGGCACUUAAAGGAUCAAUGGCGAUGAGUCAGAAGGAGUCGUCUUUAUCCGUGAGCUCAUCCGUGAGCUCAUCCAUGAUGAUGAAGAAAGAAAUGCACGUGAUGGAGGAGUCGUCGUCCUCCUUCUCUUCCUCCGCCCAGCAGGCGAUGAUGUCCUCCAUGAUGGAGUCCAGCUCCUUCAGCAGCAUGGCAGCUGAGAUGAAGUUCGAGACUAUGUCCAUGUCCAGCAUGUCCUCCAUGACGUCCGAGACAUACGCCAUGAGCUCCCAAAGCGAGGGAUCCUCUUUCAGAGCAAUCGGUUGUGCUCCGCGGAUCGAGGCUCUGCCGGAGGACAUCAGCAUCGAGCCGGGCAAAGUCCUGACGGUCACCUGCGCCUUCUCCGGCGACGCCAAACACAUUGAGUGGUCCCGCGGCGGCAAAACCAUCGAGGUGACCGCCGGCGGACGCUUCCACAUCGACACCACAGAGGACCUGACCACGCUCAUCAUCACCGGCGUGAAGGAGGAAGACGCCGGAACCUACACCCUGAAGCUGUCCAACGAGCUCGGCUCGGACACAGCGACUGUACACAUUAGCAUUCGAUCAGUGUAAAAAAAAAAAAAAAAAAAAAAAAAAAAUCUAAUCGUUCGAUCUUCCCCUUUUCCCUACUUCCAUGCCUUUUUAUUUAUUAACUAAACAAAAAUAAUCUACUUCAUAAAGAUCUGGAUUUCUGUUCUUGUAAAUAUGAACUAUUUUUGUACCAAUCUUGACAUUAAUUUAUGCCAAACUAGACUACAGUCUAAAGUUGUUAUAAAAUGUGCCAUAUUGGAUAACUAUGACUUAGGAUUUUUGAUCCAUUUUUCUGUGACAUGUACAUAAUGUAUAUAGCCGAAUUUAACGGUUAUGGGAAAUGUAUGCAUUGUUAUUUAUGACAAUAAUAUUAACUGAAACAAAGUGAAACUAAAUGUGGUUUAACAGGAGAAAGUUUCACUCGGAACGAAUACCCUGUUAAGCCAAGAAACUAAACAAUGUGCCUCAACGAUACGUUGAAGUCUUAAGAUUGCCUCAACAGGUAGAGAGGCUCCCUGUUGAAGUUAACUCAAUCCGAGACAGAACUAUGAAUGCACUGCGGUGCUGUUGCAUUGGAACAAAAGCGCGAGAUCCUGAGUGCUGUUUGCAUCUACCCUCAUGUAAGCAGGACGACUGGACCUCGCGCUCUUGACUGAUUAUGUCAUACCGCCAUUUCGAUGACAUGCUCACAGUGCGAGCGGCCUGCACUCCCUGAGCACAAGUGUUUCUUUUUUUUCUUUUGUGCUCCGCUUCUGGCAACUGACCACUCCCUCGGCUCUUCGGUCGUACCAUCGAACCUGGCAAAUCACGAAGAAAAAACCCCAAAAAAACCAAAGAGUCUGUGCGCUGUGCUUGGUUGCAGAGGCGGAGCUGUCUCUCGGAGGUCUGCAGUGUGUUUGUGUGUUAGUUUUUAGGAGUUCAGUCGAGCCGGGUGGCGCCAGGUAGACGUACGGCAGCCGAAAACCAACCGGCGCUGCGCUGAACGAGGACGGAGAGAAGCGUGGUCUUUGCGUGUCGCCCGGCACUUUGGUUUCAUUGAAGUUAGAGUUUUAGCGUUGACUAUUUUCGCAGCCUCCUUGAGUUUUUCUCCAAUUAUUGAUUUAAUAAAGCAUGAUUAUCAGCACUA